AUGCCUGCCAGCGAGUCCCCCUCUUCCUCCCCACCCCCGGGGCCGGCCUUGCGCUUCCAGCUCACAAGGGGAAGAGCACCGCUGGCGGGGCGAGAGGGCAGAUCUCCACCAGCGAAUGGCAAGAGGCAACGGAAAGCAGCCCCAGAGCCCCCCUGGUGAGGAUGGCAGGGUGAAGAGGCAGCGCAGCAUUGCGCCCCUUCAUUUAGGGAGCAAGACAGCACUGCGUUCCACGGGGCUUACUCGCGGGUAAACGUGCCCAGGAUUUGCAGCCUUGGUCUCCCCUUCCCUCCGCGGGAGAGAGAGAGAGAGAAGUUCUCGCCAAUCCCACUUGCAGCCCCCAUAAACAUCCCUCACAACAGUACAAAAGCGCGUGAUUUGAUCCCCAUCGCGGGCUCCCCGCGGCGGAGUCUCGAACCCGCAGCCCCGAGCCUCCGGGGCGGGAGAGAAGGACGCGAGGCAGCGGCCCAGUCCUUGCCGCGCGGUGCAUUGUGGGCCACGCACUGUUGUGUGCAGGAGCCGCGGAGGCUGCCGGGAGCGGCGGGAGGCGGCGACGAAACUCUGAACGGCGGCGGCGGCGGCGGCGCGGAGCAGGAGGAGGCGGCGGCGGCGGCUGAGGGCCCGGCUUGGGAGGCAGCAGCGGCGGCCGGACUCGCUCAGCUUCUCCUCGGCUCCACCAGCGGGACCCUACCGGGCCAGAGGCCGCCGCCGCGGGACGGAGGAGCGCCGAGAGAGCAGCAGCAGCGCCAGCGCCGCCGCCGCCGUGGCCACCUCGGAUGCGGAGGUGGCGGCAGGAGGAGGCGGAGCGACCUGCGGGUGGGAAGGCCGGGCUCGAGGGUGAGGGGCGCUCGCCUCUCUCCGCCGAGGCCUCCGGGGAAGGGAAGCGAAGCCCCACCUUCCUGCCCCCUCUUCUUCUCCUGGUGAGGGGGGAACCUCCGAGGAGAAGCAGCUCAACUUCGGGCUCCCCCGCACCCACUCCCAACUUUUCAGCCGCUUCUGCGUUUUAUUGGUUUCUCCAUCCAAUUUCUACACUUUGGGGUGGGGAUUAAGGAUUGGGGCUGCUCCCCCCCUUUUUUAAACUUCCAGGGAAGAUGCCCAGAACGGUUUCUGCGCCCUCUUGAAGCUUCCCUACCGCACACGCCGCCACCCACCGCCGCCUCUCUCUGAAAGAAAACAACCAACAACCCGCUUAAGAGGAAUUAUAAAUGCGGGACAAGAGACCCGAGAAGCUGAAAGAAGGAAAAGUUCCUGCUCUGCCUAACGAGAGGCGGGUUGGAGGAGCGCCCUCCCAGCUCCUGCGGGAAUAGAGAAGUUCUCCCAACUUUUUUUGUAUCUUCGGGUUUUUUUAAGUAGCGCCAUCGUGACCUAAAGUGAGCUUUGUAUACUGUGCACUGUUGAUUGAUUGUCGGCCUAGAAGCACUGAAAACAGUUGGCCCUUUUUUUUUGGCCACACGCUUCUCCUAACCUGGCUUUUUUUGUAAGCCAGGAUUAGAUAGGAAGGGAGCUUGCUUGAAGACUGGGUUGUUCCGUAUCUGUUUCUUUACCCCAGAGGACGAUAUUAUCUUGCUGCUGCUGCUGCUCCUGUUGGACCAUCUCCUUUUCCAAGCAAGAUUAUUUAUCCUCUUGUUUGCGGUUCAAGGAUUAUUUAAUGAAUGGAUUUUGUAGUCAAGCUGGAUGGCUGCUCUACCAUUUGAAAUGUUUUUGGAAAUCAUGCCGAGUUGCUGAAAAGAGCUGAUAUUGCUGGAAAAUUUUAGCCUCUGGCAAAGCCUUUUUUGUUCACCGACCAAGGUAAAUGAAACAAUGGAAGCUUAUAAAUUAUUUUAGUUAGCAGCUAUAAAACAUGAGAUAACUAAGAGAAAAGUAACUACAUACAUUCCACUUUGAUUAUGUUGAUUAAUGCCUAAGAAUUAUAAAUGAAGUUUUUCAUUAUAUUAUAUAAUCAUAAACGUAUGGGGAGUGGAAUUGGUGCCAUUGCAUGGCCCUUGAGAAAAUUGCUUGCUUAUGUUUAGCUCAGUCUUUAUGAACAUCUAAGGAAGGAUAAAGGACUUUAUUAGAUGAACUCCUUAAUUUGGUUGGCUUUAACAGAAAGUUAGCUGUUCAGUUUUGUCAGGGAACAGACACAUUUACUCAGUUUUUUUGGUACUUUUUGUAAUGCUGUACUGAAGUGUAUAUGUCCACAUACAUAUUAAAACUUAAAGAGCUAUACAGUCACUAUUAUUAAAAUAGUUUAACAUGUGCUUUGAUGCUUUUGUAUUUUGUUCCCAUGGUGGCUUUUUGUGAUGCAUUGUAGGGUCUAGUGAUGCUGUAUUGCUGUUAGUGCUUUGAUCUUCUGCUUGUUCAUGAGGUUGCUUUUUGUGUUGUACUUCCUAAGAACCUGCCUGCUUAUUAAUUAUCCAACUGCAAAAAGGCUCUAAUGCUACUUUAAUGGCAACAAAUUUCUGUAAUGGAGAUUGUGCAGCUACAAUACGUAAUAAGCUCAUGUAGACAGUAAAACCUAGCUAGCUUUCAUGAGGGCAGAGGACAGUUUUAAGAACCUGGGGGUACCUAUUUUUGCAUAUAAUUGAUUGUAGUUCUACUGUAGAUCUUUGAUUUUAUAUGCAUCAUAAGCUUGCUUUUAAGUUUUGUACCAGAUACAGGAUAGAAUGCAUGCUCUUUAAAUCAACGCAUUUACAUUGCUUAAUAACUACUGCCUGUGGUUCUAUACUUGCAAUGCAGAUUAGAUUUCCUUAUCUCACCCACAAAUAUGUGGGUGAUUCACCCCUAUGCCUCUAAUAACUUCAACAGGAUAAAGUGUGUUGAACAAUUGUGUUAAGUGAAUCUGAGGACCUUUAAGGCAUUUGGUUUUGUCAGGUUAGAGGUAAUGUAGCAUAAGAAUCUUGUUAGAAGUAGCAAGUUAGAAAAUGAGGUAUUGUGUUAGCAGUUAGUACUAGUAAUACAUAUUUGUUUUAUACUUAGCUCAUAAACGUCAUUUGACGUGACACAGUUGUAAAGACACUGAUAACAAACCUCCACUGCUACAUUCAGAUAAGUUAAAGAGGUUGUGGGGUACUUGAUGUCAUUGGGGGAGACCAUUGCACAUAAAAGCUCUGUUACUCUGGAUUUGUAUUUUUUGCCAUGUUAAUGGUAUAACUAAAUGUCUUAAAUUUCAUUUCAAGAUGAUGUGCGAGGUGAUGCCAACUAUCAGUGAGGCAGAGAUUCCCUCAGGGGGAAGUGGAAGCCAUGGUUCAGGUUCGCCUCUACAGUCGGAUGCUGAUUCCCAUUUCGAGCAAUUAAUGGUAUCCAUGUUGGAGGAACGAGAUCGCCUUUUGGACACACUGCGAGAGACUCAAGAGACACUAGCAUUAACACAGGGUAAACUACAUGAAGUUGGUCAUGAAAGGGAUUCUCUACAACGACAGCUUAAUACUGCACUGCCACAGGUAUGUUUUUUUAAUAUAUAUAUAUAUAUAAACAAGCAAACCUUGAUAUCAUUAAACUUUAGAUCACUGUCUUCAGGAAUUAACAUGUGAGUUAAAUGAAACACUUUAAAGAGCCCAUAGCAUGAUUUUUUCCUUUGCUUAGUGAAAUAAUAUAGGAAAUAAGAGACAAAAAGUUUAAUGUGAGCAGGAAAACUUUGAAGGUUGCUUCAUACUGCACUGUUGUUGCAGGAUAGACUCUCAGAACCUUGCAAAUUUAGCUUUAGGUGGCUUUUUAGCUUUUUUAGAAGUAACAGUUUGUAAUCAAGGUGGCCAGCAAGAUUUCUAAGGCUAGAAUAAGCAAACCUUUUGUGUAAGGUUUGUAGUAGUGUAAGUAGAGUGGUGGUGUUGCAGUGUAAAUUGACAGAAUUGAUUGGCAUUAAAGGUGAAUUGCUUUACUCUUAAAGAUAUCUAGGGUUCAUCUUUAGAGAGGUGGAAUUAAGCACAUAUAGAAUCUGAGCAGCAACUGGAGGGAUUACAAAUUUUAAAAAACUACAAUUCUGGUUGUGCCCCUAUUAUUUCUUAAGAGUGGGAGAGGGAGAAUCUAGAGGUGUCAAACAUAGUGAACCACUGUUCUUCUCCAUAUUAAGAAAUUGUCAUCUUGAUCAUUCUCUGUGCCAGGAGAGAGCUGUAGCAGCAGUCAUAGUUUGCAGUCAGGUUUCUAUAGAUCAGAAAACAAGCACAUUAUGGCCCCACCCCUGCACCCUUUGUGUCCUUUUCUCCUGUCAAAGGCUGGACUAUCCUAUUAACAGCAGCUGCCAGACACUAUUCUGUUAGGCUCUCUAGCAAAAUAGUGAGCCACUCAAGUGCUAGGGUAUCCCUUUCUUUCUCCUGAUAAAGAAAAAGCCCAACCUACCUGUAAGAGUUACUGGUCCCAGGAUAUGUGAGCAUCAGAGCUCAGUGGGGUUUUGGACCACGUCUGUGGUCACCAGAUGUAGUUGACUCAGUCAGUUGCUGGCAUACAAUAAGUUUAAGACUUCUGUAAUAUAGAAUCCCUCCAGUUAAUGCCAGAAGAAAUAGCAACAGAUGAUUGAUCUUUAAUAAAAAGGUAAAGGACCUCUGCCAUGUCAAGUCCAGUCGCGAACGACUCUGGGGUUGCAGCGCUCAUCUCACUUUACUAGCCGAGGGAGCCGAUGUUUGUCUGCAGACAGUUUUUCCGGGUCAUGUGGCAAGCCACUUCUGGCAAAACCAGAGCAGCGCAUGGAAACGCCGUUUACCUUUCUGCCGGAGCGGUACCUAUUUAUCUACUUGCACUUUGACGUGCUUUCGAACUGCUAGGUUGGCAGGAGCUGGGACCGAACAAUGGGAGCUCACCCUGUUGCGGGGAUUCGAACCAUAGAGUACAUGCAAAAGGUCCCAUAUUCAGUCCCGGUAUCUCCAGGUAGUACAAGGAGAAACCCUUGUCUGAAACCAUGGAGAGCCACUGGCAGUUAUUGUCAACAAUACUACGCUAGAGGGAUGAGUAUCCGGGUGGGACCCCUAAAUGGCUUGUGAUCCAACAACCUAAACAGAGAGCCUCUGCCAAUAUCAACUGAUCUCAGGCCCUAUGAUUGGCAGGGGAGACAGGAAAUGGCAAUAGCUCUCCAUGGUUUCGGGUGAGGGUCUCUCUCGGUUCUACCUGGAGAUACUUGGGAUUGAACCUGGGAUCUUUUGCAUGGAAAGCAUGUUCUCUUCUCUAUUGCUGAGCUAUAGCCCUUCCCAUUAAAAAGCUUCUUAUGUUCCUUUCUUAACUGAACCAUCAUACCUACUUCUGAGAUUUGGAGCUGGUUAACUACUUGUUGCCCUUGUGCUGCUUCAGUAUUAAGUCUCCUCAGAUUAUUUGGUGUGUGUUUUUUUAAGCUGCCACUUAAAUACUGACAUGUGUUGAGCUUUAAUGGAAUGCAGCGUCUGCAGAGAAAAGCUCCUUAUUUUGGCUGUAGUCUUAAAUGAGAACACAAUGCAUUUGUUAUAUGUAAUUGUUAGAAGAGGAUAUUUAAGGCUUUCUCUCCCACAGGGAUAUGUUGGGGGAGGGGGAGGGUGUAUCAGUUUAAGAAGUUACUUUGGAGACUGCCAGGGGAGAGAAACAAUAGGAUUUUAUUUUUGUUUGUAUAUAUGUAAAUAAAGAAGCAAGUAGCCCAACUAUAGCCAACCUCUUGUCAAGUAUGCUACAAGUUGAUUCCACUGCAUAAGACAAUACCUCUCUAAUAAUUGGCAUGAGAUUACAGUAAUAUGUUUAACAAACAGUCUUGUGGCACCUUAAAGAUGAAGUAAUUUACUCUGACAUAAGUUUUUGUGGACUUAUUUGUCUUAAAGAUGCAACAGGACUCUGUUUUUGUUUUAAGAGACUAACACUUGUACUCCACUGGGCAUGGAACAAAUUUUACAUCAUUACGAUCUAAAAUAAUCAGUACUCAAAAACACCACAAGAAAAGCAAGAAAAUAGAAAUAGUUUUUCCUUAUGUUGGGUCAGAUCAGAAAGUAAAUAGUCCCUGUAGAUCAGUGUAACAAAGGGUCUCAAAUCCAGUUUCACUGAUGCUAACAAAACACUGAAAAUUCAACCUAGAGCCUGAUUAUAUUCAAAGUUUGAACAUGGUGAAGCCACUUGGCAUUCUUGCUUGCUGUAGAGAUUGUUAGAACAACUUUAUUUAAAGCAGAGAUGGGGAACCUGAGGCUCUCCAGAUACUGGGUUGCAACUAUGUGUCAUCCCUGACCAUUGGUCAUGCUGGCAAGGGCAAAUGGAGUUGGAGUCCAGUAACAUAUAGACAACCUCAGGUUCCUCAUCCCUAGUGUAGGGAUAAUUUUCAUAAAUAAAUAGCAUUACACUGAGAAUUUUGAUAUAUUGUUUGCUAGACUCUAUAUUGUUUGCAUUUGGACUUCUUUGGUUGUGCAUAUGGUUGGCUUAAUGAAAGUUGAAGAUUUAGAGAGGCAAUCCUAUUGGUUCCUCCCUCCUUCAGAGGGAGUGUAACCCCAUCAAGAGCAGGCAACCUACUAUCCAUCCAGUCUAGGGAACCACGCACUAACAGUGCCUCAGUCUUAAAGGCAAGCAUGUUUUUUAAAUGCUUGAAGACAAGAAUGGAAAUGCUUCUCCAGACUAAUUUGUGGCCAUUCUUUUAAAAACUUAUGCUUAAAGCCAGUGUUAGAAACUGAGAUAUGAAACCUAGGAGCUAAACGGCACCUUAAACCUAGGUUAUGGGUGCAACAACGGAAUGUCUAGGCGCACUUUUUAUAACAAGAAUACAAAGCUGAAAAUGAAUGAACUGCAACUAAAAUCUUAUAUUCAUUUUCCAUAUGGUCUAGUCCUCAUCUGAAGACUGCAAAAAACAAAUAAUAUAAUAAUAAUAAUAAUUUAUUUAUAUCCCGCCCUCCCCAGGCUCAGAGCGGCUAACAACAGUAGAAGUAAUACAGCAUUCUAAAACCAAUUCAAAAUCAAAUUAAUGGCAACCAUUGGACUAGAGUUCUAUGAGGAUUACCAAAGGAGGGGGUCAGGCUGUGCCUUGGCCAAAGGCCUGGUGGAACAGCUCUGUCUUGCAGGCCCUGCGGAAAGAUGUCAAGUCCUGCAGGGCCCUAGUCUCUUGUGACAGAGCGUUCCACCAGAUUGGGGCCACAUCGAAAAAGCCCUGGCUCUGGUUGAGGGCAGCCUAACCUCCCUGUGGCUUGGGACCUCCAAUAUGUUUUUAUUUGAAGACCGUAAGGUCCUCCAUGGGACAUACCAGGAGAGGCGGUCCCGUAGGUACGAGAGUCCUAGGCCGUAUAGGGCUUUAAAGGUUAAAACCAGCACCUUAAAUAUGAUCCUGUACUCCACCAGGAGCCAGUGCAGCUGGUAUAGCACCGGGUGAAUGUGAUCUCGCAGCGAAGACCUCGUAAGGAGUCUUGCUGCAGCAUUCUGCACCUGCUGGAGUUUCUGGGUCAGUCUCAAGGGCAGCCCCAUGUAGAGUGCUUCCCCUGCCUGCCCCCAUAAUAUUCUUAAGAUGGUCUCUUCUCCAGUCUUCAGAGAGUGGCUGGAAGUGGGGCGGCAGAAGAAGGCCCUCCUUUCCUUCCAAUCUGCAGCUUUAAUCUCAUAUCUUAGGCACAGUACUGUGCUCAGAGCUCAGAAACUGCUCAUGCUAAUGAAAUUCCUUGUCUCAAAACGCUUAGAACAAUGGGAAUUUUGAAUGCUGCUUAAAGCCUAGGAAAUAAGUUAAUGGGUGAAUCAAAUUCACAUGUCUAAUUUUAACCUGGACAAUGUGUCAUGUUGUUUGGAUACUCAGCUAUUCGUUUCUUUAAUAUAUAGAGGAAAACGACACGAGGGAAACUAGAGGCAACUUAUCUAACUUGGUGCUCAGUGCCUAAAGACUACAUGUUUUCAUAAUCACAUACAGCUAAACAAGCAAAAUACCAAAAUAAAAAAUGGCAACAACUAAAACUGUACCCAUUACCUCUUGAAAUUAAGUGCAAUAUGUAUUGAAUACAUAGGUAUGAUAUUAGGGGUAUGUGUUAUUGUUGGUUAGUGCAUGAAAGUUAGUGUUAAAUAGUUUUUAUGUGUUUGGUUCUACAAUGAUACAUUUCACCACUAAAUACAUAUUUAUUUAAUCUACAACACAUGGUGUAUUUGUGCACCUGUACUUACAAGCAGAGCUUGUUGGAGGCCAGGGGCAGGAGUCUUGUUAGAAUAAAGUUAUCAACUCAAACGAAAAAAGCAGAUGGUCCCUGACGGGGCCUCCUGGCUGGCUUAGACCUUGGAGGCCUAGGGCAAGUGUACCUGGCUGCACUUCCCUUCAUGGACCUGCUUACAAGUGAAUGAAAAAUCAGGAAAAAUUUUUUUUUCUUGACAUGCAGUUACUAAAAUAGGCUUUGGAAUUAGUGAAACAAUUUUUAAAUUGCAGGCACAGAGAGUUGCACUUCUUUAUAGGCCUGCAGGAUGAGUAAUCUCAAGCAGUACUGAUUAAGUUGUUGUAAAAGAAAUGGUCAUAAUUGCUGUUACACGACUAAUUAUAGUGAUUUGCUUGUGACACAUAACAUGAACUCUGCAGAAAAGAAUGUUAAAAUGUAAAAGGCUUGAAUGCCCUUGUAUCAGUGUCCCUUCAUGUUAUUCUAAUACAGUGGUACCUCUGGUUAUGUACUUAAUUCGUUCUGGAGGUCCAUUCUUAACCUGAAACUGUUCUUAACCUGAAGCCCCACUUUAGCUAAUGGGCCCUCCUGCUGCUGCCGCUGCGCGAUUUCUGUUCUCAUCCUGAAGCAAAGUUCUUAACCUGAGGUACUAUUUCUGGGUUAGCGGAGUCUGUAACCUGAAGCGUAUGUAACCCGAGGUACCACUGUAGUGCAGAACAUGCAAUACAUUUGUCCAAAUAGCUAUUAACCUCUAUUAUAUUCUAAAAUGCUGAAAAAGGUUUAGUGUAAGCUUCCAAUGUGGUCUUUUUUUAAAUAAAUAGGCUGUUUUUUCCAGAAUUUGAUUGAUUUGUUUGAUUUAGAAUUUCUCCAACUAGGCUUUGCUGUGAAUUUUUGUACCCUGGAUAAAGAAGGUUGAAUCACAGCAAGUAAGCUGUUAAAUGUAGGAACUCUUUUAGGAUUAGCCUCUGUGGCAUAGAUCCCUUUAAUGUUUAGGCAUAUUCUCCCCUUACCUACACAAGUUCUGAUGGGAAAGAAGACUUCUGUCCACAGCCAUCAACAAGUACCUCAAAAUAUCUCUAUUUAGGCCUACACCAUGCCAGCUAAGCUGUGAGCAUGCUGAGGCUGCCCUGUGGUAUCAACGUGUUACAACCUACAAAUGUUUUGCCUGCUUCUAGAAUCGGUCCCUGCCUGUCUUCUUUCACGAUGGCUCAGGUCAGCAUGAAUUGAGCUCUCUAAAACUUGUAAACUUCUCUAUGGCCAUGUGGUAUGCUUUUGCAUUACAGCUGUUGUUAAAUAACACAAUUAGAAAGAGAUAUGGAAUACACUGCUGUGUUUCUUGAAGAGGAAGAAUCUUUUCUCACAGGUGUGGGCCUCUCCCACUGUUGAUGAGUAAUCCAUAUUCUUAAGAGGCUGGAGCAACUCCCCUACCAAGAAAAGUUACAACAUUUGGGUCUUUUUAGUAUGGAACCUGAUAAAGAUUCAGGACAGGCAAAAGGAUGUAGUUAGUGCUUCAUGUAGUACAGGAGUGGGGAACCUUUGGCCCUCUAUGUGUUGCUGAACUUGAAACUCCCACUAGCCCCAGUAAGCAUAGCUGAUGAGCAGGGAUGAAAUGAAUUUAAGUUCAGCAACAUCUGGAGGGCCAAAGGUUCCACACCCCUGACAUAUUGCACAGGUAAACCCCCACGGGAUGUAGUAAUGGCCACCAACUUGCGUGGCUUUAACAUAAAUGCUGGCAAAUUCACAAAAGAGAAGACUAUUGGUGGCUCCUGAUCACAAUAGCUGUUCACUGCCUCCAGUAUCAGAGACUGUAUGCCUCUGAAUCCCAGUUGCUUGAGAGCCUGUGAGAGAGUACUGUUGUACUCAUGUCCUGAUUGCAGGAAUCCCAUAGAUAUCUGAUUGGCCACUGUGGAAACAGGAUGCUGUAUUAAACGGCUCUUUGGCCUGAUCCAGCAUAUCUCUUCUUACAUUCUUGGUACAUGCAGAUGUUGUUUCCCAGAGUGCCAGGCAGGGGUGGAUCUACUAUGAAACUAAUGAAGCUUAAGCUUCAGGGCCUCUAAUCCCAGAGGAGGCCCUGAAGUGACUUUAGUCCACAUUGCUUAAAAAAAUGGGGUUUAGUAGACCCAAUUUGAGUCUCAUGACUCAAUUUUGUGUUAUAUAUAUUACAACAAUUUCAAAGUUUGAAAGUCAGUAGCACAGAUGUUGUAAAGGUGUGGUGAUCUGUCAUGGAACAACUCAAUUGAAGAAGAUAACAGUGGUUACCCAGACCUUGUGGCUGGUUGUGAAGGGACCCCCAUAAUGGUUCAAGCGUUAGGGCCCCCAAAAUGUAGGUCCCCCACUGGUGCCAGGGCCCAGUAGUGUGCUAUGAGAAGCUAGUUUUUGCGCUAUGAGAAAUUAAAUAUUCUUUUAAGCCUAAAGAACCCAAUGGCACAUUCAGUUCCCUAUUUCAUCUUUGCAGAAUUGACUGCUCUAGUCUUGCCUCCUUCCAUUUGGCCUCCGCAGGUCAUGUAAUCCUGACAUUGGUUCUAAAUGCAUUUGGCCAAUUCAACACCUCCCAAUGUAGUGAAGCAGCAUAAUUGCUCAUACUUAGAGGAGGCUUUCUAUUAAGUUUCUGCAUUAGUCACUGUUCUAGGCAUGGCUCCUUCUAGUUAGGUGAUAAUCCCAGAAUGGUGAGUCAUGCAGAAAUGUGUAAAGACAGUUCCACUGAUGGUGUAUAAUUCUUGCUGUUAACUAUAUAUAAUGAAUGGGCCACCAGCUGUUAAUGAAUUGCAAUUUAAUCAUUCGUCAACAUUUGCUAUGCCGGCUGGGGCAGAUAUAGGAUGUAGUCCAACAACACGUAUGGAGAGCAACAAGUUGUCCACCCCUUCUCUAAAACAUAAUACAGUGGUACCUCUGGAUGCGAAUGGGAUCCGUUCCGGAGCCCCGUUCACAUCCAGAAGCGAACGCAACCUGCACGUGCGCGGGUCGCGAUUCACCGCUUACACGCAUGCGCGUGACGUCAUUUUGACCGUCUGCGCAUGCGUGAGCGGCGAAACCCAGAAGUAACGUGCUCCGUUACUUCCGGGUCGCCGCAGCGCGUAACCUGAAAAUACUUAUCUCAAAAUUACUUCAACCUGAGGUAUGACUGUAUUUUCUUAGGGUGCAAGUGUAAAGUGUUCUUAUUCUAGGAGAGGGGGAAAGAAGUGGCUCUGCCAUCAGUAGUUUUGUGAAGCACUGGGCCAAAUAUGGAAAAAAGUUUAAACACAACAUUUAUUCUAGCUAUUGUAGGUAUUACAUUGUUUUAGAUGUUGGAUAUAAAAAUGAUUAUAGUGAUGAACGCAGUCUAAACCUUACACCUCCAAAUAACUACACAGCUUGUUUCAGGAACUGUUCCUGCUGAAAAUUUCCUUGCUUACAAGUAUACAGGGAUGAUAAUUGAGUACAUUUUGAACUGCCGUGAAAGAGGUGGCUAAAUUCUUGUUUAUGAAGUUGGAGGUUACGAAAUGUAUUUGCAUUCUAAGCAGUAAUGAACUUGAAAGCUGUAAAUGCAGACGGGAGUUUACAACUUACAGGGUGGCCAAGUUCUUUCAGUAAUUUGAAGACUUUCAGAUGUUAUCUGUGUCAACACCUAAUUGCAAUAUUUAAAGCACAUUUCCCAGUAAAAUGUAAUUGGUUUGCACCCGAUUUAGAGUGUCAUCAUGCAUUGAAAGCUACUAUCACUGGCAAAGUUGUAUGGCUCCUGUCUUUUGUGAAAAAACAGCUAGGACAAGGUAUUCUUAAUUCGGCGUCCCCAAACAUUGAAAACAUCAAUAAAACAUGUAACCAACCUCCUGAUCACAAAUGCCUGAUACUGCAUAACCCUGUAGCAGAAUUCUAGAUCUUCUUCCUCUCUCAAAGUGAUGACUCUUAUUUUUUGCACUUUGGAACAGUUCAUGAGCAGCUUGUAAGUCAUUAAAGUAUUUUAGUUGCCAUCCUUCUUCUGCCUGUUGUUUUUGGGAAGCAAGUUUUGUUUAAUGUAGUUUAAAUAAACUUAAUUGUUGUAUUAACAAAACUUUAGAAGUAGAAGUAGCACUAGAAUCCUUUGUCUGUUCUUUGUCCCAAAGUGUCAUGUCAGCUGCUCUGUUCUUCCCGUAGAUGUCUGAUUUUUUAUGUGCUUGAUAGUGGGCAUUGCCUAGGAUAGCUAGAAACAAGGAGCUACAUCAAAAGUAGCUAGACAUGCCAGCAAGCACUUAAACACUGCAUUUUCUAAUUAUUAUUUUUGUAUUUGGCAAGUGUUAAAUCUGCAGAAUGUCCGAAAGUUUAAUUCCAGAGUGCCAGCUAGCAUUACUGUAUUGAACAGUGUGUGCUUGGCGUUCCACAAAAUGCAAAAAAAGGUUCUUGCUUAAAGAAGCUUAUAGUUCAGCAACAUUUACCUCAAAAUAAUUUAGUCUUCAAUGUGCAUAUAAUGGUUAUUGCCUUUUAAUUGUGAUGGCUCAGCAAAAAUGCAGAAUUCUAGUGAAAUCUGAAAAAAGGAUCUUAAACAACUGGCACAGGGGGUAGAAAGAAAAGGUAUCAUGAGCGAAUGACAAAUGCUAUCCCAGAACAGUUAAUUCCAGUUUUGUCAGUUAGGAGUGAAAUGCAGUCAAUGCUUUUAACUACUUCAAAGAAUCAUUUAAAAUUAGGUGGGCCGUUGUGGUUUUUUCCUACUCAGAAUUUGUAGAAAUAGAAGUACUGGGUAUUUCAUUUAAUAUGUAUAUUCUACUUUGCAGUGUGCAUUGAGCAGAGCUGUGAUUUAGGGAAAGUUCCCUGCUCACAAGUACUGCAGAUAAAUGCCUACAGCCUUACAAGAUCAGCUGCCAACCAAAACACACUAUAGGAGAGUGAAUGUUUCUAUUGUGAAAUCCUGGCAUACUUUUCUCCAUGGGCCCCAGGACCAUUUGAUUUCACUGAGGGGAACUGUGGAGAAAAAGCCUAAUGAGAAAUUCAGAACUCUUGGUGCUGAAAAGUCAAAUGUAGGCCACUAGAAUAUGUAAAGCAUACUUGUUUCUAGAACGCAUUCAUAAGGAAAAAUGUAGUUGCCACAGGCAUUUUUUAGUAAGUUUUCCAAUAGUUUUAUAUUUGCAGUGGUGAGAGGAUUUUUGAGACGAUACCUCUGGCCAUCAAAUAGAACAAGAGGUUUUCUGUUGAUCAAUUGACUGGGGUUUUUAAAACAGGUUUAACAAACAAACAAUUAUAUUGCCAAACAAUGUUUUGUUUUGUUUUUUUAAAAGGCAUUAACAUUAUAGGAGCAAAGAAGAUAAUCACCAACAGAUUAGAUAGCUACGUUAAUUACAAAAACCAAAUACAGCGGUACCUCGGGUUACAGACGCUUCAGGUUACAGACUCCGCUAACCCAGAAAUAGUACCUCGGGUUAAGAACUUUGCUUCAGGGUGAGAACUGAAAUCACGCAGCGACAGCAGGAGGCCCCAUUAGCUAAAGUGGUACCUCAGGUUAAGAACAGUUUCAGGUUAAGAACAGACCUCCAAAAUGAAUUAAGUUCUUAACCUGAGGUACAACUUUAGCUGUUACUGUGUAACUAUGACAUUAACAGGGCUCAGGGUAGUGUACAUGGAUCUCCCACUGUCCUGUUAGUUUAAUAGUUGGAAAAAACCUAUGGUAUAGGUUAGGUUGAGCAUAUGAUUGCUGAAUGAGUAAUGGCCGAGUCCAGGUUUAAAUGCAAGUGCCCCUGUUCCUAGCCUUAUACUCUAUCCUCUAAGUCAGUGGUUUCCAAAAAGGGGGGUCCAUGGUCCUAUCCCUUGCCUUCCCCCCAACUAGUUUUUUGUCAUUUUUGUGCAUUUUUUUCAAUAUAUUGGCCAAAAUAUUUUUGAAAUCACACCACGAUAACAAUUUUGACCCAGCGAUACGCAACAAUAUAUUGCUUCUCGUGCAAGGGAGAGCAGGGAAGCCGGUUUCAAGGCACCGCUGAUCUGAACUGCCUUCCCUCACGCUGAGGGAGACCAGGGCAGCUGAUCGCCCUCACUUCAAGGCACCGUGGCACUACCAUCCCCUGGCACUGAGGUGAAACAGUGUUUCUCAGUCAGCAGGAAAGCAGCAGCAGGCACAGUGGAUAUUCAUCUUCACUGGCUGUCACUGCUGGCUGCCCCAUGGACAAUGGCUUGAUCUCCGUGGCUGCUCCUUCCCUCAUCCUCACGCCUGGAAUCUCCAAUUUCAGACAUCAUGAUAUAUCAGAAUACUGCAAUGUUGAAAAUGCCGCUGAUAUAUCACAAUGUUGAAAACCAGAUAUCGCUCAGCCCUAGUCUGUUUUUUAGUGUAACUAAAAUCCUUUGCUUAUUAGGGGCUACCCACAUUUUGUUCAAAAAAUUGCUUUGCAGAGGUAACUACCAUAGAGUUAUCAAAAUUUUCAAAAGUAGGGAGUCCAAGGCUUGGCUUUUGAAAAAGAGGGGGUCCUCUGUAAUCAGCUAAUUAGGAACCCCUGCUCUAGGUAGUAAUAACUGUGUUCUUGUUUGAAUGUACUAUACAGUGGUACCUCGGGUUAAGAACUUAAUUCAUUCUGGAGGUCCAUUCUUAAGCUGAAACUGUUCUUAACCUGAGGUACCACUUUAGCUAAUGGGGCCUCCCGCUGCCGCCGUGCCACCGCUGUGCGAUUUCUCUUCUCAUCCUGAAGCAAAGUUCUUAACCCGUGGUACUAUUUCUGGGUUAGCAGAGUCUGUAACCUGAAGCGUAUGUAACCCGAGGUACCACUGUAAUGUUAUAGUAGGUAGUGGGAAAAGAUUUGCUGUGGUACUGGGUUUGCCCCUGAGUCUUUGAAUGCUAGAGGCUGUGCUCCCUUUGCUAUCACAGGACAGCACAGUGAAAUACAAAAGGUCAGCUGACAUCCAGACAGUGACAUUUUUGGCAUAUUUGAUAAUAUUUGACUGGUAUCAAAUAGACCAGGGGUCAGCAACCUUUUUCAGCCGUGGGCUGGUCCACCAUCUCUCAGACCAUGCGGUGGGCCGGACUAUAUUUUGAAGAAAAAAAUGAAUGAAUUCCUGUGCCCCACAAAUAACCCAGAGAUGCAUUUAAAAUAAAAGGACACAUUCUAUUAAUGUAAAAACACGCUGAUUCCUGGACCGUCCACGGGCUGGAUUGAGAAGGCGAUUGGGCCACAUCCAGCCCACGGGCCUUAGGUUGCCUACCCCUGAAAUAGACUGUCAGUUGUCCGGUGUGUCAAUCCUACCCUAGCAGCAACUUUGGCCUGUGUUAUAGCUGGAAUGUGUUGUGGGAAAGCAUGUUUGAUUAUGUGAUGCUUCCUGGAAUUAUCUAAUUUGUAUGCACAGCAGUAUUUCAACUGUUCUACAGUAUGUUUUUUGCUGUUCAUUUUGAAAGAGUCCAUUUUUAAAAAUAAGUAAUUGAUAUCUUUGUGUUCUCAAAAUAGUUCAUGAGAUAUGCUUAUUUUUAUCUGUAAAGAUAAAGUCAGAAGUCUAAUUGAAUAAAAAUAUGCAAAGCAUCUGCAAGCAGUAGAAUGACACAUGGUUCUACUGUUUGCAUCUGGUGUAAAUCCAAGAAGUACCCUUGGACAGAUUACUGUCUCCAAUAUGGCGUCAGAAAGUGGUGGGAAGCUAAUUUAAGAUCAUUCAUCUAGUAGUGCUGUCAUUUUCCAGUAAUAUAUACCAAGCUUUUGUACUGGAAAAAAACAUUUGUAUCCAGAAGUGUUGUAAUGCUUUAGUUACAGAAUACUACAGUUUCAGUCAUCCUAAAACCCAAUUUCCAAGAUAGCAAGAAUGAAGAAUGUUUAAAGUAGUUGCCAUAAAUACUCAUAAAAAAUUCAGUCAGAAAGAUGAAGAAACGAGUCCCACUCUUUAGGUAUAAAGAAAUUUAAUUGAGUUAAAUAUUUUUACCUGCACAUUCCUCAACUUAUUCUGUAUUAUGUCCCCACAUCAGUCAAAUUGAGGAAAUAUAUUUUAGAUUUCACUCAAAAUGUGUUUCAUUCAGUCAGUUAACUUUGGACCUGCAGUUUCAUAAUAGAACACUAACAUUUCUAAAGAAGAUCUAUUGAAGCUUGACAAUCACCUCAGUUAAGCUAAGGAAAUCUACUAUUGUAAAUGAUCUUGCAUGUGCUUAUAACUGGCUAUGCAUAUUUGAACGCUCUUGUAAAUGAUCUUGCAUGUGCAUAUAACUUGCUAGGCAUAUAUGAAAUAUACAACACAGGAUGUGGUUUAUUGCUGAAAACAUUACAAUAAUUUGUUUUUAGUCAUCAUAAGAAGCAUUGUUGCCUAGCUGGCAACAUAAGUGUUUUGAAAUACAUUGAAAAGAAAAUAUUGCUUUGAGUUGCAUUCUAUUCAAAUGCUUGACAGAAUGGCAUUUCUAUCCAAGUUCUUGUUACACUUUUACAGCUUGUUCAUAUGUGACUAGAGAAGCUUUAGGGUCAAAGUAUAUUAUUGUUAAUUUGCUAGCGUAUUAAACAUUAGGUGGAGUAUAAUAUAGUUAGCCCCCUUGGACUCAUGGAAGGGGUUUCCUCCAGCAGAUACCAGAUCGAAGGUGCAGAUUAAAUCUGGCUGCUUAUGAGUCUCCCAUUCUAGAUGCAAAAUGAAUGGUAUAAAGUAACACAAAAGAAGAAGGGAAAGCAUGCAUGACUUUUAAAUUUAGUCAAAAGGCUUUUAUAAUCUUAGAUUCUAGAUUUUUUAAAAAAUGCAUGUUUCAUUGUUUUCUGCUCGUAACAUAUACCGUAUUUUUCGCUCUAUAGGACGCAUAGGACGCACCAGACCAUAGGAGGGGGAGAACAGGGGAAAAAAAGUCUCCCCCUCUCUGCUCAGCGCCCCUUCAGCAAAGCGGUAGGAGAAAUGGAGCCCCUUCCAUUUCUCCUGCCGCUUCGCUGAAGGGGCGCUGCGCAAAGAGGGGGAUAUUUUUUUUUCUUGUUCUCCCCCUCUAAAACAAGGUGCGUUCUGUGCGUUCAAGGUGUGUUCACCCAAAGCCUCUGGAGCCCAGCGGGAGUUCCUUUCGACCUGCUCUUUGGGGCUGGCGGGGGGAAGCGCUGCUUUCCCCCACCGCCAGCCCCAUAGACCAGGUCGGGGCGCACCGCCUUCCUGCUGCUCCCCGAGCUUGUGGGGCUGGCGGUGGGGGGAAGCGUUGCAGCCUUCCCCCCACCUUCGUACAGCCUUCAUAGCUUCUGCAGGGCAGCGGGGUGAAGGUACCCCGCUGCCCUGCGGAGGCUUUGCGCAGACAUCCGCAAGCUAGAACAGCGAGACGGAGCGCUCCUCAGCGCUCCGUCUCCCUGUUCUGGCUUUGGGCUUAGCCGCGCAGCCUGCAUUCACUCUAUAGGACGCACACACAUUUCCCCUUAAUUUUUGGAGGGGAAAAAGUGUGUCCUAUAGAGCGAAAAAUACGGUACAUGCUAAAAAGAUGCAUGCAUCUUUGGUUAGAUUUUCUUUAUUUAUAAAAAAUGUUUAUAUACCAUUAUGUCAUUAAAAAAAAAUCAAAGCAGUUUAGAACAGUAAAACAUAAAACUACAAUAUAAACCAUAUUAAAAGUUAAAAACAGACAUCAAUUAAGCAUUGUGGAAAGAUGUAUUCAAACUGCCUAUUUGGGCCUGGCAGAAUAGAAAAUUUUCAGCAUGCAUUUAAAAGUUGUUUUGUAUUCUUUGUUUUAUAGAAUAUAUAUAAUAAUGUUAUGUUACUAAGCAAUUAAAAAAAAACACCAAGAAAAAAUUUACAAUCCCCCCAAGCAUGCAUUUAAAAGUUGUCACAAAAGGUGCCUGCUGAAUCACUAUUGGCAGAGUAUUCCGCCAAUGAUCGGGGUGAUGGAAGUUGUAAUUCGACAACACUUGGAGGCUAACCCUGUCAUAAAAUGUUUGUUAAAUAAUGUGGUCGUACUACUUUGAUGAAACUACAUCUAAGUCUAAAAAGCAUUGCCAUCCAAAUUGGUAUUUGUAAACUAUAUGGAAUGUGUGUUAAUGUUUUCUAUAUUAAAGUGACAGGCCAUAUAUUCACACAGAUGGAAUGUAUAUGUACACCCCACCCUUCUAAUGUAUAGUCAUUACUUAGGACAGCUUGCCGCAGUCAAGGUCAUCUAUAUAAUACAAUAACACUUAAUAAAAUAGCCAUUUAAAGUACAAGAGAGACAAACUGAGCAGAUAAAAUGGUCAUUAGAUAGAAACAUUAUCUACUGAGUUGGAACAGAAGCCUCCUGAAACAAAAAAAUAAUAAUCCUGAACUAUUCAACAAAAAUAACAAGGGGGAGUCCAGCUGAAUCUGAAAGCUAGACUAUAGACAAGAAAUAUCUUGGAAGUAGGGGCAUGAGCUAAAUCCUUUAUAACCUCAGUUAGAAUGGAAGGCCACCACCUGUACAGCAGUAAAGAUCAGCCUUGUUAUAUAAACUUUCUACAUAGGAUAGCUGAAUGAGCUCCACAAAUGCUUUCCUGAUUACCUUCUUGAUCUUCAGUGUUCUGUUAUGCAAUCAGAAGUCUGUGGUGCGACUGAAACGGCAAUAUAGGAUACAUCCCUAUUCUAAAAGAGAGGUGGAAACCUCAAGCCCAGCUGCUGAAUGUGACCCUCCAACCCCACCCCACCCUUUACGUGGCCCUUGGAACUCUCCAUGGGCUGCAACUCUCACUAGUCUUCCUUCAUACCCUCCUUGAGGCAGGUGGGUGCAUUUAGAAACCCCUGGCUUCUGUGUGGCUGGGAGCUAUCUUAUUGUACAAAGGUUAAGAGGCAUAUCCAUUAUUCUACCCACUUUUGCCUUGGACCACACACACACCUUUGUCUCCAGGUUUGCCCAUUAUUCUCCUAAAAUAUGAUCCUUAGACUCCCCCUCCCCCAACUUAGGGCUAGGAAAUUAUUUUUCCUAAGACAAUCCAUUGCAAGCCUAACUAUGACCAUAAUAAGAGGAGGCAAGAGUUACAACCAUGCGGCCAAUUUUUGUUGUAAGUGUAGCGCUUGUCCUUUUCUGGUUUUGGUAGAUCUUUGAGCAAGAUCCCCUAAGUUGGGAUACUUCUUCUGGCCUUCAGUUACUGUUGCUCGUACACUAACCCUCUUUCUCCUGGUCCAGUCUAGAUAGCUAGCAAGAGAGAGUGGACAAGGUGAAGUGGAGAUUACUCCUCUUCCUCUUGUCACUGCCUGCUCUCUUAGAGAGGACUGAUGGCUGUGCAGCAACAGCAAGGAGUAGCAGAACUGGACCAGAAAGCUUGCUGAGGCAAUAACCUUGGCAGGUGUUUGAUGACAUGGACUCCUGACAACAAACAUAGGGUAGAACACACAUUUUUUUUUGUUUUUUUUAAUUAAUAUUUAUUAAGUUUUCAAAGAAUAACAACAAAAAUUUCCAAAAAAAUUGAAAAUACAAAAAGCAAAAACGAUAAAGAAAUAAAAAAGAAAAAAACCAACCAUAAAGAAAAAAAGAAAAAAAGAAAAAAAGAAAAACAAAAGUAUAAAAUCAUUUAUGAUCUCUAUUAACUUCCUUUCUAGACUUCCUCCUCCUCCCCUCUCUUGUUUCUUACUUUUUAAUUUUUACCGCAAAUCCUUUCUGUUUUUUCAUAACAUUCUAUCAUUACAUUUCCUUAUUCUAUUUUCCCUCUUGUCAUAUAAAAACUUUAAAACUCAAAGCUUAUAUUCAGUAUUUACCAAAUUCUUACAUCAUUACCUUUUGCAAAUCAUUUACCAAUCCUUACUUAAGCCAUAUAGUUUCAUUCAACAUCUUUCAAACAUUUAUGAACGUUCCCAAUAUUGAAAAAUAGAAAAAUAAAAUAAGAUAAUAAGUCAGACACAAUCCAGUCAACUUCCAGCGCCCUCCCCUGGACCCGGGAUUGUCAGUCCUUUUAACCUCAAUAGUCCGGCUCCUUAACCUGGUUGUCUCGUGUCCGAGGCCCUCAAAUCUCUUUCUUGCCCCUUUCGCAGCUCUUCUUGAUGUUUCCCUUUCAGUCGUGGGUACUCCAGCAGAAAGAUACUUUUGACCCUUUGCAACAAGUCCAUCCCAUGCCCAUUGUCCAAGCCAGACAGCAGAUAAUACCACUUCAAGUUUCCUUGAAACUUGGAGGCUCCGACUACUCCAAUCCUCUGAUGGCCCAUCACCAGACUCGGAAAGUCCAGAUAACCAUAUAAAGGGGGGUCAAUCCAUCCCCCAUUUCCAAAUCUAACCACAUUUCAUCUUUCCGAAUCUGAUUUAUCCCAAGUUCAUUUAUCAAGUUCAAAGGCUGAUCCUGCCGGUCCAAAGGUCCCUCCAUCUCUGAAGCCUCCAUCACUACAGCAGGUUCAUAUACUUGUAGAUAUUUUAACUGAGUUCCAUUUACUUGCUGCUGUGCUCUGGUAACUUCCGUCAUCAAGGUCGUCUCCUGACGCAUCUGGUCCAGCUGGGCACUUAGUUUUGAAAAACCUUCCAGGAACAUUUGUUCAAGCCUUUGUACAAGCAUUGUCCUUCAGGGUCAAAGAAAAUUCUUUCCCACGAUUAUAGUCCUUCACUUUUAAGCUCUCUGCGUUGCAGUUUCACUCAAAUCCCACUAGAGGGAAAACCUUUUUUUUCUCUUUUUUUUUAUAACGGAGAAAAUCAUCAGCAACAGUCUUUCUUUUCCAGAUACACUUUAUCCAAAGUUCCCCUUCAAAAUUCAAGAGGCAACAGUAGAGUCACAAUGUUACCUUUCUUUUAACUAUCUGUCGAGCUGGACAAGCUUCAAGACGUCAGUUCUGACAGCCCGCUCCUGGUUCAGGGCGGUGGAAAAUUACUUUGUUUUAAACUCACUUCCGCAGGGUUAUAAAGUCCAAAACAACCCCUUCUUCUCCUGCAGUCAAAGGGGGUUCUAGAAAUCUUAGGUGUUGAAUUCUAGUUCUCUCAGAAUUUAAUUUUCAAGCUUUAGUAUAUUUUGUCUUUGCUUUCUUCACGUAACAAAAGAACGGAAGGUUGACUUCCUGCUUAGACCUUCUCAUUCCAAGUCCCAAUUAAAUUCAAUUUCAAGUCCAAUUUAUUUAUUUAUUCACCAGUCUUAAAAGUAAUUCAGCUCUUCCAAGAUCAGGUACUCACGGAUAGAUGUUUUAGAUGCCAAAUUGUCCCAGGAAAAAGGCAGCGCUCUCCGGAAACGGCAGUGCGGCUUUGCUGCACGAAAGAAGCAGUCGACUCACAGCACCACGCACCUCCCACUCCGGAGCCCGUUACCGGGCUCCUGUACAAGGGGAGAGAGCGCUCACGGUGCCCGCUGAGUCCCACGUCCACAGGCUUCACCCGCCUGUGGGUUUUAAGGGUCCCCGCUGCGCCGUAGCGGUAGGACCCAAGCUUCCGUGCAGCGGGUUCCCUUCAACUUGAAGGGAAUUCCGCCAUUUUCCGGAGGCGCCACCCCGGAAGUCUAGAACACACAUUUUGUUUCCACCAGAUGUCUUCAAAACUCAGGAGAUGUUUCUCUACCAUAAAUCAAGGCGAGGUACGUGUGACUUCCAGUGGCUAAGAAUUGGGCAAGAAGGUCAAUUGUUAAUCCUUCUCUUUCUGGGUGCUUUUUUCCUCUCUACCUAGCAAGGGCUCCUAGACUGUGCUUCCAUCUGGAAGUGAGUUUGGGGGAUUGUAGUUAAGUGAAUAGUGAAUGGCUUCUUUGCUAGCAGUCUCAGCCUGCUUUAAAGUGGAAAACCUAUAGCUGAGUUUUGCAGACAGGCAGUGGAGAUGGAAUGGGUAGGCCUGCCCUGAAAUGUAAUGGCAAUGCAAGAUGCACUGAGCAGGGCUAUUACCGUAUUUUUCGUCCCAUAGGGCGCUCUGGCCCAUAGGACGCACCUAGUUUUUUUUUGGGGGGGGGGAAAUAAAGGAAAAAAAAUUCCCCUUUAUUUCCCCCCCAAAACCAGGUCGGGGAACAGCGGGAUGGCGGCGCUCCGCCUCCCCGCUGUCCCCCGAGCUUGUGGGCUGCAGGCUGCUGCCCGCAAGCCUUGCGAGCCCGCGGGAACUCCCCCCGGGCGCGCAAGGCUUGUGGAUAGCUUCCUGAAGCCUGGAGAGUGAGAGGGGUCGGUGCGCACCGACCUCUCUCGCUCUCCAGGCUUCAGCGAAGCCUGCAUUCGCCCCAUAGGACGCACACACAUUUCCCCUUCAUUUUUGGAGGGGAAAAAGUGCAUCCUAUAGGGCGAAAAAUACGGUAAAUGAAACAGAAUGGUGUAGUAGCAGGUGGGAAAUUCAUUUUGCUCAGUGGUGGGAGACAGGAGGACUAAUUUGCUAACUUUAUUACUAGCAUUAAUAUUCUACCAUUCUAUAAAAAUUGAAGUUGGUAGAAGAGGUGAGAGUAGGAUUACCUUAGCAUAAUGCUGCUUUUCUUUUAUUUAUUGCCUAACAUGUAAUGCAUUUGUUUGGAUGUAUUAAUAAUGAAUUCAUUCUUGUUUGCUUCGAUUCUAGGAGUUUGCGGCACUUACUAAAGAACUUAAUGUUUGCAGAGAACAACUCCUUGAAAGGGAAGAAGAAAUUGCAGAACUGAAAGCAGAACGAAAUAAUACAAGGGUUAGUUAAUUAUCUGAUAUCAUUUUGUUGCUAUUGCAUGCAAUGUUGCUCUUGACUUUGCUUUUUAAAUUAAAGGGGGAAGUGAAUGGAUAGAACCUUAAGCUAUGCUCUUACCUUUCUGAAUAUGGUGCUUCUGUGUGAUAUGUAUGUUUGGGAUGUGCAAGGCUUGAAAAAAUGAAUGAAUGAAUGAAUAAAUAUAUAAAUUUUAUAAAUAUACAGCCAUCAAAUCAAAAUCAGAUAAGCCACAGAUUGCACUAAUAGGGCAAUGUGUAUUAACAAGUAAGAUGUUAUAUGCAAGCUGUAUUGAGCUAAAAAUGCUGCAAACCAGGAAGUUAGUAAAUGAAUUGUGAGUAUGUUUGUGGAAGAGGAAGCAUUAACAGCCCAAGGAUGACCAAACAGUGUUAUUGCCUUGUGUUGCAUGCAGACUAACCCAGUACAGUGGUACCUUGGAAGUCGAACGGAAUCCGUUCUGGAAGUCCGUUUGACUUCCAAAACAUUUGGAAACCAAGGCGCUGCUUCCAGUUGGCUGCAGGAAGCUCCAGCCAGUCGGAAGCUGCGGAAGCCACGUUGGACGUUCGGGUUCCAAAGAACGUUCGCAAACCGGAACACUCACUUCCGGGUUUGCGGCGUUCGGGAGCCAAAACGUUCGACUCACAAGGCGUUCGGGAUCCAAGGUACGACUGUAUGAAUUUAUGCUGGGAAAUGUAGUAGAGUGGCUCAUGGGUGCACGCCUACUACAUGUGUGGGAAUGGAUAUCUUCCUUUUGUACCUACAUAUUCCACACAGUGAAUUUUGGUGUUAAUUCAGCAAAUAUGACUCUUGUGUGAUAAAGUAUGAAUUUGUCCUUACCAGUCAAAUGUAUUUUUCUGAAUGCUGAACUCAAGAGUUUCAGAAUGAAAUUAUAAUCAUAAAUUGCCACCAGGUAUGAUUUCUUGCCAGUAUUGCCCAUCGUAAGCUUCGGAUAUAACAUUAUUUAGCUAAACGUACUGUUUUACUGAGUUCUGGAAAUCCCCAGGAGUGCAACCAAAAGCUUGCAUGUUUGGACUGGUAGCUCUUGGAGAUCUCAUCAUCUUUACUCCUCCAGGCACAGUUUUGAGAAUCAGCUUGAAUUUAUAUUUGGUAGUCAGUGCCAGUAGUUGAUUACUUGCCAUUGAAUCUUUCUAGUUAUUCAGGAUUAACCCACUUAUGUUUCAGUAUGGUAAUAAUAGUAUAAUUAGAGCAUUUGUGAUUCAACUGUGUAAAGAUUUUUUUUUUUGAAAGUGUCAUUGGAUUUCCUUUAUAAAGCCGAAUGAAAUGUAUCACUGCUCAAGAUCUUAGGAAUCAUCUUUUGACCUUUUGGGUAAUCAUCAAUUUUGUCAUUCUCUAUUUCACCAAAUUAGGGCAAUACCACACCAGCAAAUUUAGCAGCAAGACAGAGCCAUCUAAAAACACAGUAGCAGUUCCUGUCUAUUUGGGGAAAUUCCCAGUAUUCAGGAGUAUAUUUGUAAACUAAAAGGGAGUAGGGUUAAAAAACCCAUAUGGCCUAACAUGGAACUAUUCUCAGCGGCUUCUGCAACUUCUGGAAUGAUGUGUGUGUGUGUGUGUGUGUGUGUGUGUGUGUGUGUUGGUGUUGGUGGGAGGGAGGAAGGAUAUAGUAUAUUGCAGAUAAGAGGGAAUUGGCCUCUUUGAACCAGGUUGGGGAAGGCAGUCCAGCAACAGCUGAAGGACCAUGGGUUAGCCAGUUUUACAUGGGAGCUUAAAUUCUCAUAAUGCUGAACUCUGUAUCCUUUGUGAAAAACACUGCAUAACAAUUUUGCUGAAUACAAUUAUAAAUGAUGCUCAAAUUUGCUGUUGUCACUAGUUAAGUAACUUAUUGGAUCUCAGCUAAAAACACUGCAGGUGAUUUAUCAUUCUAUAGGAGACUUUUGCAAUUAACUUGCAAUUAACUGGGACCUCUGCAAGGAGGAAAGCAGCUGGGGAGGGCAGUUCUUAGGAAAGGCUAAGCAUUUCAGUGGAUUUGAAGUGGUGAGGAUAUAAGACAUGUAGAGGUAGAUUGUGUAGUUUUAUCCUUAGUGAGAAGCUUCCCUGGCUAUUAAAGGAAUCACUAUAAAGGCUGAGAUUACAAGAGAGCAUUGAUAUAUGUAAAAAUAAAUUGCUGGCAAAUUAUUUAUCUGACUUGAGGAAAAAAGAAAACUUUUGAAAAUGUCUUCCUAUUCUUUUUGGUUAGCAAAGUACAUGGUUUUUUUCCUCAGUUGAAUUUGCCAUGAAACUUUCUGGGCUACACAAUUUUUCAGGCAGUCAAAGUUAAAAGAGAUCAUUUUUAAGACAAACAGAAUUCUGUAACUCAUGUGGUCAUAAACAAUCCAUCUUUGCGGGUUUGGGGUGCACAUUGCAUCAUGAUUUUAUUUUCAAACAAUAGCAUAGCGUUUCUCUUCAGUUGCUUAGAAUGGAAUUCAUCUGUCUUCCUCAUCUAAAUUUUGGCUAUUUUUCAGCUGCUGUUAGAGCAUUUGGAAUGUCUUGUCUCCCGGCAUGAGCGAUCUCUUAGAAUGACUGUAGUAAAGAGACAGGCUCAAUCUCCAGCAGGCGUUUCUAGUGAAGUAGAAGUUCUCAAAGCACUAAAAUCCCUAUUUGAACACCACAAAGCCCUUGAUGAAAAGGUAAAUGUACUGAGUGCAUUGUUUAUUAUUUGAGAAAUGUAGUUAUACAUUUGAGAAAUGUAUAAUAAAUGGUUAUGGCAAACUAAUUAAGCGCAUUAGUGUAAAAACAGUCUGUCGUUCAAAAUUACUCAUGUAAUGCAAGUGGAAAAAAUAGCUGGCUGACUUGUAAAACUUGUUUGUCUUUGUAAUAACUAGCUUACCUUUGUAAGUUUACCUUGUUAUAACUAGCUUACCUUUCUAAGCAGGUGUCAGCCAGUGAAUUGGUCUUCUAAGGCAGUCCCCUUGGUAAAACAAACAGAAAAAGUGAAAAUAACAUUUGCCUUCUACUUUUGUUCAGUUGAAGCUUGAUAGCACUGCUGUCUACUCCAAAAUAUAGAUGCCAGGAAAGUGGUGGCAAUGUCAAAUUGGAGUGCGACAGUCUUUUAUUAUGGUGCCUUCCCAGUCCCUUUUCAUCGGUUUAGUUCAACUCUUUGUUCCCCUUUUUGCUUCAUUCUGUUUCUUCCUCCCUUUUUCCCAGCUUUUGGUAUGCGCAUAGGGGAAGAGACAGGAAAUGAAAACACUUUAAUGCAUUUGGGUGGUGGGUGGGAUCUGUGCCACUUUUAAAUUGUGACAUAGGGAAAAAAAGAAGUGGUAAGAGCAGAGGGGCCAGCUUAGCCUAAUACUGUUAGACGUAUAUGCUGUAAUGCAAGAGAGAGCUUAGCUUCUUCAAGCCCCCUUCCUGACUUCUUCCCCUUCUGAGGGUUGGGACACCCUUCUGAAAAGGUGGGAUGUGAUGUAGGGGGCUGAGGGGAAAGGGGAUCACUGAAAACAGUGGGUUGUGAGGGAGACGGGGAGGCAGGGAAUUCAUCCAGUUGCCUCCUGUGUGCUUUUUCUAUGGAUCCAGUUCAGUAUGACUAUAUGACUGUCCAUCAAACAGUAUGGAUAGGCAUUGUGAAAUUUGAAGUUAAGCAGUUGAAGUCCCAAUGACUUCAGAAGAGGCUUAUCCUUAACUUUGGUUGAACAGUGCCCUUAUUUCCCAUUUCAUAGAGAACGGUGUUCUGUUCAGUAGCUUCCAUCUCUUGCUUUUGGGAAGUUCUGGGCAUUUAGCCUUUUGAGUAAGCAAUCUUACUCAGAUCUUUUGAGUAAGCAGUCUUACUCAAAUCAAUAAACAAGUUCAUUUAUUUCAAUUAAUCUACUCUGAGUGUGACUAACAUCAGAUGGCACACCUGGUCUUUAAGCAAAUAUUUCAUUAGUAGAAAAGCCAUGGACGGUGGCUUUGAUUGUAAGGAUUGUGAGCAGAAAUUUGCUCAUGGAGUAAGACUUUUGAUGUGGUGUAGGGAUUGUAGGUGGCUUGGGUUGUGGAAAUGAGAACCUUCUAUAUGAUCAAGAUUUACCCUUAUGCUUGGGCUUUAUUGGAUCCAGACCCAUAAGGUUUAUACAGCGUAUUCACAGGUGACAUAUUGAUCAAUUGAAAUUUUAUAUUUUAAUUGUUAUAACAACCAAUUUCUAUGCUUGUUUAGUCAAGAAAGAUGAAAUACAAUAUGAUAAAAUUAAUAUAUUUAAAAUCAAUUCAUCCUAUCUAACCAUGAUAUUGUUACCAGUCCACAUUUCUGUAGUAUAGCUAAUACUAUACUAUUAAGCUUGUCUGAGCCAGAGGUUCAUUGCCUGCAAAUGAAAUAGGAGUUCUGAAUGUAUAUUGGCUCCAUAUUGAUUUUGCAUAAGCUGCUUGUUGUUUGGCAUUCCAUAGAUAUUGGAAAAAAUGUUUCGGUUGUUACUUUAUUGUUUUUAAGAAUUUAAAGAUAAUGUUCAUUGCCAAAAAUAAAUAUAUAACUGCAUGUAAAUCAAAACUUCUGCACAGUUUAGUUUUGGAAUUGUUUGUGUUCACACCUUGGCUCUAUCUUUUUUAGGUAAGGGAAAGAUUACGAGUAGCACUUGAAAGAUGUAGCUUGUUGGAGGAAGAACUGGGUACUACACACAAGGAGGUAGGUCAUUUCCUUAAAACAAAAACUCCUCUUGUCAGCUCUGAAGGAGCUAUUGACUUUUUGAGGGGCCCAAAGAACUAUGACUGAAAGGAAAGGGUUAGAAUCAGUGAAAUGCUCCCAUUGCAUCUCUUGGUCCUGCUGCGAAUUCUAAACACUGAUUCAAAAGUUUGUGAAGCAGCGUGUCUUCAUUCAUUCACUUUAUUAUUUGUGUACCACUUUCUGACAAUUCCCCCCCUCAAACUCAAAGCAGCCUACAACAAAGAUACGGAUGCAUUUCAAACACUGCCCCCCCCCCCGGCAAAUAAUAGCAUAGGAAAACAAUAACAUAGUAACAAUUUCAUAAUAUGUAGCAAAACAAAAAUAUAACAACAUACCCUGAAACACAUUCCUAUACUAUAAAUAUAUAACAAGAUUACUUAAACAACAUUCAGCAUUCAUACAAAAAUAACAAGGGAGUUUCACAGUUUCACCUUAGUCCUAGAAACUCCCCUCCCUUGAUGUUGCUCACAGUCCCUCUCCUGCAGCAGCUUCUUUGAAGGCUUCCCAAGGGCAAAGGGUGGGGUAGCUAGAAACACCCCUCCCUGUCUUCUGCAGGAUAAGGACUUUGUGCAGCUUGGUGAUGUUGGGAAUACGUUUUCCAUGAAGCUUCUCUCUAAAUGCAAUCUUUUCAGCUGUGGACAUGUCACUGCAAGGUUUCAGUCAGUCCUAAGAGCCAAUUCACUCAACUCCAUUCACUUAUUAAGUAAAUGGCAGUCAUAGAUCAUUUGUUUUGCAGAAGGUUUCCUGUCUGACAGUUGAGUACUCCUCAAAGGCAAGCUUACCAUUUGACAAAUAUCCUCUAAAUAGAUUAUAGAAAUCAGUUCCAAUUCUGCUUUAAAAUUGAGGGCGGUAGUAUAUCUGUUGCCUAUUUAUUCAUAAAUGCAGAAUUUCUAUCUUUGCAAAUGUUAACUGCUCCUUUUUUAAUUUCUGAAUUAAUAUCCUUUAUUACCAUAACUGAAACAAUACUUUAAUUUCAUUUUCAGUUAAUGAUUUUGAAAGAACAGAACAAUCAGAAAAGAACUCAAGCUGAUGGGAUGCCUGAUGUUAAUCAUGAUCAGGAGAAUGCACCUAGCACUAAUGGGAAGGUAGGUGGAAACCUUGGUCUUGUAGGGCUUGUUCACUCAUCAUUUCUGGGGAAAUAAAUCUUAAACACAGUGUGGGUCUCAGGUGCACCUACACCAUCAUCUCAUUCCGAUGAGAAAGUAGUGAGUGAAAGCAGCUUUAUACAAACAUAAAUGUGUUGUCUCUGUCAUCUCCUGAUCAAACGCUCCAAAUCUUUUCAGGUAAUGGAUUUGUGGUACAGAAAACACCAUUUUCAGAUAAACAUGGUUUCAAUUUGAUUUACUCAUUGUUUCUUGAAUCUCUGGCAAUGAGACCAGAGACUCAUCCCUUUGAAACUUUUCCUCCUAGGACAUAGUAAAUGAGCAGACCUUAAUCAUGCCUGAAUUAUGACAGCUUUAACUUGAAAAAUUAUGGUAGUAUGUAGUACAUCAUAUUGUACUGGUCUUCUAAAAAUAAUAAUUUUUUUCCCAAAUAGAGAUCUUCCAAUGGCUCCCUAAGUCAUGAUGAAGACCUUGCUAAAGUAAUAGAACUUCAAGAUGUCAUAGAGAUGCAAACUAAAGAGCAGGCUCAAAUGAAAGAACGUAUAACGGCCCUUUCUAACAGAGUAGCAGAACUGGAAGAAGAUCUUGAUACCGCUAGGAAAGAUCUAAUAAAAUCUGAAGAAAUGAACACAAAGUUGCAAAGAGAUGUAAGAGAGGUAAGGAAAUGUCAGUUUUUUGUUUGUGACUUAAUGGAAGGAUUGAGCAAACAUGUUUUAAUAAACUCUCAAGUGGAAUUUUAAAACUUGUAUUUGUAGUUGGCUGUAUGAACUUCUGCUCAAAAAUUCUCUUUUUUUCUGGGUUUUACAUGCAGUGUGAAUCUUGAUUUGGCAGCCAUAUAAAUUAAUGUUCUGAUCGGGGGGAAAUCCAAGUCUGUUUUUAUUAACUUCUGCAUAGGCUGGCACCUGAUUAAUAUGAUUACUGGUGGAUCUUGAAAAGAUAAGCACCUCCUAUUAAAAGGGCUGAAGUAACCACAUCACAUACUUUGGUAUUGAGUAUAUACAUAAACUAGGGAUUCAAAGAACUAUUUAGGCUUAAAGCUUACAAUUACCCCUGUAAAUCUUGACUGUUUUGCUUGGAACAAUCUACAAUUAUUCCUUAUCACAACUUCUUUUGAAGCACUCCUCAUUUUCCAAAGCAUAUUAUUAUAGAUUGGAAACUUUUGCAAAUCUUGAUCUUGAACUUGUUAAGAUCAGUAAGAAUUGGCAACUUCCAUAGUGUCAAGGCCCAUGAAGUAAAAGAAAGGUGCAAUUAUUUCAAAGGAUCUUUUGAUCACUCUUAUAUUUCCAUGCCUGAUUUCUCAAGACACUCUAUUAAACACACUUAAUGAAGAGAGACUAUUUAACACUUAGGGACUAUGUAUUUCCUUAAUCUCCUUACAAUUUUUACAACUUAGGCAAUGGCUCAAAAGGAAGAUAUGGAAGAGCGAAUCACAACCCUUGAAAAACGCUACCUCGCUGCACAACGUGAAGCUACAUCCGUGCAUGACCUCAAUGAUAAACUUGAAAACGAAAUUGCUAAUAAAGAUUCUCUGCACCGACAGGUAGAAACUGUUAAUUAUAGUAAUAAAGCAAAACUUUAUCAAGCUGUGAUAGCUCUCCAUAAUCUGCUUAACAUACUUGAUAUGAGAAAUAUGAAAGAGACAACUUUGCAGCAGCGCAGGUAAGAAUGCCAUGCAUUCACAAAGAAUUAAAUAACUGGUUUUAUGCAACAGUUGUGUGAGAACAAGGCCACUUGUGCAAUUGAGCUUUCCCACCAUCUACUCCCCCAAAAAACUGCUUCUGGGGUGGGGUUCCUCAGGAAAAAAAGGGUUGGAAUAUCACCUGGGGGACAGCAGCAGGAAGAAAUAAUCUAAGAAAAUUUGCCAGCCUUGCACUUCAGUAAGUGACUUGCACAAUAGGUAAAAAUAUUCAGUUUGCUGGUGAUAUAACUAGUUAGUCUAUAUGUUUUGUAUAUAUCUAACUAUAACCAGAAAAAUGGCUUGUAUACUGUACAGAUGGCCAUGGGUAAACUCAACAGAGCAUGAUAUUAGGAGCUUAUUUUUUAUUUUAAAAAUUGUAUCCUAUUGUUUACAGUAGCAUUCCAUCCUUGGUUAUUUUUGUAGUGUACUGUAUGUUGGAAAUGAACUUCUGAAUUUCCAUUUGAAACGCUUAUACCAUGUUCAUAUGUUGCUCAUGAAAAUUAUCUGCGUUUGUGAGCAGUGUUCUGUGCGAGACAACUUGCAUGAUAUUGGAAGUUAAUAAAAGCUAUUCCCUACGAUUUCACACAAAUUUUCUCACAACAUGACUGUUCAAUACCAAUAAAAAGAGCUUUUGAAAGUAACAUUUGGAAAAAUAUAUGGAGCAUUAGUUAUAAGUAAAUUAAUGGUGUUCUUGCCUUGCUAGAGUGAAGAUAAGAACAGGCAGUUACAGGAGCGACUGGAACUAGCUGAGCAAAAAUUGCAGCAGACUCUCAGAAAAGCAGAGACUCUGCCAGAGGUGGAGGCUGAACUGGCUCAGAGAGUUGCAGCACUUACAAAGGUAGGGCUGUGAUACUUUGUACUGUGAAAAACUGUGUCUUCAGUGGAAACAAUUUGUUCUUGGUAAUUUAGUUCUAAUCCCACCCUUCACCCUGGGUUAACAAAUACUUGACAUAGUACUUUAUAUUUAUAUGAUUUCUUAGUUCUGUAACAUAAAACAAUUCAUGUUUUUAUAGUUUGGAGGUUGCUUGAGCAACUCUUGUGUCAGCUGUAGGUGCUGCAUUAUAAAGUCCUUCUGCAUUUCCUGGUGGAGUAAACUAUAUCCGUAAACAAUGUUAUGCCCAGUAUUUACAAAUGGAUUAUUGGCUGCCUUUUAUAGUCUUCAUGUUGUUGUUGUUGUUGUUGCUGUUGUUGUUGUUGUUGCUGUUGUUACCACCUUUUCUGUUCCUUAUUGUCUUUCGUUACCUGACAUUUGCCUCCUGGGAAUUCUGCAGCUAAAUUUGCUAAACAGUUGGAACAUAAUCCAAGCUAAGGAAGGUCAAAUUUGUACAAGGGAUGCUAAUCCUUAUGUCUCUAUGCAUGGCUUUUUUAAAACCAUUAAAAUGAAAGGUAGUAGGAAAGAAACAGUGUUCAAUGUAUUUUAUUCCAUUGCAGUGUGUGAACAGAAAUAGCAGUCUGCAUAAAUCACAAAAUUCUCAUUUGCUAAUAGUUUUUCUGGGUGAAUUUUCAAAUUUUAAUUAGCAGUAUGAUUUAUAAUAGGCUGAAGAAAGACAUGGUAACAUUGAAGAACGAUUGAGGCAGAUGGAAGCCCAGCUAGAGGAGAAAAAUCAGGAAUUGCUAAGGGUAUGUUAAAGCAGUGAUGACUACCAUCUCCCCUCACCCUACUUUCAAACUUGAAAAAAAAAUCAGGUUAGCAAUGCAAAAUGUAGGCUUAUAUUCCUCAUAAAGUGAACUGAAUGGGCAAGCUUAUAUCUUAACUGGAUACUUGAAGUACUUGCGUGGGCCUUGGAUGUUCAAUAGCACUGGUGGGUGAAUUGGCCUCUUAGAACAAUGUCAGCUCCUAUAACUAAAUUUUUAAAUAACUAAUUAGAGAACAUGUUUAGUGAAAGGACCUCUUGUACAGCUGCUGUCAAAAUUAUCAGUGGCUAAAAGUUCUGGAAGCUAUCAUAAUAAAUAUUAUUCAGAAUCACAUUGCUAUUUUUUUAGGGCAGGCUCAGGCUUGAAUCUGAAAAAGCAAAUAUAUAUUAUGCUAUAAAUUAGAGCAUCAUGAAAAAUAUGUAUAGCACAAUAACUUUGGGACUUUCAGUAUUUCUACAAAUUAGAGACAGAAAAAAGAGUUGGCUUAGGUGAUUUUUGCUUUUGGAUGUGUACAAAUGCUCAUAAACUCACUUUGUUUCUUAUUAUGCCCUUUUCCCGCACAUCCCAAAAUCUAGGCUCGACAAAGAGAGAAAAUGAAUGAAGAGCAUAAUAAACGUUUAUCUGAUACCGUUGAUAAACUUUUGUCUGAAUCCAAUGAGAGACUUCAGCUUCACCUUAAAGAAAGAAUGGCUGCCCUGGAAGAUAAAGUAAUUGUGAAUGUUAUGAAUGUUGCUUGAAAUGCAACAGCAGCUUCAGUUGUAGUUUACCAAUUUAUUGAUGGAUAUUUAGCCUGCUGUUUAUGGCAAGACAGAGAGCCAGCGAAAGAACUAUAUAAACCGUGGGGAUGUCUAGUGCACAGCUGUGGUAACACUACUACUUUGUUAUGGGCAGAGAAACUUCUCCUAGGAAUAUACCUUUUGUGUUAAAACAGUGGUGUGAGGUUCCUGCUCUGCAAUCUGCUGCUCUUUUUACAGCUUUGGCUACUUGUAAAUAGAUGGCUCUUUAGAUGGAUGGAUGGAUAGAUCUUUUGUUAAGCGUAUUUUAUUAUACACCACCCUGGAACCAGGUGAUAAAGAACUAUAUGUAGUUCUCUUAUAUUAAUGUUUAUCUUAUUUAAGGAGAGUGUACAAGAGCUCACGUAUCUUAAAUUGAGCCAAAGAGGCAAACAAGUAGAGUUAAACAAGCAGGUGCUCACAUCUAUAACUUUUUGAUAGUAUUUAAAAACUUUAAAAUGCUAAGUAUUGCAAAGGGUCACAUUCUAAAGUCCUAAUGAACUUAAUUUUGUUCCAGAAUGCUCUUGUUCGUGAAGUUGAAAAUGCUAAGAAACACGUUGAAGAGCUUCAGAAUGAAAAGGUAUUGACUGAAAAUGAAAUGCAUUACUUUAUAGGAUGGUUGUAAAGCAGUGAAACAAAAUUAGGCAUGAGAAAAAGAAUAAAUUACCACAACUGUUAAAAAAAAUGCCUGCUUCGAAGUUGAUUGUACCACAGAUCAUGCUGCAACAGCCCAAGGAUCACUAAUGCCCGGAAAGCAUACAUCUGUAAUGGAGUCAUUUUUUGUUUAGACAUUCCCAGAAACUUGCUGAGGUUUUUUCUCUUUACAGUAGGGGUGGCUAACUUCCAGUUUGGGGCCUAGUUACACCUCCCCCAGUUAUUCUUUCUUCCCCCCGAUCCCACUGAUGUUGGUGGAAGUAGCAAAAAGAAAAAAUGUAGUAGACGCAGUACUAAUGUUGACAUAUUGCCCCUUCUACGGUCAUCAGAUUGAUCAUUUGACAGAAGAGGGGUCUAUAACCCCUUCAGAUAAUCUGCAUGGAUUAUUUGAGGAGGGGGAGUUGUGCAUGUGAGAGCCUGAGGUGGGUAUACUUACCAUUGGCAUAUGGUUCCCUGGAGGGUUGGCCCAAAGGUAAAUGUGGCUCUUGAGCCAAAACUGGUUAGCCAUCCCAGCUGUUGGGGUGCAGGGAGGAAUAGACCCAGUCCCCUGUCCUUUGAAAUAUAGUUAUUCAGAGCCAUUCUAGAAAUAAUAAGUGAGGGACAAUUGACCAAAAUGGUUUUUGAAAAAACUUUUCAUUGAGAUGGGCCUUGAACAUUAGAAAUUCAAAACAAUACUAACCUUAUGAACCAAUGUAUGUGAUUUAUGUUUUGAAAAGAAAUAUAUAACGGUAAAAGGAAUUUAUUACUUGCUUUUCUUUGUAGGAUCAACUGGUACUAAACAUUGAAGCAAUGAGGUCUGAAAAUGACCAGAUGAGGAUCAGAGGCCCUUCCCUUCAUCAUAGGUAUAAGUAACAACACAUAUGCUUUUCUUCAUUAUAAAGUAUUACUAGAUGAAUGCCUGCGUCUAAAUUACUGACAUUUGAGAGAGUGUCUCUUAUUAAUGCAAAAUAUGGUAUCUGCUCUGGUUUCAGUCGACCACAUCUGGGUAGUGUGCCAGAUUUCAGAUAUCCACUGGCACCUUCAGCCAUAGCUGACAAUCAAACAGAUUCUUAUAGCACCUCAGUGUUAAGACGUCCACAAAAAGGACGUUUGGCAGCUCUGCGAGAUGAACCUUCAAAGGUAUGAACUUUUUGUUAAAGCACUCUUAUAAUAGCAUGUUUUAACACACAGUUUUUCAUCUCAAAGCUAUAAGAAGCCUAUUGAAAUGAUAUUUAUAUAUACAAAAUAAGGUCCAUAUUAAAACAAGUUUGAAGAUGUUCUUGACUAUCAAAGACUUGAGGGUGGAUCAAAAGUACUACUUGCAAAAUGUGACUUAAAACUCUGUGACUUUUUGAUCCAGCGGAGGCUUUCAUGAAUGGAAGGGAAAGGGAGGGUGAUUGAUUGACAGGUUUCUUUUGCAAUUUCCCCUUUCUUAUGCAGCCCUCCCAUGCUAUUCUGGACAGUCCCCACAAACCCCACCCUGGUGGGGCAGAGGGAAAGAGGAAUAAUAAAAUAAAAUAAAAUAGUCUCAUUCUCCCUUGUUCACAGAAGCCUCUGCUGGGUCAAAGAACCGUCCAUGAACAGAAUAACAGGGUAGCGCAAACCAAAAAAGGGGUGUUACUAUGAAAAUAAGCAAAAAGCAUGCAGAAGGAAAAAAGAAAAUGAUUUACCGUAUUUUUCGCCCUAUAGGACGCACUUUUCCCCCUCCAAAAAUGAAGGGGAAAUGUGUGUGCGUCCAAUGGGGCAAAUGCAGGCUUUCGCUGAAGCCUGGAGAGCAAGAGGGGUCGGUGCGCACCGGCCCUCUCGCUCUCCAAGCUUCAGGAAGCUAUCCACAAGCCUUGGGAGCCCGCAGGAGUUCCCGCUGGUCUCCCACGGCUUGCGGAGAGCUGCCUGCAUCCCGAAGCCUGGGGCGCGCACCCCGGGCUUCGGGCAGCUCUCUGCAAGCCUGGGGAGACCAGCGCGACGUCGCGCCGGGCUCCCUAGGCUUGCGGAUAGCAGUCUGUUCUGGGGGCUGGGGCCGGGGGAAGCUCGGGCUUCCCCCGCCCCAGCCCCAUGCCUGGGGGGGGGGAAUAAUUUUUUUUCUCUCUCCCCCCCCCAAAAAACCUAGGUGUGCCCUAUGGGCUGAUGCGCCCUAUGGGGCGAAAAAUACGGUAUUACUUAUCUAAUUUGGACCCCUCUGGACCAAGGAAACUCAGAUAUGUAGAAGUUCCAUAUGAAAUUCCUUUAUGAAGGAACAGAGUGGUCUGAUCAUUUUCUUUUUCCUACCAGCUAAAGCUGUGCACCUAGUUCCAAAUGCUGGAUUUGAAUUAUUUGUGUGAAGUAAUAAAUAGAUGGUAUUGCUGCUUUGACACACUGAGUUAAUUGUGGGAAGCUGGAUUACUGAAUUUUGGAUGUCCUUCCCCCCCUGCUGAUUACUGUUAGGCAGCUAGAAUGAGGUCAUGACAAAAACAAAAUUCUCAUCUAAAAAACUGAAGUUUCCAAAGCUAUUCAAGAAACUUAAGUAAUGGAAUUAUCUUUUGUUUCACUUACAUAAUGUUGCAUUUAUGUACUAUAUCUUGAUUUUGUAUAAUCUAUCUUAUUCGAUAGAAAUAAUAAUGACUACGAAUAUGAUAUUACAAUUAUUGUUUUGGUUUUAUUGCAUUCUUAAUAUUGCUGCCUUGAUGGAUUACUGCAGCAUGUAAGUUAAGUCUUAGUGAUUUUAUCUGUCUAUCUUAUCUUAUCUAUAUGUUAACUGAGAGAAAUUUGCAAUUAAAACUCAGAUCACAUAUAUUAAACAGGUUCAGACUCUUAAUGAGCAAGACUGGGAGCGUGCGCAACAAGCAAGUGUGUUGGCAAAUGUUGCACAAGCCUUUGAGAGCGAUGUUGAUAUCUCAGAUGGUGAGGAUGACAGAGAAACAAUAUUCAGCUCAGUUGACAUCUUGUCACCUAGUGGUCAGGCAGAUGCCCAGACUUUAGCCAUGAUGCUUCAGGAACAGUUGGAUGCCAUCAACAAUGAAAUUAGGUACAGUAUACAUUUGUAUCAUUAACUUAAAUUUCCACUAUUUGAUGUGAGAAUGUAUUCUUCCUGUAUGUCUAGUUUGUUUACUCUCAUUUCUUUUCGUUCACAGAAGUUAUAUCAAUAGGUGUGUUUAAUUUAACCAGUGCUCUUCAUUUGUAUGGAUAUAGAUAUGAUUUUUCUACAUUGUCAGUUUGCCAGAGUUCUUGAAAAAUUAACUCAAUGUGAUUAUUUCUAACUGCUGUGGUAGUAGCAUGGCUUCUCCAAACAGCAUGAAUCUUUACUUUUUCUUAAUGAAGGACCAUGUCUGUGAACACAGAGCAAAAAUUUAAGAUCUGCUGUAUUUGGUUAUUUUGUGAGUGUUGAAUCAUUUGCCUUAAAGACAAGCAGCAAAUUAUUUUUCAUGAAAAAGAGCUUUAAGUAAAUUUAAUGUCCCUACCUAGCUUUAAUAGUAGCUGCCACUCUUGAAGAAUUCACACCCCCCCCAAAGGGAUAUAUAUGCAGAGAACAGUGUAGGAGUUAGUACAGAGGCUGCAGGCUGGGGGCAAAAUGCAAAAAUAGCCUCACUAUCUUAUUUCCUCACAGAAGUCUCUGUUAGAUCAAAUACUGCAUAUAUCCAUGAAGGGAUAGUGUUGGAUGCAGUCCCAAAUGAGUACCUGUUCAGUAGAAUUCCAAUAGUAAUACUGUACCUUUCAUGAGGACUUGUAAAGAAGUACAGUGGAACCUUUGUUCUCAAACUUAAUCAUUUCCGGAAGUCCAUUUGACUCCUGCAACUGUUUGAAAUCCAAGACGCGGCUUCUUAUUGGCUGCAGGAGCUUCCUGCACUCAAGCGGAAGCUGCGUCGGACAUUCGGCUUCCAAAAACCUUUUGAAAACUGGAACACUUACUUCCGGGUUAUCACUGUUCGGGAGCCGAUUUGUUUGUCAACUAAGCCAUUUGAGAACCUUAAACUGUACCCUUAAACAGCUUAUCAUAACUUGAGUUAUUGAUGAAAAUAGCAAAUGUUAAUUGAUGGCAGUGAAACUUUGAUAACAUUGGCAGAUACACUGCAUAAAGGAAUUGCAUUCUUUCUUUCUUUCUUUUUAGACUGAUACAAGAAGAAAAGGAAAACACUGAGCAGCGAGCAGAGGAAAUUGAAAGCCGUGUUGGUAGUGGGAGUUUAGAGAAUCUUGGCCGGUUUCGGUCAUUGAGCUCUCUUCCUCCUCCUCCCUUUCCUGGUGGCUCCCUUUCUGGCUCCUCUCCACCUGGCAGUGGUCGUUCCACCCCGCGGCGAAUGCCACAUAGUCCUGCUCGAGAAGUGGACAGACUAGGCAUCAUGACACUAGUAAGUGUCUCUGUUUUCCUCCCACACACCCCAGGAGGGAAAUCCCUAUGAUUAGCUCUUGUGUUGUUCCCCAUUUUUCUGUGUGUCUUGUAUUCUUGUGUUUGCGUACUGGCCAACUUUAUCAGGAAUUCCAGACUGUUUGCAUGUAGCAUGCAGCCACCUAACCCCCCCAUCAGAAGUUGUCUAGUGUAUGUUCAACUUUGACACCUCCCCCCCACGCACACUUAAUUUGGAACGGAAUGUUGGAAACGUACCAUGAAUGUUAAACAUGAGUUGAGUCCCUGGGAGGUGUCCAAGGCUACACACUUCUAGGUAGAGAUAAAAGAUACAGGUAAAGGACCUCUGGACAGUUAGGUCCAACCAAAAGCGACUAUAGGGUGCGGCACUCAUCAAAGAAGCUGGCGUUUGUCCACAAACAGCUUUCCUGGUCAUGUGGCCAUGACUAAACUGCUUCUGGUGCAAUGGAACACGAUGAAGAGUGCCAGAGUGCACAGAAAUGCUUUUUACCUGUUUAUGUACUUGCACUGGUGUGCUUUCAAACUGCUAGGUUGGCAGGUGCUGGGUCAGAACAAUGAGAGCUCACCUCAUUGCACGGAGUCAAACUGCCAACCUUCCGAUCAGCAAGCCCAAGAGGCUCAGUGGUUUAGACCACAGCGCCACCCACUCUAGGUAUAGAGUUGCAACUAAUCACAUUUACACUGCACUCACUCUUACCUGGCUUUUCCAUCACUCUUGGCUUCCCUCCAAGGUCUCUAGUCCAGGGCCUUGGGCACUCUUUUUGUUCUUGCUUGUGCUGUUGCUUUUCCUUAUUUCUAUAAUGCAUUUUGCUCAGCUUUGACAUGAAAGGUUCAGCAGGGGGAGGGGAUUGUGAUUCCCAUUUCCUACCUUUCAAGCAGGAGAAAUGAGAAUUUACUUGGUCAUCUCCAAGGGACUCAGCUCAAAACCAAUGUUUAUGGAAGGUUUCUGACAUUUUGGUCCGUGGUAGAAGAAGCAGAAAGAGCACUCUACUUCUGUCCUUUAUUUAUGUGGCUUUUAGAACAUUAGUUAAAAAUAAUCCCUCAUGUAAAAAAAAGUCAUUUAUAGCAAUGCUUAACUAGUGUUAAGAAUCCAGUUUUUAAAACUGACGUGUGAUACUGCAACAACAAUACAUGAAGGUAAUUUACACACCAGAGUGAUCCCUUACUUAUGGUUAAGGUAUUCCACCCAUUAUGUCUGCAUCAAUCUUAAAUGCUGCUUUCCAGGGUUAUGCUUAAAUAUUUUCAGUAUAGAGAAGUGGUCUGUUUGAGCAAUGGUUUCAUGAGUAGGUUAAAUAGAGCAUAUGGCUUGUCUUCUCCCGGAGAAUGUUUUAUAACUGCGAAAAUCGUCCCAUGUGUUCAUGCUUUCUAGUUUGAAUAAUCAAAAUACCUGCUUUAUCUUAAUUUCUCUUCUUUGCAUGCUUCUGUCAGCCUAGUGAUUUAAGGAAACAUCAUAGAAAGGUAACUCUUCAGCCAUUAAUCUCUGUGGAAUCUUGAACAAUAAAGUCUAGUAUAAUUAAACUGUAUUUUUAAAAUGUAAAUGGUUUUUGAUCAUCAUGACCAGAACAAAGAGUUCUCCAUGCAUACCUCCACUGCUCUCUUGCUAGCCAGGUGUGCUCAUCUCCCUAUACUAUUUCUAUGGUAACACUUUGCUAUUAAGGGAAGGUGGGGGACAAAUAAAGAUAUAUGAAGUCUACACACCUGCCAUUUAGAUUGUCUUCCCUUCCAGUUGAAGAGCUAUGUUUGCAUUGUGCAUAGUAGGUAUUCCUUGUGUAUUUUCUCCAUGGCUGAUUAAUCCCCUUACAAUCCCUGCAGCGGUAGAACAGAUAUUAGAACAGGUAGAAGUUCAAUCCUAUUCUUCACUUCAGGUUUCUACCAAAGCAAAGUGGGAAGGAACCUGAGCCAUGCCAGAAAAUAGUACAUGCAUACCAUCAGAACUUGGAACAGAUGCUCAAAGCAUGUCCAUGGAGAAGAGAAAUCCGUUUAAAUACCCCUCUGAAUUCUGGGCAUUGACUUCAGAAUUAGUCUCAGAUUCCACCAAAGUCUAUUUCAAAUGCUUAUAACUGCAAGAAAUAUGUGUUCUGUGUAAACUGGCAGACCCUAGAUAAUACAUGAACUUGGAUUGGUUAGAACAAAAUAUUGUAUCAUUGCAUACAAUUUUUCUUUGUUGAAACAGAAGCAUAUAGAUGUAGCAGCUGUUGAGAUUAUAAAAUCUAUAACACCUAAGACUCUUUAUGUGAGUACUCUGCCUCUUAGAGAUGAAGUAAUACUUAAAUUGUGUUUGUUUGCAGUCUCCAGUUUCAAGAGAAGAAGUUAGAGAUGACAAGGCUACAAUAAAAUGUGAGACCUCACCACCCUCUUCACCUCGAUCUCUGCAUUUGGAUAGAACCUAUAAGGGUGCCUUGCAUACAGUGAGCCAUGAAGAUUUAAGAGAUCUAAGAAAGUAAGUUAUGUUUAAAUAGAAUAUAGCUAAACUGAAGACUGUCAUCCUAUGUUUUGUCACGUAACAUAAAAUCAGUAUAUGAUAUUGGCUUUUUGGAGUCCUUGGGUGCAAACUCCUAGCUUCAGGAUUUCUCAUUGACUCCCAACAGCUCAUACUGUGUGUUUCCUCAACUUCCCCUUUCUCCUCCGUGGCUCCCUUUCUCCUCAGACUUCUACUUCCAUUGUUUGCUAUUUAGUUAGUUAUUCACAGAAUUUUAUACCAGCUAUUACUGUUUUUGGGUGGUGUACAAUUGAAACAGAACAAAACAGAAAAUAGAAUACAAACAGAAAAUCCCAAAGACGCUUUCACAGAAAUACUUGUGUGGACAGACUAAUUCGGUUGAAUAUAACCCAAAAUGUGUAUAGUGCAUAUUUUUAUAGACUUAACUGUAUCUGCUCUACAGUUCCACAGGUUCUCAAGAUGGACAAGUAAGCAAUCCCAGCAGCAGUAAUAGUAGCCAAGAUUCCCUUCACAAAGCCCCUAAAAAGAAGGGGAUAAAAUCCUCAAUCGGGCGCCUAUUUGGUAAGAAAGAAAAGGGUCGACCUGGACAGAUCAGCAAAGAGAGCGGAGGACAAGGUUGGUGCAUUAUUGUACCUAGAACAGAAGGCACAGCAAUUCUUAGGCUAAUCGUUGUAUAGGGUAUAAGGUAAAGAAGUCCUAGCUGUGUGGUAUGCAGAUUACACCUACCUAUGCUAGUAUAGGCAUAAGUGGAAGUUGGCUUCCUUGGGUAUGCAGAUGUCUGUCUCAGCACAAGUCCAAAAUGCAAGGUAUGAGAUCUGAGGCAGAUGACUGUGAUUUUUCCAGAACUGACCUUAGUAAGCAUUUUAUAUUUAUCUGAUUGCUGUUCAAAAUACUACUUGUGCUGCUUAUCACGUAAGCGCCAUUGUGUUGCACCUCACUGCCAUGAGACCCCAAAGCAGUGACCAAGCAGUCCCUGGCCUUUGCCUACCCAUCUGGGUCAAUUCACAGCAUCCACCAUUGAGUAUGUUAAGGAGACUAGGGGUGGGCUCUUAAGUAGAUGGAUGGAUUUAUUUAGAAGUAUUUCCAAGUGGUGUAUAAGUAGUAUAAAUCGGCAUACAUCCUAAAGAUGUAGAAAAGCAGAUAGAUAUAAAAAUCCAAUGAUACAGGGUCCAAUUUUACAUAUCAAGGAAAGUCCUUUUGUUCAAUUGUUAUGUGGCUUUGAAAUCAUCAGAUAAAGCAGCUGCAGGAAAUUGAUAGCUACAGGAAAUGUAGGUGUAUCAGUUUCUACUACAAUCAUAAUAUUUUAUUUAUUACUACUGUGUUUAUAUCCCACCUUUUCUCUAAGGAGCUCAGGGUGUCUCCAUUUUAUAUUGAUGUUCACUGUUCAUUGUCUCUUGGUAAACAAAGGUUUACUGGCUUUUGAACUAUACAGUUGGAACUUGAGAGUCACUUCCAUAAAGGAAAGAGUUCUUUUUGCUCAUAGGACCAACUGUGAUCCACUGGAAGUUCCCUGCUGGAGAAAGGGUCCCCAUCCACUAAUUACAUCUUCAUCCCUCAUCGCUGUCUCUCAUUCUCCUCUGGAGAGCCCUCCAGUUCUCCAGAGCACAUUUUCAGGGGGAAGGAAAAUGGGCAAAAAUUGCCUGCCUCCCUCUGUCUCCUCUAACGCAAAUGUAACUGCUGUGUUUUAAUUCUGGACCCUGCCCAAUGUAUAUAUAACAUUUUACACUGUUGUACUGCAAACAAACUUGUAUGUUGGAAAUAAACACAAAUGACAUUCAUUACUGUAAUUCUGCUGCGUGCUAAAGUUAAUUCCAAGAAGUACAUGACAGGUUUUUUUCAUUCUUGCAGUUAGUGUAAUGGAAGCAGACAGUUCAACUCAGGAUGGCUUGGGACUUGGAAAAUUGGGAGGACAAGCAGAAAAAAAUAGAAAAUUGCAAAAAAAGUAAGUUUUAACUUCUCCUCAGUUCUGAUAUCUAAACAGUGAAUGUUCUGCAAACUGUUGCUUCAAGUUAGAAUUGAAUUUUCCUGUUACCAAAAAUCUCAAGAAAUCAAGAAAAUGGAUAUAAAACUAUGACAAAAAAUCAGGUUUAUCUUAAGAAAUGUCCGCUGUUUUCCUUUAAAUUAUGCAUCUUUAGUGAACCUUUAAGAAUAGCUAGAGUGAAAGAUGGCUAUACUGGAUUGUAUCCCAUGCUGCUGCUGAGCUCAAAAAACAGAGUUCCACUUGCACAACUUCCCCCUUCUCUCUCCUGCAGCCAUCACCUCCAAAUCUGCUCCAGGGUGUGGGGGAUCCUCAGGAGUAGAUUUUAGGGGCCCAUAGGGAGAGAAGGGGAAGGGGAAAGUCCCAAAUACCCAUGUCUGUAUGCCGUUUUCCCAUAGCAUCAUGAUUUGGUGAGAUUCAAAGUGCCUUUAUGCUGUCGUCUUUUUAAAAUACUGUUUCCUGUUCAUUUUAUCACUAUUAUUAUAUGACGCAUUGGGAACUGAGAAACAGCUGUAAGUUGAAAUAAUAAUAUAAAUAAAUAAUAUUUGCUGGUACAGCGAGUCUCAGGACCUGAGUGAAUAACAUGGGUACAGAGUGGGACAGGGGAAAGGUUGUUAGAGGAAAUUCAUUUUGUGUUAUCCUGUAAGUAGAAAAAUAAAUACAUUGCUCAACUUAUCAGUCAGUGUUCUGUCUAUCUUUUAUUCACCCAUAGUGCAUCAUCAUACACUAUCAUAUUCACUUUUAUCUAAAUUAAGUGAUUUUCAAGUUUUAGUUUUACAUUUUAUUUUCUUUAUUUCCUUUUAAAUUUUCCAUUUGGUGUGGUAGUGCAAAAUCAGGGUAAGUUGAUUUUAAUUUAACUUUUGCAGAAUGUGAAUGUGUGAUGUAUUGGGAAACUAUUGUUUAAAAGAUUUGUGUUAAACAUCAGCCAUUACCUUUUUGAAUUAUUUUCCUUGCAAGAUUAAUAUUAAAGAAUAUUCUGCUGAAACAUUUUCAGCAAAACCCUGUCAGCGUCUUCAUGAAUUAGGUAUAAUUCAUGAAUCCUGCCAUAACUUGUCAUGUGCUGUCAAACAAAAAUUCUUGACAUAAAUUCUUUUGUCCUAGCAUUUGAUUUUAAACUGUUUGAGUUGAUUUUUUUUAAAAAAAAUGUAUUGUAGAACUGUACUUUUGUAGUGGGUGCUGUUGACAACCGAAGAAGAGUGAAUCUGUUAGGCUACAGAACAGUCAAGUUCCUCAGCUCAUCUACCAUUAUACUCCCUAGCAUUUUCACAUACAGUUUCUCCCUUCACUGUGUCUAAUGUGUAUUUAGAAAAUGAGCAUAUGUUUUAGAUUAGAGAACAUGCACUCAUAGUCAUAUAAUAAAAUAAGGUAGAAAAUAGUUUCGGCCCUCUUUUGCUUUGUUUUCGAAUUUUAAGGGAUGGUACUUCUCAAAUUGUGUUAGGAACCCUCAGAAUCCUCAAUGUCAUAAGAGUUCUUAAGGAAAAAGAUCACUAAUAGACUUUCCCAAAAGAUAGCAUUCCCUACACUGCUUAAAAAAGCAGAACCCCAAAAGAGUGUUGCAUGCAUUUACUUAAUAUACUUGUCAGUGGUUCUUGGUAACAGUAAAUACAGGUUCUGAAACCCCUUCAUAUUGAGGCUGCCCAAACCUUUCCUGUAGAAACUAUUCCCCCUAGGUAGUGCUUCUCUAGUGCACCUGCACAUGAUAGCUAAUUUAGACCAGGAGCUUCAGCAGUGUAAUGGAUUCUGCUUUCCAAAGGUCUGGUGCAAUCCAUUAUUCUAAUGUUACUUUUCUACUUAUCUCAUGCAGUGUGCUUGCCAUGCUGCUGUGGCUCUUGGACAAUUUGCUGUGUUCCUAGAGUUGCUGAAACAAAGGGAGAAAUCGCUGGAGGAUAAUCAGUAAAAAUAUAAGCACUUCACAAGUAUAUUUUGCUGUUUUUUAAAGGCAUGAACUGCUUGAGGAAGCCCGGAGGCAAGGUUUACCGUUUGCUCAGUGGGAUGGGCCAACUGUGGUUGUCUGGUUAGAGGUAAGGAGUCUUUACAAUAAUGAACUCAGUGCAGCAUGGCUUCUAACUUGAAACUUGUAGGUGAUCCUCUUCCUGUUUUUCUCCUUUCCAGUUGUGGGUUGGGAUGCCAGCCUGGUACGUAGCUGCUUGCCGUGCAAAUGUGAAAAGUGGUGCUAUAAUGUCAGCCUUAUCUGAUACUGAAAUACAACGUGAAAUUGGAAUCAGUAACCCUCUACAUAGGUUAAAGCUGAGACUUGCCAUUCAAGAGAUUAUGUCACUAACAAGUCCAUCUGCUCCUCCUACAUCAAGAACGGUAAGUUGGAAAGCAAUGAUGUCUCUUAACUAAAGAGAAGCUAGCAUAUCUUUUAGAAUUCUGCUUUUUGUGGAGGUCUGCAUUAAAAAAGACAAAUAUAAUAAAAUAAAAUAAAAAUAGUUGUUAGAAGAAGACAAAAUGUAGUGACCUGUUGAAACAAGUUUGCAAAAAGUUAUGGUUAGUAACUGUGCUUAAAAAAGUAAUGAGUGCAAGAAGAAUGCCAGUUUUAGGCAGGUUCUUGGGAUCAUUUAUGGCAUGCUAAGAUUUAAAGGCAUGUUUGAAAUGUUAGGCAACACUAAUAUUUUUAACUAGAUGUUUAUUACUGUAAGCAGGUGUCCACCAUUUUGCUCACCAUGAUGAGUAUCCUAUGUCCUUCUGUUGAGCAUGACAAGCCUCCAGCCUCCCAAAUUUGGAGUUGGAGAAUGGGGCAAGUAUCAUCCACACAGUACUGCUCCUUUUCUAAAGCUUUCCAAGCACUUUGGAAGCACAGCAGCAAAGCAACCCCCAACCCUCAUCUCAGUUUAGAAUAUUUUGGAGCAGAGAUCCUUUUGUGUUUCCAGCUCUGGAGAAGAGGUGUGGGGCUUGAUUUUACCGUGUUCUUCCAAGACACUUGGAGUACCUUGUAUAACACAACUCAGUUUCUGGGACUCAAAAGGGAGGAGGGGAUUCCUUUGAAAGGCACCCGACUUAGAUUGGGGAUAAAACCUGUCCUGGCAAGUCAAACCUUUGGUUGGCUACCAAGGCCAGCCAAAAUUUGUGAACCCAGAAUUUAAAGAUACAGUACCACCCUAUUUCAGGCAUGUUACAUGAAAGCAAUCCCCUUUUAAAAGUGGAACUAAAGAAAGUUGUACCUGUGUUGUAUUCUUGUGUGGGGUGGGGGCACAUGUUGAAGGCAGGUUGUUUUGCCUGCCACAAUUGAAUCACAUUUCAUUAUUUAUAUCUGGGGUGCAGAAUGUCAGCCAGUUCAGUGGGGCCUUGAUAAAUACUGUGCUGUGGAUGUGCAUACAGAUGCAAAUCUGCAUCCAUAUAGCCUACAUAUGCACAUCUCAUUGUGGGGCUGGAGUGAGAGUGAUGGUGACUUCAUCUUGUGAAUAUCUGCUGUGUUUGUAGAGUGAUUUGAAAGAAAACUGACUGACAAAGAAUAAGCAGGAUCCAUUUCGUGUUAGGAUCCAGAGUUCCUGCACUCAUGGAACAAUUAUUGCCACAUAUGCUCUUGGCUUAUCAUAAAUAUAUGUUAUGUAUAUUUAUUUAUUUAUGUAUUAUAUUAUGUAUAAACUUAAUCUGAUUGCAUUCUAUAUAAUUUGGUCUCAAAAGCAACCUGCCUAAACUGAGGUGGUUCACAUAUAAUGCCAGCCAUGAUUUGGUGUUACAUGACUGAUCUUCAAACUCUGGUUUGCAAUCCUGAUUUGGAGCAAAGGCAAGCCAUAGUUUUUCGGAUGUAACAAAAAUCUAUGGUUUACCAUAAACCUGUAAGUACUUUGGAGUGUGCAAGGGGAGGCAUGAGUACACAAACACAACUUGUUCAAGUACUGCCACCCAUGAUUUGGCAUUGCAUGUGAAUUGGCACAUAGUAUACAAGGGGAUACAGUAAGUUUCUUCAGAAGGAUAGAUGCACUCUAAGGAACUAAAAUGAAGUAUCCCAAAGUAUUACUUGGCACUGCUAAGUGUAAGGAGUACACCUAGAAGUCAUAUUAUGAGGAAUUAUACUUUUUCUAAUUUUGCUUAAAUACAGGGUAUACAUUAAGUUAUUAUUUGAAGGGAAAUGUUUGCCUGCAGGCUUGCAUCUUACAUCAGUCUGUACUUAACAAUCUAGAAACCAUUGCUUUUGCCCAUGCCUGCUCCUUAUAUGUACCUGUUGCUUAUAUAUUCUGCAACCUUUCCUCUUUGUUACUGCUUUCCUUUCAUUGGAUGUGAUUGGUUCACUUUGGGGUCAUAUUAGACCACAGGAAAUGUCUGGGUAACACAUGAAGAAAUGGAAAAUCUUACAUCUACACCACAAACGGUUAGUUAUAGCACUGAACCUUUUUGUGUUUACAGUGCUUUUCCCACUUCUUGAGUGCUUGAAUCAUGUGCCUCUUAAUGUCUCUGAAAAGAGUAGAAAUAUUAAUUCUUCUUGGUUAUGGCCUAUUUUAAUUACUAACCUUCUCUGAAAUGUAUAAUUAUGCUGUAAAAUGUUUUUCCACCAAGGUCAUCAUGGGGUUGGGAGAAAUUAUGUUCAUUGAAGGCAAAAUCAGUGCAUUGAUUUUGGAAUUCUUAAGAUGUUGCCUAAUAUUUUACUUGGGUUUACAGCUAAAGGCUGCUUCUUGUGUGGAUAAACUAAGCAGCAUGUGGUGAUUCAAUUUACACAAGGGUAUAAAUAUAUUGAGAAAUUCUUAUGUACAUAACUUUGAAUGCAUGAUACUUGCAUUCCUAACAAUUAGCAUGCCAUUAUUUUGCCUUUCCAUUAUGGCCACAUUCCAGAGGUGUCAUUUUAUGCGCAGAAAGGACUGUGUACACUGUUCAUUGCUAGGAUACAUAUACUAAAUGUGACAUAAUUUUAUUAUGUAUUUUGUGGUUUUAUAUCUUGAUUUUAUUCUGUAAACUGCCCUGAGACCCCCGGGUAUAGGGUGGUAUAUAAAUUCAAUCAAAUAAUAAUAAUAAUAAUAAUAAUAAUAAUAAUAAUAAUUUCAACAGCCAUAUUGCUUGUUUUGAGAAGUUUAUUGACGUCAAGCCUUCUACAGGUUUGCACAGUUCAGCCAUUUGAUUAUUUUUUGCACACUGGACUGCGGCCAUCACCUUGAAUUUUCUUGCAUUACUAAACUUACAAAUACUAACAUUUGUGUGUUCUUUUGCUUUUCUAAUUACGUAACAUCAGGAAGAUGUGGAAGGAAGCUGGGCUCAGGUUGGAGACUUUUCUUUUAAACCUUCUGUGUAAAACAUCAAAGUUUAUUUAACCAUAGAAAACUUAUUUUUUUUAAAAAAAUAUACAUUGAAAAACAUUUUUGAGGGGAAACUAAUGAGUAAAUAUUUCAAAUGUUAACUCACCCAAAAUUUAUUUUGAGAAAUUAUUUGGCAUGGAGGUUGGCAUUAUAUUAUCUACUUUUGAGGCUUGUUCUCCUGGAGUUCAUCACCGGCUUGUGAUAGCACAGCAACAAAAUGUGUGCCUUUUGCUGAUUUUUGUUUCUGUCACAAUGCAUUCAGAUUCAACUAAAAUCUGUUUAAAUAAGUUAAUAACAUCUUUCUAACAGCAGCCACUUCCCACUUUGCGUAGCUGGCCAAUGCCAGUGAUUCACAUUGUAAACACGUGAAGGAAUGGCUUCACAUGACAUGGGAAGCCAAAAUACGACUUCAGUGAGGCUGUGCAAACAUGCAGGGGAGCUCAGAGGUCAUUUGCCCCUCCCUACUCAUUUUUACAACUGCACCAUGCUGACUAAGCUAAAGUUUGGCUUUAGUGUAUCAUCCAAACCAGGAAUCAUGGUUAAGCCAUCCUCUCACUAACCAUGAGCUGUAGCCAAGAACAAACUUCUCUGUAGCUCGUGGUUAGUCAGGAGAGAACUUAGUUUUGCUCAGUGCAAGGCAGCAAGAUGAAAGUCCAGAGGAGAGGAAAACAGCUCCUCUCCAAGAGCAGGUUCUCACAGUCUUACUAAGUCAUUGUUUGCUGUACCCAGUUGUGCAAAGCAGAUCAAAGUUUGAAAUGGGGAAUUGAAAUGUACCAGGAAGCUGCAGCCCUGGCACUAUCAGAGAGUUUGACGAUGUGCAUCUUCAAAUCAUUCUUCACUGUUCACCUAAGUAAAUGCUAGCUGCUGUAUAAAUAAAGUGUGAAGUGGUUUUAAUUUUUAAAACAUUGCUUUGCAUCUUCAGUAGUUACAACUUCUUUCUUGUGUGAAACUGUAAGGCACUGAUGAAAUAUUUUACACCUUCUUAUUUAAAAUUACACUUCAAUGGUUUUCUUUAAAUAGACCUUAGCCUAUGGUGAUAUGAACCACGAGUGGAUUGGCAACGAGUGGCUUCCCAGUUUGGGGCUCCCUCAGUAUCGCAGCUAUUUUAUGGAAUGUCUUGUGGAUGCUAGAAUGCUGGACCAUUUAACUAAAAAAGAUCUCCGUGGUCAACUUAAAAUGGUUGACAGUUUUCACAGGUAAAUAGAUUUAAAAUAGUCUUUAUUAACGAGCAUUUUGUCUGUGCAUUUCAACAUACUUUCCUAAUGCCUAUUUCCUUUUUAACCUUUUAACAGAAAUAGUUUCCAGUGUGGCAUUAUGUGUCUGCGGAGAUUAAAUUAUGACCGAAAAGAACUUGAAAGAAGAAGAGAAGAAGGUUUGAAUGAGAUUAAAGGUAGCCCUUUUCUUUCCUGGAUUUGACUCUACUUAUGAGAAGUAUAUGAAAUCAUGGUCCUAUAUUUUCUGUUGGUUGAAAAAUCUCCCAAGUUGCAAGUAUGUCCAAUGGUAGAUUCAUGCCAGUUUUAUAUUUUGUAUAGAGCUAUAUUUUGUAUAGAGCUGGUGUUUAUGGGGUCUAGCAUAGUGUUGUUAGGUCCUGUGUUUUGACUGCAUACUGGAACCACUAAAUCUAUAGUGUGCUUUCUAAAAUACCCUUGAUCUGUAAACAAGUGCCUAUAUUUCUUUUCCUUCCUAAACAAUUAUAUGUACAACUACUGGCCCUAUUCAUUUGUGAAAGAAGGAAGAAUCUGUGCAGUAAAAAACUAGUGCUGUUCUGAUCUCUCUCUUUUUUUAAAAAAAAAUAUUAUUAACCGACCAAUCAAAUCAAAUCAAAUCACAUCACAUAAAUUCCGAAUUACAAAGCCGAAUUUUAAAUUUUUUGUUGGGGGGACCCAUAUUUCAAGUUCCGAAGGGGAUUCCGAUCAUCUUCUUGCUGCUGCGUUAAUAUCCACAAAUCUGUCCAAAUAAUGUUUAUAAUUCUAUCCAGUCCUAUCUUGCUGUUCCCACAUCUCAUCUUGUUCGUAUUUUUUCUUUUUUUCUUUAUGAUCUCUUCUGAUAAUCUCCUUAAGCAGGUAAACACCAGUUAUAAUCCUGUGUGAAUUUUUCCGUUCGUCCAAACAUCAUGUCGAGAUGGUUUCCAUAUAUCAUCACUUUCAUAAAUAAAAGCACUCUUUCCAUCGUUAGUCUCGCAAAUCUGUCGCCUUCUUUAAUCCCUCUGAGGAGGCUCACCCACAAUAUGAAAACAGAUCUGUUCCUCCUCCCAGACAUAAGUCUUUCGACAGAGCUUGCCAAAAUGGUGACGCUAUUUUUUGCUGCAUCAUUCCAAAGCUCUUAUGCUUUCCACGAUCUUCUUAAAACAUGCUUUGGUUAGAAAAUUAUCUCCACACAGUCUUAAAUCCACAGCUUAAGUCAUUUAAGUAGCAUUUCUGACUUGUGACUUGUGGGGGGGGGGGGAUUCUUGGUUAAUCACAUAGAGAAAAGAAAGGAAAGCCCCCCCUCAUCCAGUCCCGUUGCCGAACAUACCGAGCCUUGGUGUGUCUUCUCAUGAUUUAUUCCUGUUCCUCCGACCCGUCUUGUUUAUCAGAGAUCUCUUCAGUUAGCAGUCUUUACUCCCCAUUCUUCCUUGAAAUAUGUGCAUUAGCUUCCUCCUAAUUGUUUCUUUUGAAGUUGCUGCAGCUAGAGGCGCGAAUCAGAGACAGCGUCCAGGAGCGCCGAAAUCCGCACAAGGGCUUUCUGCCUAGUGCCCCCACCCCCGAAUUUGAGGGGGUGGUAUAGGGCACAGCAGGCAAGGGCAGUCCCCCCCACACGCUUGGGGGGGGCAGGAGGCUGUUUACUCCCAUCACAGCCUCUUAAUUACCUCGUGUGGGUCGGAGAGAUGUUAUUGUCAGCCAUCUUCCGAUGCGCCCCUAGUGGCCCCUCAGUGCUGUUCUGAUCUCACCCUUGUGGUGCAAUUUAAUGGGGUAGAAUACAGGUAUUCUAAAUAGUACUUACUCUCAUAGUUGCAAGAAUACAAUAAUAAUAAUAAUAAUAAUAAUAAUAAUAAUAAUAAUAAUAAUUUUUUAAUAUGCUGCCCAUCUGACUGGUUGUCCCAGCUAUUCUGGGUGGUUUCCAACAAAUUAAAACACAAUACAACAUCUAACUUGAGUGGAAAUAUUUAACCAAAGGGAGUGGGUGAAAUUAAUAUAAUGAAAGCGCAUUUGCAAUUCCAGUGAGAGAGAAAUGCUAGGCAUCAAAAGAGACUGGAAUAGCUGCACAAGGAGCUUUGAGGUCAGAUUUCGAAUGCUAUGGAUGUUUUUGUUUCUUUAAAGGAUACAUAAAGUUUGCAAAAAUUGUGUUUUAGAGACUACUGUGAUUAAGCAGUAUUCAAAUUCUUGAACCAAACAAAUGCAAAAUAAUUAGUGUUUAGAAAUAUUUGCCUUGCAAUUUUUUAAUAUUAAGAGCUGUAUCCUACACGCAAUGAGCAAACACAGUAGAUUUUAGUUCACACAACAAACAGAGCUCCUGCAAUUAUAUUUGGUCUUCCUUUCCUCCCCUCCUGCUACCUAUGUGCCUUCAAGAUCCAUUCCAGAGUGCUGGGGAGUGCUCUGGAACAAUUUUGGGACAUUACAGGGGCGAGGGGAGAAAAGUUUACGUCAGUUGCCUUGUGUAAUGUUAGAUUCCACCCAGUGUCUACAGUGUUGAAGGAAUAUUUCAUAACCAUUACAGUGGUACCUCGGGUUACAUACGCUUCAGGUUACACACUCUGCUAACCCAGAAAUAUUACCUCGGGUUAAGAACUUUGCUUCAGGAUGAGAACAGAAAUCGUGCUCCGGCGGCGCAGCAGCUAAUGGAGGUCCCAUUAGCUAAAGUAGUCUUUAGGUUAAGAACAGUUUCAGGUUAAGAACGGACCUCUGGAACGAAUUAAGUACUUAACCCGAGGUACCACUGUAUAUGCCAGUAUCAGACAUUUAGCUGCUUCAUACCUUCCGUAUUUACAGUCCCAUCUGUAUUUGCUGCAGAACAAUACAAACUGUUGACAAUGUAUAAAACACUUCAUUUGAUACUAAUUUUAAUCAAGUGGCAGUGCAGUCCCAACAUUUAUUUCUAAGCUUCAGUAGUAUGCAGUACAGGAACCACACCUGAAAGAAAUUGUAUUUUAUAUAUAUUGUCAACUUUUUAGUAACUCAUAACUUUACUUUCCCCCCUGCAGAUGUCCUUGUCUGGAGCAAUGACAGAAUGAUUCACUGGGUGGUGUCGAUUGGUCUCAAAGAAUAUGCAAAUAACCUUAUAGAAAGUGGAGUUCAUGGCGCACUUGUGGCCUUAGAUGAAACUUUUGAUUACAAUGCAUUAGCUCUUUCUCUACAAAUUCCCACUCAAAAUACGCAGGUAAUAAUGAAGAAAUAAUUUGAUGGGGAUGAUUCUUAUUCAUUAUCAGAAUACAACACUGAAUAAGAAUUUGUAGUGUGUGGCCUAUUUUAACCCUGAAAUACUGUAUUGGUGUCAAAGAGCAUAAUGAAUCUGUGGGAUUGAGAUUUAACGUUUUUUAAGGCAGAAGUGGGAAGCAUAUGUUGACUCUAGGUGCCAGAUAUUCAAUAUCUUAUACAUAUAGAUUUUCCAACUGUAACCCAAAAGUUUGAAAUAAGUUUUGCUAAUUCUUGUUCACUUAGGCUCGUGCUGUGCUGGAACGAGAGUUCAACAACCUUCUAGUUAUGGGCACAGACAGGAGGUUUGAUGAAGUGAGUAUUUUGGUUUUUAGUUCUAUGAUUCCAUCCAGACUUCUUAUUUGUACAUACAGCCACCACGAGUUAAUGAAAUCCUGCAGCAAACCUUUAUGGGGACUUUUAACUGGAGUGUGUUUUUGGACUCCCCCUCCUGUGCAUUCACUGCCAAGAGAUGCAGUCAAGGGGCUCCUAGGCAAGUAAGAAGAUAAUCUUUCCCCCCUCUGGUGUCACAGCACCUAAGAUUAAGAACAGUUUUCCUGUGCAGGCAGCUGACUCACUGAGAUCAAAUAUAUUUCCACUAUUGAUCAGUUUCUUUGUUUUAAAUUUUAGGAACAGAGUUCUGUAUAACCAUUUAUUCACUAUUAGAUGUUCAGCGUUUAUAAAUCACCGUUUAUAAAUCACCAAAAACCUUUCACUACUCCCCACUUUAUGGUUGUACAAUAUUCAAUAUAGCACUACGGUGAACAUUCCGUCAGGGCAAGGAUUUAUUCUUGUGCAGCAGAAUAUGUCCUGUCCACCUCCAUCCCACCAGUGCGAGCAGAUUUUAAGGAUGGCACAGGCUGCAUGCAGGGAGGAGGAGUGGGGGGGACCCCUGUUAAUCCUUGCACUAGUUAGUGCAGAACUGCCUGUACUGUAUUGGCUGUGCUUCAUUUUAACAUAGGUUUGCUCUGUUCUAUCUCACUAGAAGCAAGUAACUCUAGUCCUCUAAUGAGGUUUCCCAGUAAGCUCCACAAACUCUGCAGUGCAGAUUCUUGUGCAAACUGCACCACAAGUGAGAGAAAACAGUGUCUCUUCUAAGCUCUCUGCACAUUCUGGAGGUCUCAGGAGAGACAGAAUCUUGUUUCACUUGCAGGGAGGCUUGGGUAAGUUAAGGAACAGGAAGGACUCCAGCUGUUUUCUUAUUGAAAUUUCCGUGCAACUGACAAAAAUCUCCACCUCUCAUUGAAGCCAUUUGUUCUCGCUGCAUUUAGGAAGCUUGGGGGUGAAAGUGGAGCUCCUUUUGACAUGCAUAGCAGUUUGCAAAAAAGGGGGGGAAGCAGGGAAAUUUCUGUAGGUUCCGUUUUUCUUUUCAUGCCACAGUGCAACUGAGAGGAAAUGCCUCUGUCAAUGUCCUCUCUGCAUGUCCCAGAAGAUUUGGUUUGUGGAGGGAAUUGAGGUUAAUGAGGACAGAUAGAAGUUUGGUAAGCCUAGUCAAUAUUUGUUGAUUCCUAUUUUAACAUAGGAGAUUUAAAACGUUUAAGUAGAGUUUUCCAUCCUCUUGAAUUUGUUAUAGCUCUGCAUUUGCUGUACCAUGUUGGGCAGUGAUCAUGGCAUGUUUUGUUCUUUGGAUAAGUGUCAGGCAACUGAGAGAAAGAACUAUGCCUCCUCUCUGUGUUGUCCUAGUGGGAAUUGUCACCACACUUGCUGUGCUAAAGCAUAGGGAGAAAGUGGAUAGAGAGAUGUUUUUCUGCCUCUCAUAAUAUUAGAAAACUGGGUCAUCCAACAAAGCCAAACAUUGGAAGAUUCGGGACAAGCAAAACGAAGUACUUCUUCAUACAGCACACAGCUGAACUACGAAAUUCACUGUGGAGUGAAUAUAAGUUGCUAGGAAGCACAAGUGGGAAAGAGUGCUGUUGAACUCAGGUUCUGCUUCUGGCCUUCAGGCAUCUAGUUGACUGCUGUGAGAACAGGAUGAUGGACUAGAUGGGCUUUUGACCUGAUAAAGCAGGUCUUUUACAUUCUUAGGACAUGUAUGCCACUUCUACGUAUUCAGGGAAUAAGCCCUUCAAAUAUAAGAGUAGCUUGAGGAAUUUAUCUCAAAUGUGUGCUAGUGAAUCUGUUUCCCACUGCAACCCUGGCUGUCUUCUGCUGUUUUCAGUCCAGUAGAGCUGGCCCAAAGUAGCACACUAACCAAAACACAAAAGCGGUCAGGCGUGAAUAACUUUAGGAUCAUUUAGUUUAGGUGGCAAAGUGCCCACUUACCAUGGGGGGCAAUGGAGGUGAGUCAGGGCUUUUCUAGAAACUGAGGUUUGAUUAUGGUUAUGCAGCACUGGAAAGAACUGAGCAGUCAUAUAAUCAAGUAAGCCUUGAUUUUAAAAAAGCAGACUAAACAUAUAAGAGUGAACAGGGGCAAAUGGAAAGGUCAAAUUUUGUAAGUGUUGGUUCAUUUUUGUUCAGUAUCUCAACAGAACAGAGCACAAUAUACACCCUCCAACCCCUCUUGGAGAUCUGUGGAUGCUAUCCCUGGCUUGCUUUGUUUAUGAGACAGCUGAGUUUCUGUAAAUUGUACUCCUUCUCAAUGAGUUUAAAUGGUUUCUUGAUUUUUAUGUCAAAAAGGAUGAUUAACUAUUGAAAGGCUUCCUAUAGGGAGAGCACAAGAGAGUGAGGAGGAGGAGUUGUGGGAUGAAUGGUACAGCUGUGCACUGUAGCUUUCUACUUCUGAUAAGAGAGCUGGUCGGGGGGGAAUUCACAGAAGGAAAAGGCUUAAAAAAGGAGAAAUAUAACAUCACCUUGGUUUUCCUUCCUUACGUUCUGUUGGAAAUGCCAAAGAAGGUGAUGGUGAUUCAGUGAGGUGCAGGACAGACCAGGAGGGCACUUGCAAACUGGGUGGGGGACAAGUGAUACUCAGGGGAAAGGGGAGUGGUCAGUAGAAAAGGGAACUCACAUUCAAGGGAAUUCCAGCAUGCCAGAGCUGUUAAGGCUGAGUGGAAAGAGGCUUGAUGAACAAAAGGGUAGCCCUGCAAAGGGAAUUUCCAGGCACACAAAAAGGAAGGCCAACUGUCUUGUUUAACAAAAAAGUAGUAAGCUUUUCAUUGUUUUUUUGAAGUUCAGUUUACAAUACUGCCUGGAUAUCACUCUUUAUUUCUCAGGGCCGUAGGUAGCCAAUUAAUAGGCAGUACAGUGAUUUAAUUAGAACCAGAGGAGAACUGUAGUCCUGGAGAUCUCAAGCUAUUUGAAUCACUCUCUUGUCCACAUCAAUGAGAAUUUUGUGGGAAACUCACAGCUUGAUUUGUCUGUCCAGCUAAAUUUUUGCUUAGCUUAUUUUCUCAGACAAAGCAAAAAGGAAACUGUUCAAGGUACACAAAAUGGCAACAGAAUUGCCCUUCUCACAAAAGGCUGCAGAAACAUUUCUUUUCUGCAUUAAUUUGGAAUUCAGUACUGAAUUUUUGUAACUAAUGUAAUGUCUGCUAAAAUUGCUUAUCAUAUUGCAUAGUUUCAAAUUCCUAUUAGAUGGGGGGAAGACUGUCAGAGACUGACAGCCAUGGGAGUAGAUAGUCUUUGAAAAGGAUGCAUGAAUAUUGGAUUUUUAUACUUCAUCAAUAAAACAAUCAGCAACGUGCAAACUAUGUGGUUCCAAAGCAUCUAAAAAUCUAAACCAAAGCGCAAUGUUCUGAGCCCUCUUGAAUAUUAUGGUUGUGUUGUAUAUUAAUCAUACAUUAAAGUGUAUUGCCUUUCUUUUUUUCAUGUUCAAUCUUUGUUACACUUGUUAACUUGAUAGGAUGAUGACAAAAGCUUUAGACGAGCACCUUCAUGGAGGAAGAAGUUCAGACCAAAGGACAUACGGGGCUUAGCAGCUGGAUCAGCAGAGACUCUCCCUGCAAACUUCAGAGUUAACACCUCAAUGUCUUCACCUUCUAUGCAGCCAAAGAAGAUGCAAAUUGAUGGUAAUGUAGUGCUUAUUUAUUUUAAGCAUGAUGAUGAUUUAUGCCUGAGGUUGUAAGUGUAAUCAUCUGCUUUCUUUGUAAGGGGAGUGAGGAGGACUUAACCCUGUGCAUGACUUUCAGUAAUGCUUUAAUUUGUCCGUGAAUGAUGGCAGCAUUAGUAAUACUAUUUCAGCAUUAAUAACUGUUUACUUUCUGUGAGACCUAAUGAAGCAAACUUUAGGAUUGUUUUCAAAUGAUUUAGAAAUCUUUUUUAAAAAAAUAUCUGUGUGGUAAUGGAACACAUCUGAAUCUAUGUAGCGCAUAAUGCAAUAUUGUUGCAUGCAAUCCACAAAGUAUUAUUGCUGUACGUAAUCCAGUUUCAGCUGAGCUUGUAUGAUGCUCUGCUCCAGUCCUCUUGGUGGAUAGGUAUUAUUCAGCAGCUGGAAGUGGUAGAUUCUACCAGCUAUGCAGGUCUUACCAGUAAACAACCUGAUUCCUUAACAAAAGGUGGGGAGUCUCUGGCCCAGAUGCGCUCUCUCAGUAAAUGUCAUUAGCCAAGACAACCAAGGCAGUUUCAGUGAUGUGACCAGGGCUAAAGUCAGAUUGGAAUGGAUCCAUGUAAUCAGCUUUCUCCAAGCAUUCCUAAGGCUAGGCCACCAUCACCUUCUCAAACACCUUGCUGCAAAACUGGGCAAUAGUUUUAAUACUUCUGGGUCCAGGGAGGUCGUCUUAAUGAAGGGACGCACAGCUGCCUCCCUCAGGGCAGAUGGGACACCUGCUAUAGUGCCAUCUCUCAUGUUUUAUAGAGUUGUAAGUUACCAAGAGAGUCAUCUAGCUCAACUCUCUACAAUGCAGGAAUCUUUUGCCCAAUGUGGGGCUCGAAUCCAUGAUCCUGAAAUUCAGAGUCUCAUACUCUACUGACUGAGCUGUCCCCUUUCCUUGACCUCUCUUCAUUUUGGUUAGUUCUUUUGUGGGCUAUGUUGGUCAGGUAUAUGGAGAGGAACUGUGUCAGUAUUGGCGCAGGAGCAUAGGGCUGGGAGUCACCUGAUCUUAAACACCUAAGUGAGAAGCUACCAUGUGAAUAUAGCUAGUACGAGGCUUAUAAAUUCAUGACCCCAGGCACCACAUUGAAUGCUGCUCUAGGGAUAAAGCUGUUAAUGAACCUAGGAAGCUGUCUUACACCAAUGCAGAGCGUUGGUCCAUUAGUAUUGCUUCCAAUUCCUGAGGCCCUCUGCACACAAAGCAUGUAUUUUGCCAUUGAGCUGUGAGACCUUUUCCAAAUUUGUGAUUGGGGCAUGUGGUUGUUUUGACCUACUUAGAAGAAUGGAAAGUAUAUGCUGGUAUAGUUUGGUGGGCUGCAGCCAAUUUGACAAUUAUCGGUGGCCCUCAAUAUGCGCAAGGUUUUCCCACCCUUUUCAUAAAGUGGCUUACAAAUACAAAGUAGUGAAUAUGUAGCCAAUUACUUUACAUUCUGCGUAGCUAACAUUUUGUAACUUUAUCUUGUUACUGUAACUGCAUUGAUAUGUGGUUCUAAUACUAACUGCAUGCUGUGUUCUGCAUGUCUUCCUGAUUGUUGGAAUAGGCAAUGUAUCAGCAACACAAAGAUUGGAUUCUGCUACAGUAAGGACUUAUUCAUGUUAAAGCCUUUUAUUGGUAAGUAACAGUGAUAGCCUCAUUGGGGUGCAUGGAUGUUUUUAAAGUUACAGUAUACAAAUAUAGGAACACAUUCUUGACAUCUUUCUGGUUGCUGUCUGUGGCAUGCUGAAGUCCACAUUGAUUCGGAAGAUGUCCCCCAGAACCACAAACUGCUGUCCAGCCCUAUGAAUUUAGAAAGCAGUUUUGUGAUUCAGCCAAGCAGCUGUAAAAAGGAAGCUGGUGAAAUAGUCCCUGUACAGCACCAAUAUAUAACCCCCCUUUGAACAGCUGUCAUACCUAGUCCUCAAACUACUUUUUAAACUCUGUAAUUUAGACAUAAGUUUGAGUUCUGUGGGGACACCUUUUGAAAGGCUCUGUGCGCAGGAGUCAUACCCCCUUCUGUAUGUCUUUGUGAAAUGGGCAGUAUAUAAAUAUUUUAAAUAAAUCUACAUUAGAUAAAUGUAAAAAAAUUAAUAUUUUCAUGCGCUGAUAACUGUACUUUCAGCACCAGGCUUUCUAGUUUGUUUUUGGAAGAUUGAAAAGGGGGAACUUUUAUGUAAUGUGCAAAUAACUUGUAUUGGGGUUUGUAGUAUUGUAAGUACAAAUACAUCUGUAUACUUCAAAAUUUUUAUUCUGUUGUACUGGGUAAGUGAAUGAACAAAAAGCCAUGCCGGACACUGCUCCUUACCCUUUAAAAUUCUGUCCAACCCUUAAGGGCUAUAAUCCUGCUUUAAGGAAUAAAGGCUGCCUUCAUGGGGGUAACCAAGGGAAGGCAGGGGGCAGCCUGACUACGCCCAUGGCUAGAUCAGCCUCUUCAAGUAAAUGGUUUGGUUUUUGUUUAAAAUAUGUCUGCCUUAAUUAUAUCUUUGGGGAGACAGUGCAUGGGAAUACGUAACAUUUUAUUGUAUAUAAGACUGAUUUAUAAAAUAUUCUUGUUCUUCGAAAGCUACCUAUAAGGAAGUACUUUACAGCUAGUUGUGCAUCUGGUGCAGUUGUACUCGUGGGGCCAAGAGGAGUAGCCCACUGGUGCUGUGACACUUCUGAGUAAAGUCGUUCCAUACAACUGAUCAGCUUUUGGGUGUAAAGGAAAAGGGGAGUCUGGACAGAGUUUGGUUUCCCCCCUUCCUUUGCCUAACAGCCAGUUGGCACUGUGACAGGCUUUCACUGCCUCCCUUGAUUGAGGCUGUGAAAAGAGAGUAAAACUGCAUGUAGUCUCCCCUCUGUGCUUGUCAUUCCUUGGAUCAGAGAGAUGGUGCAUACAUUUUCCUGACUUGACUUCUGCAACUAACUGAGUCUUACUUUAUUUUCAGUUUAUCCCCACUAUUUCUACAGAUGACCUGAAACAUUUUGAAUCAAAGACCGUAUUUUGGAAACAAUUCAAAUCUUUAAUCUUGUUAAUACUUGUUAAAUCAACACUUUGAAAUAUUUUAUUACAGAGUUUUUAAUUAGAUGAAUUUGUGAGUACUAUAGAGAAAGUAUUUUAGACUUAAAUGUUUCUUAUAUUUAUGUAAGUGUAUGUGGGUCUUAUUACUUACCUUUGUAUUCAGUCUAUAAAUCAAAUUACUGCCGAUUUGUUAAUUUUAGUCUCUUCAACUGAAUGUACUGUAAUGCUUGUAUGUAUCUACCCCUAUAAGCAAUGUAGGGUUUUUGUAAAUUAUGCAGUUAUUGUAAUUAUCAGUAAUAAGUUUUUAAUAAUAAACACAGGUGAAAAGGAUUUUACUAUCUUUGUAAAGGUAUCCUGACUCAAGCAGUAUAUAUAUUUUGCCAUUUGGAAAAUGCUAGCUAGCUCUAAAAUGUUAAAUAAAUCCCAUUUUUUUCAGAGAAGCAUAUGUUUAUUAAUAAAGUGGGCAUGGUACCUGCUUCUAUUUCCGUUCAUAACUCUACUUUUUCCACCUAGCAUAUGAUUUUAAUGUGGAUUUAUUUAAGUCUUCUGUUCAAUAUAACUUGCUUUAAAUGAAAUUCUAAAAUGUGGGAUUUAUUUGAAUACUAUGAAAUGUGUGUGAGACCUGGUGAGCUCAUUUAUAACUACUUUUUUGUGGCUAUAUUUGUACAGUCUAUGUUCAUUGACUGAGCAUAAGCCAUAAGCGGAAAUAUUUUCUCUUAACCGAGGAUAGCUCCUAAUAGUACUCAACAGGCAACGAAGUGCUCUCCUGUAUUUUGAUGUGAAACUGUUUUUCGGAAAAAUACUGAUGCAAUUCUUCUAAGUGGACCAAUCAUGAUGCGCAACUGUCUCAUGACGAAAAUGCUGAUGGCCCGUGAGGCUAAAGCGUGUAGUAGUGCAACUAUUUAAAAGGCCUUAUUUUUCUUACGCCAUCUUUUGCAUAUAUUUAUAAACUUGUUUUAAAUUCUGGACAAAAAAUUAAUUGUUAAUAGCAUUAGCCAUUUCAACCAAUAUAAGUAGAAAAAUGCAUCAUUCUUUUUUUAAAUAGCAUCUUUAAGAGGCCAGCGAGGAAUGAGUUCAGAUUAUGGUGCAUUAUUUAUUAUGCAAUAAUAUAUCCAGCAUGUCUUUUUCUGUUUUGGUUUUGGCUCUUUUUAAUUGUAUGACUGAAAUUCAUUGUUACUGUUUUGUUGUUUUUUUCUAUUAAUCUUUUAUGUGUACUUCUGAUUAUGUAACAAAAUAUGUACAGACUAAGUACUUUUGAACUAUUUUUAUCACAGUAUUAUUUAUUGCUUUCUUUCAAUAAAGUACUGAAGCAUUUUUUUCCACUGCCAACAAUGGGGGUUGAAGUGUUUUGAAGUGAGAUUUCAAGUAAUUAAUUGAUGUGGAUGAGAUUUCUUGUGAAGCAUCCAGUCAUGUUCCCCUUUGCUGAAACCAGCUUUCCCCAGCCCAGAUGCCCUCCAGAUGAUUUUGAAGCACAACUUCCAGAAUUAGACUACAACUUGGGUGAGGCUGGUUUAAACUGAGGCAAGUCCCAUAACCUUCAAGACACUUAAGCUACCCGUGGUGUAGCACAAUGUGGUGUUCGAGUAGCUUUGCACUACAACUCCCAUUCUCCUAUUGCCCAUGCUGGCUGAGGACUGAUGUGAAUUACCCAGAACAUCUGGAAAGCACCGCCUGUGCUAUGUCACAGUCUGUUUACGUUCCUAAAGUGUAGCCCUACAUUAGAUUGCGGCUUUGAUGGUUAACUCCAUUGGACUCCAGUGCAACUUCACAGUAAGCCUGCAUAACAAUGCAUGGCUGAGCCCCUCAGCUGUGUGCAGGAACCCUGCUGAUGAAAAUUUGUCUCAAAAUGUGCCACAUAAAACAAGCAUUUCUAGAAUGCUUCAGUAAGUGGGUUGCUUUUAAACCUUUUGAAGUUCACCCCACAGUUGAACUGAUGCAACUGCUGUUGCCUUCUGCCAUCCUCUUGUUUUCUAAAUGGCUGCUUAGCCCUGUGACCAGGAGCUAUUGUCAUGUAAUCUAGGGAUUAUCCUCCCCCUUUUUUUUUCCAUCUAUGCUAUUCUAGCACUUUAGUGUAGAAACAGAUUAAUAUUUCUGGUAGCUAUAGCAACUCUGUGUUGAAUGUGCUUUCCUCAAUAUUGAAUGAUAACAGGAACCAGCCUUGAUUCUCUCUGCAGUCAUUUCAAUGCAGAUGAAUCACACAUUUCCCCUAGCUUUUCCUUUCCAUCUCAGCGGUUCACAACUUGCCGCUCGCAUUUUGAGGUGCAAGCACAGAAUCCAACGAAACAGAUGUUUGCUACCCUAGAGGCAAGGAGUUGCAGCUUCUUUUCCUUCCAUACUUGCAACUCAAACCCUGGAAAGGAGGAAGAUUAAUGUUCCCAGCAGUUUCCCCUUUUAAUUCUGUAUCAGUAUCUUAGACAUUGGGUAGUCAGUGUGGUGUCUGGCACACUGGCAAACUCCCUCAGUAAAGAUGGGAGCAAGGUACUAUGACCAGGUUGAAGGCACGUUAAAAUUUAAAACACCUCCUGACAAUAAUUCUUGAGAGGUCAGAGAUUCUCUGUACAUGGUAGUGUUUACUAAUGCAGCAGCAAGGAUUCUUUAUAUAAAGGAAAACCUGAGGCCACUUAUCCCUCAAUCAGUAGAUCAAAGUAUGAAUGAGGCAUGUUGGAAACAAGACUGGAAUUUUAUUUAUACACAUUCAGUGAGGGUUAAAGCUCAGUGAUUACUCUGGGAAGGUACAACACUUUGUUUCAGUCAGAUCACUUUACAGAAGUAAUUAAGAACUUGACUUAAAGCUUUACUUUAAACCUGUUUCUAAUUAAACUAAUUGUUCCAAGAAUGGUUAUUUACUCAGCCAGUAAAACACUUUCAGACUCCUCCUAGAAUCUUUUCCUUCCCCUCAGAAAUAAUCUGGGUUGCCCAGCCUAGCGAAACCCUGACCACCCAGCCAAAGCCUAAAAUCCACCUAAGCGCUAUCUGACCGUUUACGUCAGGUUCUCUUCUUCAACUCUCCACUCCCUCGUGAUUGGUCAACACCACCCCCCAGCCCUGACUGGCUUCUGGGUCUCCAGGAGUUUGAGCCAAGGCCCAGUGUCCAUAAGUGUCCUCCAGAUAACUAUUCCUAUCAUCCCUGACCAUUGCCCAUGUUGGCUAGGGCUGGUGAGAGUUGACUUAGAUCCGUAUGAGCCUUUCCAUCACUUGAGAUCUGGCUGGCUCUUCUCUCCCCAUGCCAUAAGAAAAGUUUUCUGCUUCAGUUUUGUAGAAUAUUCUCUCCUGGAAACAGUGAUGCUCUCUGGGCAGAAGUCCAGGGCCCUAUUCAGCAGAAUGAUAGACACACAGAGAGAGCAGGGCUAGAUUUGCACAUUUUGAAGCAAUGCGAUGAAACAAGCGAUGGUGCCAAUACUUGGAAAUCUUGUUGAGGUCAGCCACAACAGUUUUAAGAGAAGCUUUUAGAAACUUGCUUUUUAGCAUAUAACAGUCAUGUUCCAAAUUUCAUUCAGCUAUAAAUUCCAUAGUUGAAAUUAAGUUGCUUUUCUAGACUCUUCUUCACAUUUUUGCCACCAUUAAACUGUAUUGUGAAUCAUUGCUCUUCUUUCCCAAUGGUGUAACAUCUCUCAUUUACCCUAAAAAAGGUCUAUAGGAAAUUGUAUCCUAGAACAUUUUUUUUUUAAGCUGCAGGUUUCCAAAGAGUAGAAAAGUGUUCCUUAACAGUUUCCAAUACAUACAUACAUGUUUUUAAGCAGUCGGUCUCUGCUCCGUGCCCCAAACAUGAGUUUCCAACAUCAUUUCUAUUAUUUGGAGUUCAAUAGACAACUUUUUAAAGCUAUAGAAAUGCCAUUUUUAAAGCACGGAUCUCUGAAGUUUGGACUUGCAGAUGGUAAAAAGAGUGUUCUGUUUACCUAUUCUUCCCAUGCACAUGCCUGGCAAAAGUGGCUAGAGUGCUUCCUUCUUCUACAGGAGCUUGGAUGGGAAGAAGGGAAACAACCUGAGGCAGAAAAGUGGAAGUGACCCGUUAUUCCAGGUCAAAGACUGUUGCUUUUGUCCUCCCUCUGCUGAAGCCCUGGAUCCCUCCAGCUCCUUUCUUCCUCAUUUGUGAUGGCCCUACACAAACGGUCAUGUGAGGCUGUAAUUUCGGGGGCAAAGUGCCAUCAGUAUGCUAGUGAUACUCUGCUCUAUUUCUCCACAACAUCUCAAUCAGGAGAGGCUGUGCAGGACCUGGACUGGUGCCCAGACACAGUGGUGGGUUGGAUGAGGAAAAAGAAACUGAGCUUUGAAUCCCAGUAAGAUGGAGGCACUGUGGGUGAAUGGUUUCCUGUGUCUGAGAAAUUGGCCAGUUGCCGUCCCUGGAUGGGGUUGUGAUUGGAGGCCUCAGUGGCUAGGAGUGGCUUCUGUUUGCUUUGGUGCAACAACAGGAUUGGGAUAGCUUGUUGCACCUUAAUGUUCAGGCAUUAAUGACUUCAGUAUUGGAUUACUAUGCAGGACUUCCCUUGUGCUUGGCCUGGAAACUGCAGCAGGCUCGCUGACAGGAGUGAGACCCUCCCAGCAUAUCUUGCUCAGAGAUCUGCAGUGGCUGCCGGUAUGUUACCAGGUCAAGGGCAAUAUGUUACUGCUCUCAACAACUUGGGGCCAGUUUUCUUAAAGGGGGCCUUGCCUCAUAUGUGUCCAGUCGGCCACUUCAGUCUGUGGGACUAGCGCUUUUACAAGUACAAUACAAUGUUCAUUCCAUGCUUGCAAGAAGCCACCCUUUCAGUGUUGCAGCACCUACACUUUGGAAUUCUCUGCUCAUUGAUAUUAGGCAGGUGCAUUCUCCAAAUGGUUUUCCCGUGCCUACUAAAAACUAUUUUAGUUCCAGCAAGGCUACCCAGGCAUGUAAUCUUAACAUGCAAUUUUAAUGCCUCAUUUUAGUAAGUACAACUGUUUUAAAAUUACAGAUGUUAUUUUAAAGCUUAAUUUUUUAUGUUACUUGUUUUUAAUGAUUUUUUAAAAUUAAUAUUUUAGGCUAUCUACUGUAAGCCGUUUAGAGGUCUUUUGUACUAGUGGCGGUAUGCAAAUUUUGUUAAAUAACCCUAUGCCCAUUUUAGCUGGGAGCCAACCCCACUCAAAUCAGUGAGACAUGGUAUACUUUUGGAUCGACGUUGUGAUCCAAUUGCUAGUAAAAUUUCCCGCCCACCCACCGGCCGACUUGAACGCCUGGGUUCCCCCACUCCCACCCUCUGAAUGGCAAAAGCCAUUACACGCUUUGGUACGAAACGAUGCUCCCAUAGCGGCUGGGGACCCGAGCAAGCGCGUUAGAAAGAGGCGGCGCAGAGAGAGGGGUCCGGGAGCUUUUGCAUAGGAGAAGCGAGGGACGCAUCGCGGGGUUUCAAUAUAGGCGACCCCCCUUUCCGCGGACUUGCUGCAAAGCCCGCCCGGAGCCGAGUGCCAACCACCACCGGCAGCUCGCUUUAGUCCUCUCCCACCUGAUGACGCGCUGUGAUGAAAAACAGGAAACGGGAUCUUGGGAGAGGCGGAAAUUGCAGCACCAGCCGAGUUAGGAAGCCCCAGCAGGGGAAAGCGAGGAGACGCUGCAUCGGGAGAGGAAGGCGCCUGGGCAGCCAGGAAGUGGGCUGGGAACAAAGUAAGUGGCAGGAGCCCGGCCAGGUGCUCCCUUGCGCGGCUCGCCUUUUGCGCCAGCCACGGGGAGGCUCCUCGGCGCAGCAAGAUCCGCAAGCCGGGAGGGUCCCUGCCGCCCGCGAUCCGCUUGCCCGGAGCGGGACUCGGGUCUUGGCUGGAGCGGGGAGGUGCAGCCGGGCGUGGGGGCUUAAAAAAAUCAAAUAAAAAUCAAGUGGGCGGGGGGUGCCUUGGUUCUGAUUUCUGCGCCACGCGCAGCAUGGCCAUCCCUGGGAUCUAACUAGGGCAUCGGCGCUGCAAGGUGGGGCCCGUACCUGGAGCAGCCCAGAUUGAGAUUUGUCAGGGGAGGAGGAAGAAGAAGAGUCGUAUAGGGAGGGAGGAAGUGGGGGCUGGGGUGCCACAUGGCAUCUCCGUGGCUGGCUGGGUGGGCUGCCUCGCUUUGAUCGCCCUUUGUUCUUCGGUGGCGAGGAGGCAGCUGAUCGAAGGGGGCUGAGCUGCUCUUGCUUCCUUGUCUGGGACGCUCGUUCCCGAAGGGAGGGGAGCGCCUUCCCGGCUCGCUCUUCCGCUCGCCGGGCGUGCCCGCGCGCCGUGCCUGCUCGUGGGGGCAGCAUCGUGCUGGAGAGAGGACUGCCUGCCCCCCUGGGCAGUUGGCAUGUUCCUGGGCGCAUGGAUUGCAAUUCAGGCUAGUGGCUGUGGAUGCGAAAACUGGAUGGGCUUGUCUGGAGUAGGAGAAUAUCAUUGUGUGGUGUGUGGUGUUGGAUCUAAGGGGAGGGAAGUUAUUUGACAGCUUCAUCUUGGGGGUGCUGCUCCCCGCAAGCUUAAAGCUGGUAAGAACUCUGGCAGGGUGAACAUCAAAACAACCCGUAAGUGUCUCUAGGAUAUGAAGCUGCCAGGUCCACCCAGCAAUGGUCCAUCUAGCUCAGCAUUGUCUCCAUGCCUUCCAAGGUUUCUCCAAGGCUACCUGGAGAUGCUGGGGAUGGAACUGGAGACCUGAGUGCAAAAUAGGCACUCUGCCACUACGCUAAUAGCCCUUCUCUUUGUCCUGUGAUUGAACCCCACCCCCACCCACUUCUUAGCCAUUAAUGCAAUAGGGAGAUGCGCAAUGAUUUUCCUGGAGCCUUGAGGGGAUGCUUAUUUGCGCUUGUUAGAUGCAUUUCCAUGAUUAUAAUUGCCGAAAGGCCACGGCACGUGAGCCAGUAGUUUAUGGAGGCAGCAGGUCAUGAGCGCUGCCGCAGAUCAUGUGUCUGAAAACUACUGCCUAGCUGGCAUGUUAGGUUCAUCCUACGGAUGUUGAUGUGUGCUGGGCCUACCCUUGUCAUCCUAUGAGACAUUGCGCUUUCGGAAUCCAGAGAAGAGCACUGUUCAACUGGAUGCAGAUACUGUCCUUUGGAAACGGCUUGCAAUUCUGUGGUUGUUCAUUGCCUGUGAUUCAGUCAGUCACACAAAAUGUUACUCAUGGCGCAGGCAGAAGUUGGACUCAUUCAUUCUUUCGUUCUGAAGUCCACAUACCACUGGACUAUCCAGUGUUUCAAUGAAGAGUGCUGAUUGAAGAUGUUUGUUUCUGUUGUGGUCAUUGCUUUGCCUUUUCAGCUUUGAAUCUAAUUGUCUAUGUCCCACUCUGUUUUAUUUCCUACCUCAUUGCACUUCCUAGAGCAGGGCUGGCAAGCCUGUGCCCCACCCCCAAAUGUUCCUGGGCUACAGUUUCUAUCAACCCUGACCAUUGGUCAUGCUGGCUGGGGUUGGAGAGAGUUGGGAGCCCAACAUUCAUUUGACCAUAGCUUCCCUCAUUCCUCUUUUUCUAAUCAACAUGAGAAGUUGGGUCCAGACAAAAUGUUACCUGAUGGCCAAACCAUGGUUUAGUGAUCAAGAGUGUAUUUAUAUUUUACCUAACACUAGUUGGUGGCAAACCGUUUUCCUGAUAUUGAACUAGUGAUAUGAAAAGCUUCAUUUGCUCAGUAUUUGCAUGCCAGACUGUUUUUAAAGGCACAGAGAAGCCUGUAGUCCUAAAAUUAAUAGAUGCUGGAUGUAUCUGACUUUCUGACCCAAAUGGCACAUACAGUAUAUGUAGUUUACCUGCAGAAAUGUGUACAAGUCAAGAAACUCCAAAUACCCAUGAAAGGGAGAUUACUGACAACGGUUAAUUUAAGGUAUUAUUUUGAGGCCUGCUCUUUCCUCACUUAGGGAGGAUAUGUACACAAAUGCAGUAACCUUAUAUUCUAUAGCACAGACCUAUAGGAUGGGUAGCUAAUGUGAAAAAAUUCCUCUGAGGCAAUUGGGGUUGACUUGCUACACCACUUUUUACUUUCUUGCUGUAUAAAAUACACUCUGCAUGCCACCCUCCUUUCUUGACUACAGUCUGGAUAAAUUCUUUUAAUGUUUUAUUAUGUUUUGAUAUGUUGGAAUCCACCCAGGGUGGCUGGAGGAACCCAAUCAGAUGUGUGGGGUACAAAUAUACAGUAAUAAUAAUACAGUAAUAAUAUUCCUCUCUGGCUGCUGAAGAAUCAGUAGAACAAAGUAGCCAGCGUGUCUGAUUGUCUGAGUUCUCUAUUCCCCACCCCCUUACCCCUUUUCCAGAAAUUGUGUGAGUCAAUGACUCAUGGAUAACGUUUCUCUCCAGCCUGGUUUGAAAGAAAUUGGCCAGAACAGCAAAUUGCAUAGGAAAUUUAAAGCCACUGAGCUGCUAACCAUGUUCAGUGGAAAACUAGAAAGGUUAGAGCUGGAAAGGAAAACUCAGUAUCUCUUGCGUCUGCAAAAGAAGAGAGGCUGAAAUGUUGUCUGUUGUGUAGUACCUCUGAUCCUCUCUGAAUGUUGAUAACUGUGUGUAAUCCCAAGCACACUUACUCUAAAGUGAGCCUGGUUGAAUUCAGUGUGACUUAUAGAGCAUUGCAGCCUUAUUUUUGGUCUGGUAUGUUUUGUGGGGAGAGGAUUUGAGCUUUAUGGAACCGGGUGGCCUUCAAACUGCCUGUGUGGGCAGGCAAGAAAUUGCUCCAGAUUGUCCACAUGUCUUUAAUUAAUGCCCAUGGCCAUUUUUAUCUCAGUUGAAACUCAUUUAUAUAAAGAGAAGCUACCUUUAAAACCACCUAUUUCCAUAACUGCAAUAAAUAAUAGUAGAAGCAAAAACUAUCUUAUAUUGCUGUAAGUGUGCAGAGGUGAGCUGGCUAAACAGUUCAGCUUGUGUCAUGCCUUCUCUGAACUGGCCUCCCUUUCUGUGGCUGGUUCACAAUGUGUUUCAGAUGAAUGAAUGAACCAAACAUAUGCAUGUUGACUCUUACCGGAAUGAAUUUCCUCCUUUUCCUUUGAAAUUAUGCCAGUAACUAUUCCUAGCUGUGGAAUAAUGGCAAGAGGAUUCUUUAAAAUGUAUUCAGCUUGCAACAAUGUGGGGUUAGCUAAAUGUACACCCAUUAGAAUUGCAGUUGUUGGCAGUAUCUAACCAUAGCAAAGCCAUUAACCAACCUUUCAUUGGGUUAGAGGGUGAAAUCUAUAUAUUUUUCCUGGCAAUAAUAAUGUGAUUCUUGCAGAACUAUUUUGUACUGCAAGUAUGAAACCUUUUUUAUUCUAAUGUCACUGUUUCUUCUGAAAUUUCAGAUGUGGAAAGCAAGCGCAGGCCACACUAUCAGUGUCAGCCAAGAUGAUGGUGCUGAUGACUGGGAAACGGAUCCUGACUUUGUGGUAUGGUUAGACACUUUCUCUAAAUGCUAGCCAUGCUAGUUAGAAUCAGAGAAAAGCAAGUAAUUUAGGGAUUGCUGGCGCUGUGGGUAAAAGCCUCAGUGCCUAGGACUUGCCGAUCGAAAGGUCGGCGGUUCGAAUCCCUGUGGCGGGGUGCGCUCCCGUUGCUCGGUCCCAGCGCCUGCCAACCUAGCAGUUCGAAAGCACCCCUGGGUGCAAGUAGAUAAAUAAGGACCGCUUACUGGUGGGAAGGUAAACGGCGUUUCCGUGCGCUGUGCUGGCUCGCCAGAUGCAGCUUUGUCACGCUGGCCACGUGACCCGGAAGUGGCCCCCGGCCUCUUAAGUGAGAUGGGCGCACAACCCUAGAGUCGGACACGACUGGCCCGUACGGGCAGGGGUACCUUUACCUUUUUAAGUCAAAGUCUGAGAGUCAUUGGGAGGGACAUGCUUAUGUUUGUACGCAACAAAUAAAUGGAUUUAACUGGGUUUUUUAGUAGCUAGAUGUUUCUCCUGCUGAAGGACUUGUUGGAAGAGGGCAGGAUAUGAAAUUGAAAUUAGCCAAAAUGACCAGCGACAGAUGGGAAGAGGCAGGGAGGAUGCAAUUGUAGGAUUUGCUGUCAUUACAGACCUUAAAGUCUCUUUCACCUCUGAACGCUCUGGUUCAAUUGUAAUUGCUGCUUAACCUGUUUCUCUUUCCUGUGUACUUUCAGAAUGAUGUGAGCGAAAAAGAACAGCGCUGGGGUGCUAAAACUGUGCAGGGAUCUGGUCACCAAGAACACAUCAAGUAAGCCACUUCUUUCAUGGUCUUAAAACUGUGAUUCUGGUGAUAGUUUUGGCACGUUAUUCCUUUUCUAGAGCAGAGGUGGGGAACCUUAGGCCCUGGGAACCAAAUAUGGCCAUUGAGCCCUCUCCCUCUGGCCCUUGGGUCUCUUCCCAGCCACAUCCUGUUUUUGCCUGGCUGGAAUGUGAAUACUGAGCAUGUCUCUUGCAGGGUGGAGUGUAUGCAUAUAUGGAAACUAGCCUGCUGUGCAAAGCUAAAAUGCAUAUCUGUUGCUCCUCUCAUUUUUGCCUCUGGCCCCACCCACCACAAAUAUUGCCCUGAAGGGAAUGCAGUCCUCAGCCUGAAAAGAGCCUUGCUCUGGAAAAACAGCAAACAGAGGCUGUGCGCACGUAAUGGGCCUCAUCUUUUAACCCAGGGCUCUUAACCAGUUUGUAGCUGGUCAAGAAUCCUUGGCUAAACAGGUAGUUAACAUUAGCUGCUGAUAAUAUCGGUGUCGAAAUGCCCUUUAACUUUGGGUAAGGCGUUUGCUUUAGGGAGAGACUGUGGGGGGUAUAAGCAUGUUAUCAGACAGCUCACUCUUAAUCUCUUAAUUGUGGUUUAGAUAUUAAUUGCAUGGCAUUCUCACCAGCCCACUGCUGUCACUGUGAGGGCUCAUAUGUUUUUAUAUGUUCUAAAGGGAAGUGAAAAACUGCUUCCAGCUACCACCUUCAUUGCUACAUACACUGUCUCAGAAAUAGAAGGGCAAAAUUUCAGAUCUUCUGCCCUGUGCAUUGCAGCCAUUCUUAUUUCUCUGGUGAGAGUUCAACUUCAGUCUAAGGCUGGGCCUGCAGCUGGCGAAAAACAUAGCCGUAUGUAACUUAUCUGAAUGGUAACCUAAUGAUCAGUUUUGAAAGGUAGAUAGUAUUGCUGUAAUGAAAUCUGAAGUCUAUGAAGACAUCAGUACAGUCGUACCUUGGAAGUCGACUUCCAAAAUGUUUGGAAGCCCCCAAAGCGGGGCUUCUGAUUGGCUGCAGAAAGCUCCUGCAGCCAAUCGGAAGCUGUGGAAGCCCCGUUUGGAUGCUCAGCUUUCAAAAAUAGCUUCCAAAGCGGCACACUCAUUUCCAUGUUUGCGGUAUUCAGGAGCCAGAAUCUUCGAGAACUAAGUUGUUUGAAAAUCAAGGUACGACUGUAAUGGCCUUCUGCUCUAAAUAUUGAAAACAAAUGUUUCUUGAGCAUGUGACACAGUUGAGGAACCAGUUUUCCUACUCAGCUCUGGUCAUUUGGUCCGUGGUAUGCUUCAAAACAUAGUUUGGAAAUUUUUGCGACAAUUGCCUGUUCCUAAAGGCAUGUUAGAAACAUGGUAAGCCAUAAUAGCAGCAUAGCCUCUGGCAUUGUACACUGAUGCUUGAAGUAGCUCCAUCUCUGGAAUAGUACAAGAAUGCAGAUUACGCUAUCAGGUAAGGUGGCAGGGCAGACAACACCUGCAAGUUUAUUGUUAGGAGGAACAGCGUCGGAUGAACGGCCCUUUUCUGAACAAUGUCAUGGGCUGUAAACAGGGUACAUUCAAGCACUUCUGGUAGGGCAGUAGAAAAUGGUGGCCCUUUGCAUUACAGGUGCCUGGGGCCAUUUCUGGAGUACUGUGCUUAAUUUUUAGUCACCCAUGGUGAAGAAGGAUGAAUUCAAGGUGGAAAAAAAGAUGCAAAAAGGAGCUGCUAAGAAGGUAGCAAUAAAACAGGGACUGUUAAUUUAAUUCUUUUCAUAAGUAAAUUUUUAUUAGUAUAAAUAAUACUAAUAAAUAGCCAAUAAUAGCCAAAUUAUAACAAUAUCAAUUUGCGGGACAGAUAGUUUAAAGGCAGCUCUGCACAGUGUGAGAUAAAUGAUACGAUGGGUAUAGCCUGUGACUUCUUGCACUUCGGUCAGCACAAGAAAUCCUAUUUUUGCCCUGCAAAAUCUUGGAUGAUUGAUGAACCAUCUGGACAGGACAGUGAAAGCACUGAAAUAUUUUGCAUUUUGGAUGUGUAAUGCACUGCAGUAUUAGCAUUUGAAUUUCCUUACUGCAGACUUCUCAGGCAGGAUUCAGCUAAUGAGUCCCAUCAGCAGAAGCUGACUUCUGUUUGCACAACAGGGUUGUCCUCCCCUGCCCCCUAUGUGCUCCCCAAAAUUGGCUCUGGGAGGGUUGGGUGAACCUCAAGAACAGUGCAUGGAGGAAGGAGAGGAGGGAUUGCUUUGUUUGGCAAGCUGAAACCUUAGUACGACAUUGAACUCCUCCCCUAGGUUUCUUCCUCUGUUUAAAGCAGCAAGGUAUGUGUGUGCAGAGGGGUGGGAAUAAUGUAGAAGGAUUCUGAAACGGGUAUGCAAAUGGUGGUUUUUAUUUAAUUAUGGGAGGAGUUGAUGUAGUUUCUUUCUCUUCCUAAAGAUAAUUAAAAAUGUUAAGGGCAAAAAUGGCACAGGAGGCGAGAGCUAGAACAAAGUGGCAUCUAUUACUGCAAUUUCUCUUGUUUUUAAUUGGUUUUGUCUCAAAAAGCAUUCAUAAGCUGAGGGAGAAUGUAUCCCAAGAGCAUCAGACUCUCAAGGAGAAGGAACUUCAAACAGGACCAAAAGCUUCCCAUGGCUAUGGAGGAAAAUUUGGUGUGGAACAAGACCGCAUGGACAAAGUAAGUGCAGAAGAUUUUGCACGGCUGAUGUGCUGUGUAACAGGCAUGAUUUGCCAAACAGGGGCCUCGUCAGGCUUUCUUGGACCCUGCCUCGUGCUCAAAUGUCCUGUCCCUCUUUCUGCUUCUGGGUGUCUGGUGCUAUUGUUGCAUUCCUUUGACAGGGAACUUGGGAUAGUGGAAAAGUUGGUCUGACUUGACUUGGCAAUCCGUCCAGCUCUUAGUUUUGCUUUCUAAUUGCAGGGAAGUGAAAAUACCUUGUGUCAUGUCCUGCUCCUGGGAAGGUGCUUAAUAUUUCCAGUACACUUUCUAAAUUGAGGAAAUGUCUACCUCACAUACAUAAUUGACAUUCAUGCUGACUUCCCUUCCAUUCAUGAAUCAAGCCUUUGACAUCUUCUCCCUCUCUCUACAGACCCUCACUAUCACUGCCCAAUAACAGAGUUCUUAGGACAUCCCACAAGAAGAAAUAAAACAAAUUCAAUAACAAAACACUUAAGAGUAUAAAGACAGUGGUGGUGGGGAAGUCAUAUUAAGAACAUGAAGCUAAAUUGAAUUAAAAAUAAAACCUCCUGCCUAGAGCUGAAAUGACAGAAGGGUAAUACUGCUGAUAGACUUGAAAGCCGCUGAGAGGUUUAGGAGAACCCACAGGAUUGAAACCCUCAAGACUGCCUUCUGGGAAAGGUGAUCUCAGAGGGCAAACCAAGACCAUUUCUGUGCUCAAAUGGGCUAGAAUGACAACUGAAAUUGAUUGAGAAUGCUGAGGAUUCUUGGCUUAAAAAGAAAAAAGGUUAUUAUUGAUUGAGGCAUAGAGGUAGUAGGAGUCUAAAAUAAGAAUUGCAGAAAGCCAUUGGCCAAAUUUGCUAAGAGACAUGUUGCCUCCGUGCUUGAUAUGAGUCAGUGUGGUGCCAGGUGGAAUAUGCACACUGCAAUACUCUAGGCCUGCAUUGUGGCAUGCAGUAAAUGGCCUCUGAUCCUUACAAUUCAUGAAGGAGAAUUGUGGUUAGUAAAUCUGAGUGUGGGUUGCAGCAACCACAAGCUCUUACCUCAGCAGACAAAUGAUGAAGAGGAAAAUCCCCAAGUAUCUUAAUUCUGAACACAGGAUUUGAGGAACUAGCUCUUGGGUGAAGUUGAAACUACCUCAGCUGAUGAAAGAGGCUAUGAUUUUACUAGAACUCUCUCUUUCUCUUUAAAUCUGAUCUGCAGUUGACUUAUGCAAACCUGGUACAAUCAUUAAAUUGUUUAUCCCACAGUCCCAAUAGAUUUUGUUUCUGGUCAUUGCAGUUUGGAAUAGAAGCCUAUUGUACCUCCUCCCAUGCUGAAAACUCUGUUAUUAUUUUAUUUUGAAACUCAGAAAUGGCAAAUUGCGCGCUAGAAAAGCUCCUGUUUGAUAAGGCACAUGCUUAGCAUCUCUCUCCUGCUCUGCAGGAAGACAAAUGUGGAGACCAAAUGUGGAGGAAGUUGUUAAUGCUUGAUAGAGACUUUGGGAAAGGAAGAGAGUGUCUGGUGGCUUCCUGUAGGAUAGCAACACAACACAACAUAGUGCACACUGAAGGCACAAUUUUAGCUGAAUUCUCUUGCAGUUGGAAGAUGCUUUCUGGUAUAAUAGCUGGCGCAGUAAUGGCAGCCUUCAUUUAAUUUAUACUUUUUCUUUGUAACAAUAUUUAAUAUACUGACGACUUGUAUAGAAAAAGUCGUGUAAAGCACAUAUACAGUAACGGUAAGCAUCAAAGACCAGAAACUGUCAUAAGAAUCUGGCCGAUCACAUACAACUUAUCCAGCUGAAACAACCUAUUGACAUAAGUAAGUCUUCGAAAGACAUCUAAAAAAUAAGAAGCAGAGCUGCUUGGUGGAAUUCCAUCAGGAGGGCAUUCCACACUGAUGGGGUCGCCACAGUAAAUGCUUGAUUUAUCAUAGAUACCAAGUGGGCCACAUUCACACAAGGAUAGUUCAAAAUGAAGUUUGUAGUGGUUAAAGGCUAUCCCUUUCCUGUGGCCUUCUUGCAUCUCUAGACCAUGAUACUCCUAGUGCAUUGGCUCCCCCCCCCUUUGCUAUUUACAAUUGAGUCUGUAUAUAUUUUGGUAAAUGGAAGUACUGACUCCUAUAAGCUGAGGUAAUGGAAUUUCUCUCCCCCCCCCAUUCACUUUUAAUUUGUAUACCGCCUUUCUAUAUUGCUGUACACAAGGCAAUUUACCAAGUUGAAGAAACAACAAAAUAUGCAACAAAGAUCACACAUCCUAUAACAGUCUAGUCCAUGAAAUGACCAAAUACCUCCCUGUCAGUGACUUGCUCAAGAGCCUUUGCACCUAUAAAUACAUUUUGAACUUGAAAUCUUAUUUGGAAAAGUAAAAAUAACAAGAAAGCUGGAUUUUUACAAUGUUCACAUCAUAUCAACUGAAGAGAUCGUGUUCAUAUAUAUCUUGGAUGGGGACCUCCAGGCCACAAGCCAAACUUGGCCCACCAGCUUUCUGCAUCUGGCCCAGGAGGCUGUUUCUCUGAAACCCGGCCCACCUGAUGUCAUAUGUGAUGUCAGGUGUGAAGCAGGUAGAGAUGAAGCUGCACAAAGCAGGAUUGAACCACCAACUGCAUCAGCUGAUCCACAGGGAGUUCAGUCCCAUCUAGUUCAGUGUGACAACAGAUGACUGACAAGGAGCUGGUCCCAUCCACCUGUCAGAGUUGGCCUUCUGGCAUGGGGGAGAUAAUGAUCUGGCCAAAAAGGUCCCCCACACUCCAAUAUGCAUGGAACCAAGACUGCAAUCUUUGCUUGUCUUCUACAAUUUAAGUAGAAAAGGCAACCAAGGUUGAACCUUUAAAGUUACAUGUUUUCUUAGAAAUACAGAGCAGCCAUGGUUUAACUUGUUUGAAUAAUCUUAAAAGCGCUCUUAAUUGUUCAUUGACGCCCUUAGCUUUCUGAUGUCAUUUCUAUAGUUUCUUUGGGGCUUAUACAAACUUCAGGUUCCACAGGGAGGACCCAGUAACCAUAGUGCUUGUUCAGUUUUGUGUUGAAUGAAUAGGUUUUUCCUUCCUCUAGGUGGAAGUUAAUUGGUCCAUAUGUUUAUAUUAAAUGUGUCUUUUCUUGUUCUUCCAGUCAGCUGUUGGUCAUGAAUAUCAGUCUAAGCUUUCUCAGCACUGUUCCCAGGUGGACUCGGUGAAAGGUUUUGGUGGGAAGUUUGGUGUGCAAGUCGAUAGGGUUGACCAGGUAAACGACUUUCCUGUAUUUCUAGAAAUGCGUUUGAUAGCUGCCUCCUACAUUUUUAUAGUGUAGGUGUCGAUGUGGCUGUAUUAAGAUGGUUCACAUGUAAGUGUCAUUUAUUAAUACCACUUGGGGGUGCUUCUUUGUUUAGAAUACUCUUGUAGUACUUUUUAUUGUUAUUAAAAUAAUUUUCAUUUUAUUUAUUUAUUUCUGCAGUCCGCUGUGGGAUUUGAAUACCAGGGGAAAACCGAGAAACAUGCUUCUCAGAAAGGUAAAGCAUUCUGAGGAGUUUGUGUAGAAUUCAUAUUUUCUUCUUCACAACAAAUGCUGCUGCAGAAUUCUUUUCCAGUACAGUGGUACCUCGGGUUACAUAUGCUUCAGGUUACAUAAGCUUCAGGUUACAGACUCCGCUAACCCAGAAAUAGUGCUUCAGGUUAAGAACUUUGCUUCAGGAUGAGAACAGAAAUCGUGCUCCAGCAGGAGGCCCCAUUAGCUAAAGUGGUGCUUCAGGUUAAGAACAGUUUCAGAUUAAAUACGGACCUCCGGAAUGAAUUAAGUACUUAACCCAAGGUACCACUGUAUUUUUUUCAUGAAAGCUUAUGGAACAGGAAUGUUAAGCCUGUCAUUCCAUGUCACUGUUGGCAAAUGACACAGAUAGAAGAAUUGACCUUUCAAAUAAUGAGUUGUGGCAAAUCCUUUCCUUUUUUAGGGUUGUUGUUUUUUAUAAAAAAAGAUGGGACCCUUUAAAUAAGAGGAUCUUUUGUUACAAGAGACUUUCUACAGAAUAUCAUUUGUGUUUAGUACCUCAGUAUUGAGUCUAUUCCUAACUGAAUAGCCACUCAGAUGGAAGCCUUAUUAGGGCAUUCAUUUCCUUCACACGUCAAAAUCAUGUGAGGAGCGUGGCGGUACACUGUCUAGGCCUUACCCCUAACAUAUCAGAUAUCCUUCAGUAAAGUUACUGUAACUGUGACUAUUACAUAAAUGCCAAAUAUUUACUCUUUAACACACUUCAAACCACUCUUUUCAUAGUUAUAAGGGUGGCAGGGAGGUAAUUAUUGAAGGAGGUGCCACUAAUUAGCAUCAUCUUCAGAAUUGUUCAACCGGCAUCCAUGCAGUUUCUGACAUUUUUUCAAUGUGCUCGUUUCUCAGACUACUCAAGUGGAUUUGGCGGGAAAUAUGGAGUACAGGCUGACAGGGUAGACAAGAGCGCAUUGGGAUUUGACUACCAAGGGAAAACAGAGAAGCAUGAAUCGCAGAAAGGUUUGUUGCUUGCAUUAUAUUCUGUGCAUUUUUUAAAAUUUCAGGAGCUUGUGCUAUGAUGGUAAAUUUGUAAAAUGUUUUUCCCCCCUCUUUAAAAAAUAGGGCAGCGACUCAUUUUUAUAGCAUCAACUCAACAAAUAACCUUCCUUUUGUGUUUGAAAAUUCUCACAGUUUAGCUAACACAGGAGUUCUCUUCAAUCCAGAGUUGGCGUCAGAGGAGGCGAGAAGCUUAUCUAGUAGAUUUGAUAGAAAAUCUUAAUACCUGGAGAUUCUAAAUUCUGAGUUCCGGCUGCAGUGGUGGAAAACCAAGAAAAAGUGUCUCUUUUCAAAAGCUUGGUAAUGGGUUUCCAAAAAAACCAACCAAUCAACAAACCCUUAUUUGCCUGUUUGUGGAAAAUGACCUCUUCUUCUCAGUUCUCUGGUAUGGGGGUGGGGGGUGUUUGCCAGGGAUAAGAGGUAGUUAGGCUUUUGUUUGCAUAUUUUUGUUUUUGCUGCUGCUGCUCCUUUCUGCAAAACCAUGAGCAGAAUUAUGCACUUUUAUUCUCUGUGGAAGAAACCAGUCUCUUUCUGUUUCUGUUCAGUUUUUGCAGGAGGCAGCGAGGAGCUACUGCAAGCACUUGUUCUCCAAAAGGCUGUUUCUCAGGGAACAAAAAGCCACUUCUCUUUUCCUUCUCCAUAUUUUAUUGAAAAAUACGGAUGAACUCGAUGUCUUGUGAUGUGAAAGUGUCCUCUGUGGUGGUUGGGUAGUGAUGGCUCUUUCACACAUGCAAGUCAGCACUUGAAUACUCAGUUGGGGUGAGGGGCAGGAGAAUGUGUGAACUGACCACUGCUAGCCAAAUAGCUAUCAAUAGAAAGAAUUUAGUGUCUUAGUUUGUACUGCUGUGAUGAUUUUUUGAUUUUCCCUCUAUCCCAUCUCCAGAUUAUUCCAAAGGUUUUGGUGGUAAAUAUGGCGUGGACAAGGAGAAAGUGGACAAAAGUGCUGUUGGCUUUGAAUACCAGGGCAAAACGGAAAAACAUGAAUCACAGAAAGGUUUUUAUUUUAAAUUUUAUUCCAUGAAAUGGUUUUGGGUUGGCCUUCUUUAAGCCUGAGCCUUUUAGUAUACUUCAGUAUCCCUGCAUAAACGGAAGCCUUCAACUUUUAGAAGUAAAAAAAUCCUCUUCCCUUUCGCUUUCUCUUUAUUCGGUCUUUUUGUUUUGUUCAUUUUGUUACUUUUAUAUCCUUCCUUUCCUUAGAAUAAAAUAUUAAAAAAUCCCACAGCACCUGAUGCCUAUGAAAUAAACAAACCUAAAGUUGAUUACUUAAGGAAGGCCUCUGUGAGAAUACACAGUUGUAUUAAAGUUCUGAACUAACUUCACAGCACACAAGUUCCUUCAUAAGGAUUGUGUUGUGUUUAUGGAUGUUAUGGAUUUUGAUUUGUUUGCCUUACUGUAAACCGUCCUGUGACUUGUGCAAACGGUGGUAUAUCAAUCAUUUCAAUAAAUCAUCUAAAUAAUCUUAUUUGUACAAGUAUUUAUAAAUGUUUAUAAAUACAAUACCUCUGUAAUAUAUAGAUAUAUACAAUUUAGAAGUGUAACAACCAUUAAAAGCAGUAUAGAACAAUCAUUAACAUGACAUGAUUAUUUGUUUAUUUAUUAAAUUUAUAUAUUGCCCUUCAUCCGUAGAUCUCAAGGUGGUUCAUAACUUAAAAACCACAAAAAUAUCCUGUGAAUACCUCGGCUCAGACAAUUUACUGCAUCCAGCAGGAAAUCUGGAUGAUAGAACUAGUAACUGCUGAUGUGGCAAAACACUACUAUUUUUUGUUUGUUUUUUGUUUGGUAUAAACAGCUGCCUCUUAAGUUUGCACCUCAUAAGAUUAGCAGUAUUCCUUCUUGUGCAUUUCUGUUUUGUGUAAAUUGGACUAUAGUGAAUAUUUGCUGAGUUCUAUACAGUAGCAUUCUCAAGGCACUGUGGAGCCAGGUAGCAGAGUAGAAAUUGCAAAAUAAAUGUCCUAAACAUGUAGUUUAAUUCAUCUCAGUUCGCUGAGUCCUUAUGACUGCAGCUUUGUGUACUACUAUUUUCCCACCGUUAAAAAAAAAAAAUCCUACUCGUACAUUGAGUUGGACUUGGCAAGGGGAAGAAGACCUCUAGCUACUUUCUCUUAAAUAUAUAAAUUCACUUUAAAUUCCUCCAGGACAAAAACGUUAUUUCGGUAACACCUUGUGUUAUUUUAUCUAUCUAGAUUAUACAAAAGGUUUUGGUGGAAAGUUUGGGGUGCAGACGGACAGACAGGACAAAUGUGCCCUUGGCUGGGAUCACCAGGAAAAAGUACAACUGCACGAAUCUCAGAAAGGUAUAUACAUAUUUCUUGGCUGUACAUAUAAAGGGGUACAAUGAUUACCAUCCUGUAUACUGUACUGUAUACUAUACUAUAUUGUUGUCAUGUUCAUAUAGAAGGAAGGUAUAUGCAUCACAUGAUCUCUAGCAGAGGUCACCAAAGUGGUGACCUCCAGAUUUUAAACUACAGCAUCCCUAACCAUUGGCUGAGGCUGAUGGAACUGGGAAACUUGUGAAAAUAUUCUUCAGAGUUUUCAGACUCAAACUACAUGUUCAAAAAUAUUACAUGGGCUUGCACCAUUUCACUUGUAUAUUGUGAGGUGGAAAGGGAAAUAGUAUGCCUGAAUGCUUUCCUUUGUGAAAAAUGCGUUCUGCUUUUGAAAAGAUGCGUAUAUCAGAGAAAGUUUUAGCACAUUCUUCUCCUUGGUGGUAUUGCUGUGUAUAUGCAGGGGAUUUUUGGCAUGGGCUUUCAAACGUGUGGCAUUCCAAGCUCUGAUUUCUCCCAGCUGCAAUCUGAAGUAAAACAGUCUUGGGACCAUAAGAUUUCUCAGUGUGUAUUUUGGUUCUGAAUUGCAUGAUGUGUUCCUGAAAGUAGUUAUGGGAGGCUACUCUUCAACGCCAUGGGAGUCAUCCCGUGGUGUCCUGCAGGGUUUCAUCUUGUCCCCCAUGCUAUUUGACCUCUAUAUGAAUCCACUGGGGGCUGUCAUCAGGAGAUUUGACGUGCCAUCAAUAUGCAGAUGACACCCACCUUUCUCUUUUUGUUUCAUCUGAGUUGGGAGAGGCAGUUGCUUGGAAACAGUGAUGGACUGAAUCUUGGAAAGACAGAGGUGUUAUGUGCUCUGAGUUCUUACACCCAGGAAGUGAGGCGAUGGCCUGUCCUGGGUGGGGUUACACUCCCCUGGGAGGAGCAGGUCUGUUCCUGGAUUCAGCACUGUUUGUUACUGGAGGCUCAGGUGAGCUUAGAGGCCAGGAGUGCCUUUUUCCAGAUCCCGCUGGUUCACCAGCCUCAGCCCCUUUGGGGCAAAAAUGACCUGGCCAUUGUACUCCACGAUUGGUAACUUCCAUAUUGGAUUAUUGCAGUGUGCUCUAAAUGGGGCUGCCCUUGAAGACAUCUCAGAAACUUAAAUUGGUUGAAAAUACAGUGGCCAGAUUACUGGCUCUGGCUCCAUUUAGAUAGCACAUAACUCCUGUUUUAAAACAGCUGCACUGGUUACCAUUUUGUUUCUGGCUCCAAAAUACUCAUAUUAAUGUUUAAAGACCUAAAUGGCUCACCCUCUAGAUACCUGAAAGACCAACUCCUUCCCUACUGGACCCUCUUGAGCUCUCAGAUUGGUAGAGGGGGGCACUCCUGUUUGUUCCACUACCCUCAGAUGCUAUGGGGAGGGGGUGGCCCAGGAAAGAAAAUUCUCUCUGGCAACCCCUAAGUUGUGGUACUCAUCCCAAUAGAGGUGUCUGGCAACUUCAUUAUUUAGCUUCUGUGAUACUUGAGAUGCGUAUUUUUAGGACCCCCCUUCCUUUUGUGAUUUUUUAUUUUUUGUGAUUGUAAGUUGUUUUAAUCUGUUUUUUAACACUGUGUUUUAAUUGUUGCAACCUGCCCUGGUACCUUAGGGUUAGGGGCAGGUAAUAAAUUAAUACUUUUUGGGGCUUUUUAAUAGUGUUUGUUUUUUGUUCAUCCAUGUUGUAUCUAAAUAUGUUUCUCUUCCUCCUGUCCUUCUCCUUCUCUCCUCUUGCUUCUUUCUCCUCGUGAUAUAACCUGGAUUUCUCAGACUAUAAGAGUGGUUUCGGAGGGAAAUUCGGUGUUCAAACAGAGAGGCAGGACUCCUCAGCUGUGGGGUUUGACUACAAGGAGAAACUAGCGAAGCACGAAUCACAACAAGGCAUAGCUUCUAGUUGUAACUUACCCAGUGCUGCCACUUCUACCAUAGACUUAAGUUGCUCUCUUUGAAAGUCCUGCACCUCCCUCGGGCAGUUUCACGGCAACAUUUCUUUCUCUCUGAAUCAUAUCAUCCCAAUACAUCGCUGCAAUCUUUAGUUGAAUGUUUUAAAGCUAAUGGCAGCCAUUCUUCAUUAUUAUUAUUUUUGGCAAGUGCACAUCAGGUCAGUCGUCUGCAAUAGUUUUGCUUGAGUGUGGACUCUAUGAUAUGUAAGGAGUGGACCUCUCCCAUGCCUUGUGUGGUUCUUGAUUCUGGCCUACAAAGCCUGAGUCUUUGCCAUAGCAAGGUUGAUUCUGUCCAGGAAAUGUCACUUGUAAUACCCACGUCCUUAAACAGUUGAGUUUCUUCCGUCAUAACAAGAAGCCAACAUUUUAGGUUUAUGCUGAAAUUGAUAAUACUGCUUAAAAAUGCAGACAUCAGUGUCUCUUUCUUUAAAUGCAAUGGAUGAAAUAGCAUAACAGGCACCACUAUGAGAUUAUCUUCUUUUCUCCAUGUGCUGUGAAAUCAACCUAGCCAACAUUACAUAUAAAUAUACAGUGGUACCUCAGGUUACAUACGCUUCAGGUUACAUAUGCUUCAGGUUACAUAUGCUUCAGGUUAAAGACUCCGCUAACCCAGAAAUAGUACCUCGGGUUAAGAACUUUGCUUCAGGAUGAGAACAGAAAUCGCGUGGCGGUGGCGCGUUAAGAACAGUUUCAGGUUAAGAACAGACCUCUGGAACGAAUUAAGUACGUAACCAGAGGUACCACUGUAUAUAUAUAUAGAGAGAGAGAGCUCCCUUGCCUCUUUCUUCAAAGGAAAACCCAUGUGCAAUUCAUUUCCUAGAACUAGUACAGUAGUUUCCAUAUGUUGCAAUGUUAAAGUCAUGCACCAUCCAUCCGAUAUAAAAUAUGCCCUGAUUUGGCUGUUAGAAGGUUUGAGAUUUUGUCUUUAUGCAGUGUAUCAGUUCAAUAUAAAACAUGUAAAUAAUGUCUUCAUUGAAAUGUUAGGCAAACGUGACUUGGUUCCAAUGUUUUGGGUGGAUAGAUAGAUAUAUAAACUCUCUUUACAUAGAAUCUCCUUGAUGAAAAUAAGGCAAGGUAGCCCAUGAGAUCCUUCUAUAAAUAAGAAGUAUUUCAUUCCUUCAGUUUCCCCCCACAGUGUGUGUGUUUUGUAGAAGUUUGUCUAUCCAGCAUUUAAUUGUACUUCUGUUGUCAAUCUUUAAUGAGACAAUGCCCUGCUCAAAGUAGACUCUCUGAAAUCGGUGGGCCUGACUGAUGUCAGUUCAGUGCUUUUCAUUGUAUCUACUAAAGACUAUGGCUUAGUUGGAUACAAAGCCCUCUGUGGUUAAUAUAUCUGUGUCUUUUUGGCAUUUAAAAUGCUCAUUCAUUGACAUGGUGAAUGCCAGAAGUGGCGAGAAGUAAAUGCUAGAAGUAGAGUAAUCAAGGCUGUUCUAUGGAAGUGGUGUGUGGCAGGCAGGGUGUUGGGUCCAGAGAGGGAGAGCAUCCUUUUCUUUGCUUGAUUCCUGCCAACGGUCAUCCAGUGUCAUUUCAGCCGAUGAAUGUGGAAGCAUGAAUCUGGCCCACUGUAGCUUGCACAUCUGCCGACACUUCUUCCAAAAUCUUACAAGUAUAUAUAUGUAUAUAUUUAUUGCAUCUACUUCUUUUCCGUUUUUUGCUUGGCUGCAGUCAUUGGGAACUCUUAAGCAUGCAGCUCCUUUCAGUACUCAUCUGCAUUUGAGAAAACUCAAAAGAGGGGUAGAAAAAAUCACCUACAAUUAGUGUUUUUUUGUCCUGUUUUUAGACUAUUCGAAAGGCUUUGGUGGAAAAUAUGGCGUGCAGAAAGAUCGAAUGGAUAAGGUAUGACCGUAAAUCAAAUAUUUCUUAUGGCAAGGAUGGGCAACCUUUCAUUUCUGUCUGGGAACUGAUGAUGGGUGGAGCCAGAGAUAAAUUGUCUGCAUUAAAUAAUGUGGAAUAAAUACCCCCUGACAUCAGUUUUUAUAAUGGCUGCCUCAGAUUAGAAUCACCAGUCCAAUGCAGAGGUGCUCAGAAAUAAUCCCCUCUGAAUUCAAUGAAUAAGUAUACAAAGGAGCUUCUUACUUUAUUUUUUAGAACAGCGGACCAAUACAGAAACUGUUCUGGAAAAGAGAUCCUUUCUUAGGCAUAUAUACAUACUCACGUGUGGCUGGUGGAUGAUGAAAGUGGUUUUUGUUGUUUUGUUUUUAAGAAACAAAAAUUGUGAGGUAAUUCAUAUCAGCUGCAAUUUUAGCAGCUCACAAGAAGUAGAAAAACAUUACAAAAAUGUAGCAUAUAAAUGUCCAAAUGCAUAAAAAAGAGCGUUGCAACAUAAAAAGUACCAGGGAUCAGUUCAUAAAAGCAUCCUCAACCUUCCGUGCAAUUGUAACCAUGUCUACUCAUAUGUUGAACCUUCAUAUAUUUGUGAUAGAGACAUCUGUUCCCUUUGCUACCUCAUAUCAUUGUGCACUUAAAGCUUCUCUACUGCUUUUUGAAAUUGAGAGUUGCUCUUUUGGGUUCUCUGCUCAGUUGAAAUUUAGCUUUGUGUUUCAUUUUAAUUAUAAAAAAUGUCAAACACCUCUUGCAUCCAAGUUUUCAUUUGUCAUUAGAUUGGCAAGUGUCAGGUGGCAUUUUGCUUUGUCUGGAUACUUAUUAAAAUCACACAGCCUUUUUAUUUGUUUUGAGUGCACAUGUCACCUUUGAGAACAUGCAGCUUGUACAUGAAAAGCAACUUUGGAGCAUAAAAAUGACUUCUUCAAAUAAAACUGUUGUGUGCAUUUCUAAUGUCUUGUUAUCUUGUCCCUGAAUAUGUUUGUGACCUCAUCUGUCUUUUAUUGAUAGAAUGCAGCAGCUUUUGAAGAUAUUGAGAAAUUGUCUUCAACAUACCAGAAGACCAAGCCGGUGGAAGCUGGUAAGGCUAUAUUUUAAAAUGCUGAAAAUCUCUGUCCAAUGUUUUCCUUGUUUAUGGUUUAGGUUGCCCUUAUACCUGAAAUAUAUUAACUUCUUGAUGGCCUAAGUGCCUAGCAUUAUGAGGAUGAGGGGCUGUGAAUCUCAGGCUUGUGUGCUCCUCUCUUCACGACUGACACGGCCACAAGGAGAUUCCUGAACUUUCAGCUUUUGUUUUGGAUUAACCACAGUUUAGUGUUGCAACUGAAUCCCAAGUUAAUCUUAACUAUGGUGAAUAAAAACAAGACAGCUUCUUAAAUUAUGGCUUGAAGGUGACUAGUUUCCAUUAAGCUAAGGCGAGCCACAGUUUCUCCCAAGUUCAGAUGGCAAAUCAGAUGUGGUUAAUCUAUAAAUGAAAGGAAAACUUCUCAACUCCUUGUAGCAACAUUUCAGGGGUGGUGGCGGUUUGUGAGCCUGAGGUUUACUGCAUUUCACCCUCAUAAUGCCAAGCCAUGCUUAAGCAUUACAUGGGAGUGCAGUCAUUGCAUCAGCAUAAGUACUAAAUCUCCUAGGUAUAUUUAGCUUUCUAUGCUUGGAAUGGCGAAAUAAAAAUUGGAUGGACUUUCUAAUGUAUUUUCUUUUUUGUCUGCUCAGGAAGGGAGUCAUCAUUUUAAAUUGAACGUGUCAGCUAAUCCUUGGCCUUGUUGCUGGAACGACUCCCGAAUUCCUAACUUUUAAGUCAGUCAUUUAGGCCUGAACUUUCAAUAUGUUCCAAUUUUUGCAGCAUCUGUUUUUAGUAGGAAGGUGAAUGAGUCAGGCUUCUCAGGGGAUUACAUUACUUUUUCUAAGUAUAAAGAAUUUGCUUAGUCUUAAUUUUGGUUACCAGUUAACUCUGGAUCUGCAUGUUGUGGAGGUUUGCAUAGGAAACUGCCCUGUAAAAUGAACGUCUCAAUAUUUCUCCUAUUACAGCAAAUAACAAAACCAGCAACAUCAGAGCUAACUUUGAAAACCUAGCUAAGGAUAAAGAGCAGGAGGAUAGAAGGAAGGCGGAAGUCGAAAGAGCUCAAAGAAUGGCACAGGACAAGCAAGAACAAGAGGAAGCCAGGAGAACACUGGAAGUCAGUGAAAUUCAUUGUUUUGCCUCUUUCUUCCACCCUCCUCCACCCUUGAGAAAAAAGUCAGAAUUGGUUUUGUUUUGUUUUUUGAAAAUAAUUAACUUUAAAACUUCUAGAAAGCUGUCAACUUUUACGAUUCAGGACUAGAAUACAUAUUAUAAAUAGGUCUGGUUAUUGUUUGCUUAAAGUCUUCCUAGUUCCAGGAUUCAUUAAUUAGGCUGUAAUCCAAACUAUGGAUUCAAAACUAUGAGGAGGGAAGGAAGCUAUUUUUAGAUAUUUUUAGGAUCCCUUCUUUCUGGUUGUCACUGCAGUGUACAUCCCAACUGAUGAAGCUCACAAAAAGAAAGUUCCUGCUGAUAAAAUGUGAGCUGUUGUCAACCAAUCCCUUUGUGUCUGGACUGGACACAGAAACCUCUAGAAGCUAAACUGUUAGGACCUCCAUCUCCAUCUGAAUUGCUCCUUUUAUUGUUAAGAAACCUCUUGGUGUAACUCUGUAUUGCUAGCAUCCUAUAGGUCACUAGCUUUACUUGUAGCAGAGACAUUCAGCUCCCUGAUUUCCUUGCUCUGGUGCUGGCAAGAGAAUCAUUGCUGAGCAUUUCUGAGCUGCAGUGGGAUAGAAGUGGGUGCUGAAGAUGGCAGGCACGCCUCCUUUAUGACCCUAAAGCUUGAUCCUAUGACUGGGGCGCACAACUAGACAAUAGAGAAGGAUGUUUGCAUGGGGCUGAGCAAUUUUAAAAUGUUCUCACCCUGUAAGGUUUGAGUUAAGCAGCUGGCAAAAUGCAGAGGCAGUUCCUCAGUAAAAUAUGUAGAACCAGCUGGAAUAAAUACACUAGAAGGGUUUCUUUCUCUCCCCCCCCUGCCCCCCGCCUCUUGGAAAGCAUCAACCUCUGUUGAGUGUUCUCUGUUAAAGAAAUGUAACUUGGCUGUAUCCUUGCUCCCAACCGAUUCCUUUCUUCAUCAUAUGAUCUGUAUCCCUGAUGAUGUCAUUUAAAUCUAAGAAAGAGAAUAGCAAGGUGGUAGUUUUUACUUUUAUUUCUAAUGAGCAAAAAUACUAGAUUAUUGCUCCUAAAUGCCUACCUCUUUUGGACUAUCUUUAAGUCCUAGAAAGUGCUGUGAAGCUUAAUCUGGAGAAAAUUACUAGCAGCAGCACCCAGCAUGGGUCUUCCUACUGCCACCCACUCUGACUCCUGCCUUUGAGACACUGAUGUAGAAAGAAAUUGCCUGUCUGCUACAGGAUAUGUGGGCUCCGUGAAAUGAAAUGCAGCAGUCCUGUACUGCUUGCAUUCACAACACCUGGUAACAAUUUAGUGUGUCAGACCACAGCCCUGGGACUACAAAUGAAAAAUAAGUUCCUCUCCCAGCUUUGUAGUAUGUCUUGUCUUGUUAGUGGGUUAACUAGACAAGGGAAGACUUACAGACUUGUUUCCCAUCAAUGCUUAUUUGCGGGGGGUGGGUGGGGGUGGGGAGAUAUGUAGUAAUCAAUGUUAUAGUCAUCGCUCUUGUGUAUUGUAAUUCACCAUUAGGGAAAUGCACAGUACCUAAAUGUUUAUGGCAGGAACAAUGAACAGUUCACUUAUAACCCAGUGCUACUAAUUUUAUGUAUUCACAAAUCUUAUAUCCUGUUCUUCUUUCAACGUGGAACUCAGGACGGCUGACGGCCAAUAGAUAAAACAACUGUACACAAUAAUAUAUCAUCUAAACCACAAAGUCAUGGCAGCAACAAUUCAUCAGUACAACUGCAACUAAAAAUAGUUUACCUCUUUGUAUAUGCACCUGGCCAGUGUAAAAAUAUAUAGUCUCCUUGUAAAAACAGCAUUCCUCCGUGUCUUGUUGCCCAGACAUAUAUUGACUUAAGUGAACAACUGAGACUUAAAAGUGCAGUGCUUAAUAAAUCCUGCAGCAAUUUCACUAAUCAGCCAUGGUAGAGAAAUAAAGAUACAUACAGCAAAAUAAUCAGCUAAUAGAAGAGUAUAAAAAUACAACAAAUACAACACACUAACAAUAGAAAGCAAAAGCACACGGUACCCUCUUCCCUCCCUCAGUAGCAGCAGCAAUGUGGAAAUAUGGAUACAUAAAGGGAAAUGUGUAGGAUAUAGCAGAUUUACCAUAACUCUUGCCGUUUCCACAAUUGUUUACAGUAAGCAGGUGACCACAAGUGUACUUGCUGUAUGUACCUUGCUUAUCUAGGGACAAGAGGGGCUGCUCUUCCUUCUGUGACUCUUUCAGCUUUUACCCAGAAGCAUUAUUUGAUCCAAACUCCUAUCCUGGGGUGCCUUUCUUCCCUAACUCUGACUAUGGGAUUCCCCCACCCCAUUGGCAGUUGUCAUAGGGGUGCUGCACACUUGUUGCUCCAGAAAUGGUGACCUGUGUCACCUUUGUUGUUCCACCUCACACCAGUUGCUGUUAAUUGGCAUCAUUGUUUCUGGGAGUCUCGGGAACAGGAGGCUGCAAAAACUCCUUUCUGAUUCCCACUGUCUUGGUGGCAGCUGCUGCCUCUGACAGUGCUCCACCUGGCAGUUCACAUUUGGUCCAUCUUUCAUCUCCCUGUCCUUUACCCUUAAGUCCAAUCAGCUUGUCAGAAAGGUGAUGUUUGGUGCAUUGGAAAAUGCGGUGCCUUUAUGUUCCGAGGCCAUUUCUAAAAUAGGAUCUUGAAGCCUGGUUGGUUAAUUAAUGCAAGGGAACCAGCCCCCCAUGCUUAAGGAUACAAAGGUAAAGGGAUCCCUGACUAUUAGGUCCAGUCGUGGCCGACUCUGGGGUUGCGGCACUCAUCUCUCUUUAUUGGCCGAGGGAGCCGGCGUACAGCUUCCGGGUCAUGUGGCCAGCAUGACUAAGCCGCUUCUGGCGAACCAGAGCAGCCCACAGAAACACUGUUUACCUUCCCACCAGAAGGUACCUUACCUACCUACCUAUUUAUCUACUUGCACUUUGAGGUGCUUUUGAACUGCUAGGUUGGCAGGAGCAGGGACCGAGCAACGGGAGCUCACCCUGUUGCGGGGAUUCGAACCGCCAACCUUCUGAUAGGCAAGUCCUAGGCUCUCAUCAUAGUCUUACUGUUAAGUAUUCUCCUCAUUGUGCCUGCUUUCUGUUUUAGCCUCCUGCAGUGUGACUCCAUAAGUGAAACUGCUGCAGAAAAUAAGUUACCUUCCUUACAAAUUCUCACUUUUUCAUAGAGGGGCAAGUUAGUGGUGGUGUUGCGUGUUAAGUGCAGGUCACAAACUUCCUGCUCCUCUUGUUGUGUCAUGUCUGUGCUACAGAUCUUGCUUUGAUCCAUAUUUCUUCUCCCUCCCACCCACUCUUGUUUUCUCUCUCUUUCUUUUAAAGGAACAGGCCAAAGCCAAGAAACAAACUCCACCUCCAUCUCCUGCUCCUGUUCCUGCUCCCACACUGCAGCCUGUGGAAGAAAAAUUGCCAUCAAGUCCAGUCUAUGAGGUUAGUUUGCUAGCUAUAGUCAUUUAGCCAAACAGGAAAAAAGCAAAACCCUAGCUGAAGGGCAAAUGCACGCUGAAGCUCCCAGGUACAAUCACUGGCACCUACCUGUCAGGUAGGAACUGCUGUGAAAGAGGUCUGUGCCUCCUCUGCUUGUCAGAGGAGACAAUGUUGGGCUAUAUGCACAAGUAGUCCAAUAGGGGCAUCACCGGAAGCUGCCUUAUACCACUCAGGACAAUAACAUUGUAAUAAAUUUAAUCACAUUUGCUAUGCUAAAUUUGGAACAUUCGACAAGGGAGAGAUCAUGGGGAGAAAUGAGAAUACGCUUGAAUGAAUUAUCACGGGGUAGUGAAGAGCAGACUUUCAGCUGUAUAAUGAACAAACAUGCUGUGCAAUUGUAUUCCCACAAUGAUUGUGAUGCGGCUGUUGCAGUGCACCAUCCCAGCUUCUCCUCGAGUCUGCCAAAUUACUUUGCCAAGGAAUUGAUCUGUCGGACUCUUGUAAGGCACUUGCUGUGUAUCUUCUCGGGAAGGGCACUUGCAAAAUGUCAUCUUGCAGCAGUCUCUAAAAUGCAAGCAGUCCAUGGGCUGUCUUCAUGUGCUCCUCAUUUUUGAAAACUCUGAUAAGGAGGAGUUCCUGGUCCUGGGGAGGCUUCUAAGCAUGUUCAGCUGAAAGCACUUAGGAAGGUCUAAAGGGGGCUUCUGUGUCAGGUGGAGCAGAUGAGCAUUUGGGGGUGCAGGGGGCUGGCACAGAGGUGUCCUUCCCCUGCACACUUUAGCCCUAUAUGCAUUCAUGUGGAUGUGGUGUGCACUGUGUCCUGUGUACCGGGGGUGGGACACCUUUAUUAGCCCAACAGGGACAUUCUGAGAGGCUCAUGACAGCUGUGGGUGGGGUCAGAGGCAAAACAGAUGGAGCUAUGAAUAUAACUCCCACUUUUGUACUGUAGCAUAUAUGCAAAAAAAGAAGUUUCUCUGUGUGUGCUUGUGUACACAUGUGCACGCUCUCUGUGUGCACUUUCCUCUCCACCCUAUGUACAGGCAAGCAGCAGUUCAAUCACACAUGCCAGUCCAGGCUGUGGAUUGGAGAAGGCCUUAAGAGUCCAUGCAUUCCCCACCACCCUUCCCCCAGGGUUGAGGUUUCCUCCUCCUAAGGGAGGCUGUAAUAACUGCAUUUCUGUAACAACAGUGUACUUGAAGUUCUCUCUGUCUGUUAUGUUCUGGCUGCCUCUCCUUCCCUCUAGGAUGCCGUUUCCUUUGAGUCUGGCUACAAGAAUUCAAAUGCAAAUUACUCAGCCGCACACGAGCCAGAAACCAACAACAAAGUUGAAGAAUCUGACUACCAAGAAGCAGUCAGCCAGCGGAAGCCGGAGUAUGAAUCUGAGACGGUGUAUGAAGUGGCUGGGGCAGGAAACCAGUAUCAAGCAGGUUCGUCAGCUUAUCUUUUGACCUAGGAGAGAGCUCUUUGGUCAUGGCUUUAGGCAACGGUAGACUGUUCUCAGAUCUGGUAGUUUGAGAUGUUCAGGCUAGAAAACACUCAGUAAGUGACAGGAGCUGGGAGGUAAUACUUUUGAGUAGAUGGUUCCUUCUUUUUCUAAAGCUAUUCAGGGCUGUGUCUAGCCAAUGCUGCAGCAGAUUUACCUGGGAAGCCUCUCUGUGCUGUAUUGAGUUCCUUAGAGUAGCAUCAGAUACAAACCUAUAAAUAUUUGGGGUCUGUGCUUUCUGAAAAACAAAGCUGGGGAAAAGGCAUACUAGCUUGACUUGUAAGGUGUUAACGGUGUUACAUCUAAUGAUUCUAGGCAUCUGAAAGUAAGUCCCUCUCGGUGGGAUUUAUUCUCCAGUAAGCAUGUCUAGGAUUGCAACCACAGCCUACUAGGUCUUGGCUUCAUGCAAAAAAAAUGAUCUUAAAUGGUGAUUAGAACCUAUGUUGUGUGAUGCAACUGAAUAUGGGAGAGACCAACUUAUAAGUGUCAGACUACAUGUUAGUACAUGAGUUUAAGAAAUUCACAUAUCCUUUUAUUGUGUCAUGCAUAGUAGUAAUGUGUCCCUUUCCCUUUAGAUGAAACUACUUACGAAUACGAAAACGACCUUGGAAUAACAGCGAUAGCCUUAUAUGAUUACCAGGCUGGUAAGUAACACAUACUCUUAGUUCUGCAGUUCUGGUUUGGUUUUUAAAAAAAUAUAUAUUUUGCAUGGGGUUAUAUUGAGCAUACACACACACACACACACACACACACACACACACACAAUAUUCUUCAAAAAGCACUAUCUCAUAGAAUGCAGAACAUUUUCAGAGCUGUGUCAUAAAUUUUGCAGUUUUCUGAACACAGCGCACAAGCACAGGAAUGGUAGGUGCGAAAUUCAGUAGGUGAGAAUAUUGACUAAGUUUCUAACCCUCGCACCUGCUUUAAAGACAAGACAGAAGUACUGGUUUUUGGGGGACAGGAGGCGGGUGGGUGUGGAGGACUCCCUGGUCCUGAAUGGGGUAACUGUGCCCCUGAAGGACCAGGUGUACAGCCUAGGAGUCAUUUUGGACUCACAGCUGUCCACGGAGGUGGAGGUCAAUUCUGUGUCCAGGGCAGCUGUUUACCAACUCCAUCUGGUACGCAGGCUCAGACCCUACCUGCCCACGGACUGUCUCGCCAGAGUGGUGCAUGCUCUGGUUAUCUCUCGCUUGGACUACUGCAAUGUGCUCUAUGUGGGGCUACCUUUAAAGGUGACCCAGAAACUACAACUAAUCCAGAAUGCGGCAGCUAGACUGGUGACUGGGAGCGGCCGCUGAGACCACAUAACACUGGUCUUCAAAGACCUACAUUGGCUCCCAGUACAGUUUCCAAGCACAAUUCAAAGUGUUGGUGCUGACCUUUAAAGCCCUAAACGGCCUUGGUCCAGUAUAUCUGAAGGAGCGUCUCCACCCCCAUCUUUGUACCUGGACACUUGAGGUCCAGUGCCAAGGGCCUUCUGGCUGUUCCCUCACUGUGAAAAGCCAAGUUACAGGGAACCAGGCAGAGGGCCUUCUUGGUAGUGGCACCUGCCCUGUGGAACGACCUCCCACCAGAUGUCAAAGAGAACAACAACUACCAGACUUUUAGAAGGCACCUGAAGGCAGCCCUGUUUAGGGAAGAUUUUAAUGUUUGAUGAAUUACUGUAUUUUAAUAUUUUGUUGGAAGCCGCCCAGAGUGGCUGGGGAAGCCCAGCCAGAUGGGCGGGGGUAUAAAUUUAUUAUUAUUAUUAUUAUUAUUAUUAUUAUUAUUAUUAUUAUUAUUGUGUGGGCAACACCUGAUGGUAUCUCAGAAGCCAAGAAGGUAGGAAUGAGGCUACAUCUCACAGCUUUGCUAUAUGGCAGAGAAGUAUUUUCUGCUCAAAUCACUUACUCUGAUUGAGACCACUGAAUUUCAGUUUGUGGUAAUUCGUUACACCAAAUAGUUGGCCACAUAGCACUCCAAAGCAGAAUCCACAUUGCCUUUUGGGGAAAGGGUUAUUAGUUCCACCUCUAGAUUCAAAAAUAUAUUUCCACAUCUGUGACAGGAGUGAGUAGAUGAUAAAAAUAACUGGUAACUCCCAGUUUUAUGAAAGAUUUUACAUAAGCAUUUUUGUUUUGCUCUUGGGAUUUGGAUUACCCUUUCUUCUGCAAGGUUUGUGUCACUCACCGUACUCGCUUUCCAGUAUGCUGAGUAUAUUCCCCUGAGAAUCCUGGCCAAACAGUCUCCCUUUUGCAAUCUGCUUCAAAGGGAUUUCCCUUUUGGUAACCAUUCCACUGCAGGCUUGCCAUCCUAGGUGAUCUGGAGGACAAAGACCCCAGUGCCACAGCAAAUCAGCAAAGGGUCUGGCAGAGUUCUUAUAUGAAUGCCAAACACACUUAUUCAUCAAGCCUGACCAUUAAAAAACAGGUAUCCUAUCUGGAAGUUGUCUUUGGUGAUGGCAUGAUCUGGCACACACCUGCCAGGAACAAUCUUCAGUGGUUUCGAUCUUGUUCUCGUGUACCACCUAGGCAAAAGAAUCACACGUUUCUCAUAGAAUUAAGGUAUUUCAUAUGGAAGUUUGGGAUCUCGGGUGCAAUCUAGAGUUGUGUUCCCAUGCCUUGGGUGGAACGCAUACUCUGCAACACCAACAACCCUUUCCCUCUUUAUAACCAUCAAUGAGAACCCUGCUUGAACACAGAUUAACUAAUUGUAAAUACUAUUAUUUAGUACCUUACCCGUUCCCCCACCCCACCCCCUUUUAUAUCUGUAUGAGAUACUAACUUGCAAGUUGCUUCUGCUCUUUCCACAGCUGGGGAUGAUGAAAUUUCCUUUGAUCCUGACGACAUCAUCACAAACAUUGAAAUGAUUGAUGAUGGCUGGUGGAGGGGAGUGUGCAAAGGCAGAUACGGGCUCUUCCCAGCUAAUUAUGUUGAGCUGAGGCAAUAG